AUGGCACUACAUCAAGACCUCAGCCUGUGGCAGAAAGUUUUACUGGGGAUACUUUGCUUCCCAUUUCUUCCCAUCUACCUAUGUGUCUACUGCCUGUGUGAGUACUGAAUCUGUUAUUUCGCAUGUCCCAUUGAAUUAUAUCUACUAUGAAAUGUAUAAAAUGUGUGCGUUUAGCAACUCAGUUUUGCUUUUUUUUUGGUCCAGAAAUGGUCAUAAUCAUUAUUUUUUCUAAAGCACCAUCUAAAACUUCAAGUAUGGAAAUGAAUUAGUAGCCAGUUUACCGAGACUUGCAGGUGGAGAAAAUGGACUUCACAAUAGAAGGGUGUCGGUGUACUGCAUGGAGUGGAGAAUGACUAUGAAUUGCAUGUAGAGUGUCUGAACUGCAUGGAGUGGAGUGCGUCUGUGACUUGCAUGGUAUGUCUCUGUGUAGUACAGUGAAGGUGUGUCUGUGAACUGCAUUGAAAUUGUCUGUGAGCUGCAUGGUGUGUGAAUAUGUGUCUAAACUACAUUUUGUGACUGGCAAGUGCCUGAUUGACCCACCAGUUGGACCUGUCAGGACCAGGAGAAGUCUGCCAAGGAGUCAGAGUAGAAAUAUGACAGAGCCCUCUUUGAAAGCCAGAUAGGGAAUAAUAACAUAUAAAAAGUGCUGACACAACAUCAUGUUAUACGAACAAAACUAAAGGAACAUUCCAAACACCAUAAACACUGCACUGCUUCAAGAGAAAUGAGUACAAGACAUGGGAGCACUUUAAGGAGUUUGGUUACUGGGUUUUCUUUCGAGAUCUUUGGCAGAAUAUUAUGAAUGCUUUCCUAUGCGACCGGCUGAAUGCGCGCGCAGCUCUUGCCGCACGUGCGCAUUCAGCCAACGGGGCGGAUCGGAGGAGGAGAGGAGGCAGAGAGCUCCCCGCCCAGCACUGGAAAAAGGUACGUUUUUACCCCUUUCCCCCUUCCAGAGCCGGGCGGGAGGGGGACCCUGAGGGUGGGGGCACCCUCAGGGCACUAUAGUGCCAGGAAAACGAGUAUGUUUUCCUGGCACUAUAGUGGUCCUUUAAAGUGCGUAAUAAUUUGGAACGGUGCAUUGUAAGUAUUUUAUGUUUAUUGUUCAAUAAAAUUUGAAUUGUACCCUUAAUAGUUGAUAACAUGAUAAGUAUGCUGACUGUUAUUUACAUUAAUUAUUUAGGUAAAUGAGAAAAAUAUAAUUUGCAUAAUAAUUUGGAACAGGGUGUAGAGGUACAGACCUUCCACAGCAUGGGUAGAACUACAGGAGGUGCAGCAGGUACAAUUGCACCAGGGCCCACCAGAGUUUAGGGACCCACUCUUGGCCACCCAUCAGAGGAGGGAGAGCAGCGAGGGCCCCAGCACAGGUGAGCAUGUGGUGAGAGCACACCCAGUUUUUGUACUAUCAGGCAAGGUUCCAUGAGCAAUGAAUUCUAAGUUAGUUGCUGCCUCCAUCUACCCCACCCCUUUUGCUCCAGAACGCAUGCUUCCUUCCUUGUGGCACGGGAAGGAACCUUCUUCUGUGGUGACUGAGUGGGUCAGCCUGUCCAUUAAAAGAAAGGGAAAAGGAAUGAGGCCUGGCUGAGAAGGGUGGUAAGGGCUGUUUGCUACCUUGGUACUUUGAUUUACCACAUUAGAUUUGUCUGUAAAAUUUCAAACAUGUAGUGUGCCUGUGAACUGCAUGAGGUGUUUGUGAAUUUCAUGGUGUGGUGUGUACUGCAUGGAGUGUGUCUGAACUGCAUGGAGUGGAGUGUGUCUGUGAAUUUCAUGGAGGGUGUCUGUGUACUGCAUGGAGUGUGUAUGUGUACUGCAUGGGGUGGAGAGUGUCUGUAAAUUGCAUAGAGGGUGUCGGUGUACUGCAUGGAGUGGAGAAUGACUAUGAAUUGCAUGUAGAGUGUCUGAACUGCAUGGAGUGGAGUGCGUCUGUGACUUGCAUGGUAUGUCUCUGUGUAGUACAGUGAAGGUGUGUCUGUGAACUGCAUUGAAAUUGUCUGUGAGCUGCAUGGUGUGUGAAUAUGUGUCUAAACUACAUUUUGUGACUGGCAAGUGCCUGAUUGACCCACCAGUUGGACCUGUCAGGACCAGGAGAAGUCUGCCAAGGAGUCAGAGUAGAAAUAUGACAGAGCCCUCUUUGAAAGCCAGAUAGGGAAUAAUAACAUAUAAAAAGUGCUGACACAACAUCAUGUUAUACGAACAAAACUAAAGGAACAUUCCAAACACCAUAAACACUGCACUGCUCUACAGGAAUUAUGGUGCCACUAGUGCCUUGGCAUACUCCAAUGUAAGUAGAAGGUUUUAACUGCUUAUAUGAGGUCGCCUGGAUUUGCUCCCUGCCUUUAAUGCACCAGCAGAGUAGGGCUUAGAUCAUUGGCUGAGAGUGAUCAGCUAGACACAAUUACAACCUUAGCAAAGAUAAUUUCUCAACAGUUCAUAGUCCAUGAACCUGUCUAGGCUUGGCAUAGUCUGAAGUAGGUCUAAAUGUUGGCAUACAGUCACUGAAUGAUCAAUAAAAGGACUGAGGAUUUUUAUUGGAGUAGCAAAUGUGUAAUCAUGCAGUUGGCAUAUUGUAAAUUAAUGGUGAAUUCACAUAUACACAGACAGACUGCAUGCCAGUUGAAAAAGAAACAUUUCAAUUUGAUUAAACAAUGUAUAAUUAGAUUAAAUGUCAAUAAGGAAAUAAAUAAGGUGUUCUGAAUGGAUAAGAAAAAAAUGAAAUAAUUUUAAAAUCAAUUUUUACUGCAGAUAGGUAUGUCACGCUGUGCAAUAAAAAAACAUAUUGUAUGAUAUGACUGAGUACUGGACAUACAGUUGUAAUCAAAAUUAUUCAACCCCCAUUGAAAAUCCGGUUUAUUGUCAAAAUGUAGAGGUUCAGCUGUUUGCAUUGGACGAAAAAAACUAAAGCAAUUGAAACAAAUGCUUUAAGUGGUUUCCCCAAAUUUAACUGAAAAUGUAACUUAUAAUGUCUUCUCCAGUCUCAAAAUUAUUCAACCCCCUGCAUAGAAUCCCUCACAACAGCAAAAAUAUACAAAACAGGUGUUGUCUCAAGCACAUCUGAUGCAACUAAUCAAGGGCUUCAUUCGUUGCACAAGGUGUGCUUGAGCUGGACUACUUGAAAUACCCGAAUUGGCUAGGGGUUUGUUGAGACACAGUUGGAAGCAUAGUUUGCGAGUUCAAAGUUGAAGGAAUAGUGGUUACGCUACCUGGAUUGGGCAGAAGGGAAGCUAUCAAUUGCUGCAACCAGAUUCUUAGAAGACAGGUUGUGAAAAACCCUUAAGUGACUGCAAAAGGCCUGCAGCAAGACUUGGCUGACAACAGGCACUGAGGUUUCAGUGAGCACAGUAAGGCAAGUACUAAACGCAGAAGGUUUCCAUGACAGGCUUACAAGACGUACACCACUACUGACCUGAAAGCACAAGACAAGUCAGCUCCAAUAUGCUAAAAAUCAUAUAAAUUAGCCACAGAAGUUUUGGGGUUCUGUGCUGAAGAGCGAUGAAACAAAACUGGUAACUUUUGCCCCAAUGGAUCAGCGUUAUGUCUGGAAGGAGAAGAAUGAAGCGUAUGCUGAAAAGCUCGGUGACACCAUGGGGCUACUUUGCAUCUGGAAACCUGUAGCGUGUGGAAGGCAAGAUGGAUUAAUUGAAGUAUCACAAAAUCCUAGGAUAAAACUUCAGCCAUCUGAAGCAUGGGCAUCAUUUUGUCUUCCAACAAGGCAAUGAUCCCAAGCAUACCUCAAAUUCCAACAAGGCUUGAUUGCAGAAGAAGUCCUGGAAUAUUCUACAGUGGCUAUCGCAGUCACCUGACCCUAUAGAAAAUAUUUGGUGGGAUUAGAAGAAGGCGGUUGCAACACACAAACCCAAGAAUAUUACUGAAGUGGAGUCCAUUGCUCAUGAACAAUGGGCUAAGAUUCCUCAGGAACGCUGCCAAAAGAUGGUGUCUGGCUAUGCAUCUUAUUUGCAGCAGGUCAUAACAACAAAAGUGUGCUAUACUAAGUACUAAAGAUGCUUGCAAUGAAGGGGUUGAAUAAUUUUGAGACGGGAGAAGUCAUUAUAAGUUGCAUUUUUGUUGAAUUUGGGAAAACCACAUGAAGCAUUUGUUGUGUUGAGCUAUUUCAAUUGCUUUUGUUUGAUUUGUUCAUUGCAAACAGCUGAAAGUCUGUACAUUUUGACAAAAAAAAUCUGAUUUUCAAUAGCGGUUGAAUAAUUUUGAUUACCACUGUAUAUGUUUCAUCCUUUCCUUAGAUUAGUGAAAUAAUUUGCAGUACCAGCCACUCCUAUUUUCAUUAAUUCAGCUUCUCUCCCAUAAAUUAUAUGUCAGAAAGGCACUGAGGAGAGAGAAUCAAACUGUCUCUUGAGGUCAUUCACUAAGCAAUCACUGAAUUCCAACUGGGCUUGCCCAAGCAAAUCUGCAGCAAAUGUCCAGAUGUUCACAAUCUUAAUAAAAUUUGGGGCCGUAUGCAUCCGUCAGGAUGAGCAUUCACAAGUUAUCAUUCACUUGCUUUCGUGCAAUGGAACAAUAAUUUUAAGUACUAUUUGCCUGCUGGCAGUGCCGUCAGCCAGCGAGCAAAUUGUGAAAAAUAAAAUCCUCAGCAAUUCGAAGGUUAGCAGUGGCCAAAGCUUGCUAGCCACCUGCUACAGUAAAAAAGUAAAAAAUAAAUAAAGUAAAAGCCAAUGGGGGUGUCAAUAAGACCACCAUAUUUCUUUAAUGGAUGUUUUAAAUUUCCCUAUACCCAAUGUGGCAGGUGGAGAUAUAUGUACUAAACAUUUCAAACUAGCUACUGUGCAGCCAAAGAUCCAUGGGGAUAGGGCCUGUGAAAUAACUGGGGGCAUUGAUUAGGGGACUUUUAAAUACAUAAUGGGAAGUCCUCCCUAUCCCCAUCCAUUGUGGGUGGACAUGGGCUAUAAUAAUAAUAAUAGUCAAAGGAAAGGUCCUAAAGUCCCCUCAGCUCCCCAAACCUAACUUAAAUAUAAAAAAAAUAAUAUAUGUUUCAAUUCUUCCCUAUAAUGAAUCCUGUAUUGCACUCUGUAAUAAGGGAUUUAAACAUGGUCUUUCAGCUGAAGUAACAGACUAAUUACACACUAUAGAGGAUUUUUUUUUCUAUAAAUUCAAAAUCACCUACGUAUCCCAAGGUAACCCUUAGAAAAAGUCUGCUUCAUUAAUAACACUGAAAUACUUAAAAAAACACUAUUCAGUGUUUUUUUAAACAACAUUCUACAAACUCAUCUCCAAUUUACUGAAAUGUAUUUUCCCCUGCUGUGAAUUAGGUCUUGUUUUUAUUCUAUUGUUGCCAUUAUUUUGUUUUUCUGUCAGGUUUUGAUUGUUUUCUGGAGGGUAAUUAGGACUCGCAUUACUUGACUUGGGUAUGUGGAAAUAAAUGUUAUUUUAUUUCUUUAAAGUCAAGGUUAGGGAAACCAUUGUAAACCUUACCGACACCUGUUGGUAAGAGGAAAUGUGGCAGAACGACAUUGCACCUGGUCCUGAGUGUUUAAUCCUUAUCUGUUCAUUCCUUCCAGAUUAUUUUUAUUUAUUUAUUUUUAAUUUUCUUCUCUUGGGGUUAUUCUCUGAAGUGUGAAUUUUGGGGAAUUCAAUGUGAUUUCCAAAUUGAAAGCAAAAAUGCCGAACUGAAUACUUAUCUGAAAUAGAGAAUUAUUUCAAUUAAACUAUUUUGAUUUAUAGUAUGAAAUUUACUUUAAUGUCAUUUUGCAUUUACAACAAUUCACACUAUAUAACCCUGGUAGAGGUAUGGAUUUCUACUUCUUUUUUUAUUUUUCUUUAUUUUAUUUUUCUUUAUUUAUCUAUUAAGGACAAUCUGGGCUUUCUUCACUUUGUUUAAUUCAAGUCAUUAUGCAUUCAGUGGAUUUCCUCUUAUUUCUUACAAGAAUUUACCAAAACAUUGCAUUUUUCUUUUUCUAUUAUGCUUUGAAUAGUUGAAGAUUGGUGAAUUAGUGAUGCCCGUCUGCAUUGCUCUAUAUUCUUAUCCAAAUUUCCUUAAUCUCCUGUUCUUCUUCAGGUCUCAAAGAAGAUGACAAAGAAAAUGAUUUGGAAAAAGGUCACCAAGAUACAUGUGAGUUAUCGGUUAUAAUCUGCACAAAGCAAAUAUCCUUCCCCAAAACAGGAUACACUGUUACUAACCCAACAUUCAUAUCAUAUCUUCAGCAGCUCACACAGGCAAGGCCCAGACUCAACAAAAGCUAAGCAGCAAUAAGUUAUCAAUUCGUAACAAAGGUACGAAAAAAAAAAAGAAUAAAGAAUAGAGAAUUCACCAUGAUAAAUCCUUUAAAAGCAUUGUUUCUUGCAAGUUAUUUUCACCAGCAAAAGUACUUACUAAUAUCAAAUCAUAUCUUCAGCAGGUCACACAGGAGAUGCCCAGAUCAAGCCAAAACGUAAUAGCAUAAAAUUAUCAUUUCGCAACAAAGGUACGAAAGAAAAAGAAGGGAGAAUUUAUCAAAAUAAAUCAUUAAUUCUGUUUUUAUUUCACAUACUUUUUACCAGCACAGUCAUUUACUAUAGAAUGUAGGUAGUGGGGGCAGCCUGUGUGUCCUGGAACCACAGGGGAGAGAGCAAACAUCUAGACAGGGCUUCCUGAUGCUCUUAUUAGCUACAGGCUAUGAUUGCUAUUUUUGAUUGCUAUUUGUGAUUGCUAUUUUUGAUCCUACAUCAGCAGACUAGUUAGGUUAAAGGAGCACAAUAGCAUAACAAACCUGUGUUUGUUAUAGUAGUAGGACAGGAGCUAUAGUUCUCCUGUCCUACUACUAUACAGGUCCCCCCCUUGGUUUGCAAUAAAAAAUUAUAAAAUAAAUUUUUACUUACCUUUACCCAGAACCAGGCACCCUCGGCACUGCUCAUUGUCCACCUCCAGCAACGUGAUCGAGGAGGAAUGGCCAUCUGCAGCGACCAUCUAGUCCAGUGGUUCCCAACCCAAUCCUCAAGUACCCCUUAACAGUCUAGGAUUUAGGGAUUACCCUGUUGUGUCUAAGGUGUUUUUAGAAAAAGGGGAAAAAACACUUUAGACACAACAGGGUAAUCCCUAAAUUCUGUACUGGUAGGGGGUACUUGAGAACAGGGUUGGGAACCCCUUAUCUAGUCCAACGCUCUUCAUAGAUUAGCAUUAGGGACUUGCUGUGCAUGCAUUCAAGCCUCCUUAUAGGAAAGCAUUGUAUUCAAUGCUUUUCUUUUUACUUCUGAGUCACAUGACUGAGUUUUACUCAGUCAGUGCAUUGCAGGUGUCUCUAGUGUCCGUCAGGAAGAUGAAUUGGUAUGGGUGACUUUAGUGUCUCUUUCAGCAGCAGUCGGUCAGAUAGCAAUCGAGUCUGACCCAACAGGCAAACAAUCUGUCAUUUUCUUUUCAAGUUACAGAAACUUUGGAGUGUGGUUAAAAAAAAUCUCAGGUUGUUAAACCAGAAACAGAAAGUACUAAGAUAAUGUAAUACCACGGGUGCGGUUAUCAUAUUUGUUAUAUUUUAAUUACACAAUAUCUAAUACAGGCAAUCAAGAAGCUGCCAAUAUAGUUCCAAAGGACAAAGACAUAAAGUUUCCAGUCAUCAAUAAAGGUAUGAUUAUAAAAAGGAUGCAAAAACUAUAAAGUUAUAUAUUUAGAUAUUUGUAUAGCUAGUCAGUAAUAUACUAUAUAUAUAUAUAAAGGGAUAAAGGAAUAUAUUCUCCCUUUUUUCCCCAUGUUGCAGACUGCUGUCAUUUAAUUUUUUAUAUCAGUUAGCAGCGGCAGAGGACAGAAAGAUAUUAUCAAGCAUAAAGAUCAAGCAUUCUGUGACGAAUAUAUACAAUCACAUAUAUUUACAAGUCAAUGGUAAGACCAGUCACUCGUUCUCGGUCCACUGCCGCUGCUGACUGAUAUUAUUAAACAGUAAAUGCAACGAUAUGGCUGCAAUUUUUUUUAAAGAAACAGAAGAUUAUAGUUGUACAUUUUGCGAUUUAUAUGUGCUAGAAAAAAAGACAUCUUUGAGGGGAUAUGAUAACUAUUCAAGAGGCCAUUGCAAACAGUUCUCUGGUGAACUGCUUAUAAACAGAACUAUAUGAAAAGCACAAUCAUCGGUACCUAAAGUCUGGCUGGGUAAUGAGUAACUGCAGUCAAAAUGCCAAGAUCAUACUAACUAAACAACCCCCUAUUCCGUUUUGCACCAUCCCUAUACUCCUCUAUCUUUUGAUUUCAUAAUUUAUUUGUAUGUUUUUUUUUCAACAAAUAACACAAACAUAUUCAUACACAUUUUAUUUUAGAGGCACUUUUAUGUUUUAAUCUUAAACAAUGUAGGGUAUAUUCACUAAACACUGAUUUUAAAAAUGUUAGUUAAAAUAGCCAAUCUGUUACUAUAAAUCGAUUUAGAAAUCUUUUUUAGUUUUGGCACUUUUGUCCCUUUUUACAAUUCGUUUUUUAAUUCACUAUAAUUCAGGGUUUAAUGAAAAAACUGCAGAGAAUUUGUCAGUGACAGGAAUGUCUAUGACAAUGACUCAAUGGCACAAUUUUGACUUGUUCCUAACUCAGCUCUGAGCUCACAACUAUGAGUGAUUGCUGGCUAAGUGUCAUGAGAUUUGGAUUUCUACGUGAGUUGAAGCCACCUAUGGGGUGCAUGUGGAAUAUUAGGUAGGUCCCAAAACAGUCCACUCACUCAGGACUAGGAAAUCUCCCAGUGGGUCACAGUUGUCUGGGGCUGAACCUUUACACUGUGCUCCUCAGCCACCCCGUACUACUGCUCUCCCUCCCCACCAAGCAGUCACCAAUUAAUACUCUGCUGGGUGCAGUGUUUCAGCUGCUUGAUGCUCAAGUUUACUGUAAUGUAAUCCUUGCAGGGCAUUAACUCUUAUAAGAAAGUGCCCAAUGGCACUGAAACACACUAAGUUGCCUCAAACGCUGCUAAAUCAACCUUCUCUCAACCAAACCUGUACUAUGUUCUAAUAAUGGCUUAUGGAGAGCAUUACUCUUUCAUAUACGUAUUAUGGAAUCUCUGUGCAGGAACGAGUAUUGUAUCAUUGCAACAAAUGUAAAGGAAAUACCUGUCUGAAGUAAAUCAGGUAUCACUAACUGGUAUAAAAAGGCAGGAUUAAACAAAGUAAACAUUGGCACAUGUUUAACUCAGCACGUCUGCUUUAGCAUUAGGCCAAUGAAACAAACUGUGUGCAAUAAAGACGAUACCAGGCAUUUGGAAGGACUUUCUCAGGGAUACCGGAGUGUUGUGGUAGGCACACUGAUGUGUCACACCACCAAGUCUUCUCCUUAACCACCAUCUUUACACAUAGCAUGUGCUGCUGGCAUAGCACUGGCCAGCUUGGGCAUUGCUACUGUCCUCAGUGGAUAAAGGAAGCAGGGCCUAGUAGACAUUCAUUCUUGGCCUGGAAUCUAAGGAGCACAGAACGGUGGCAAUCUGGGUCUGAAUCCAAUAGUGUUCCCUGUUUAUCAAUCUUUAUGUUUGUCAUGUUUCUUUUUCCAGGCUUCCAGAAUGACGAAGAGAGUAACAAUGUGAAGAAUGGUGAGUAAUCACUUAACAUAUAUUAUUUGCUAUACCUGCAAUGAUUUAAUAACAUUUACAUCAUCCUUGUUGCGCCAAAAGCGGUGCAAGGAAGGACAACCGGUGAACCUGUGUCAAGGUCAUGGAUGCCCAAGGCUCAUUGAUGCAUGUGGGGAGUAAAGGGUAGCCCGUCUGGACCAAUUACACAGAAGAACUACUGUAGCUCAUUGAAAAACUUGAUACCAUGAUACAAAGGUGACAGAAAAAAGAAUACAUCACAGUUUGCUACAUAUGGAACUGCAUAGCUGCACACCGGUCAAAGUACCCAUGAGUACCCCUGUCCACCAUCAUAAAUUCCUUUAUUUGGGAUGUGAGCAUCAGAACUGAAUCAUGGAACAGUGGAAAAAGGUUGCCACUUAAUCAUGAUUUAUUUUAGAUUAGGCGAAUGGACGGGUGCGUGUAUGUUGUUUAAAUGGGGAAGAGAUGGCAGCAGGAUGCAUUAUGGAAAGAAAGCAGGCCGCCAGAGGCAGUGUUAAACUCUGGGCAAUAUUCUGCUAAAAAAUCUUGGGUCCUGGCAUUUAUGUGCAUUUUACUUUGACAUGACCUACCUAGAGAUUGUUGCAGACCAUGUACACCUCUUCAUGGCAAUGUCAUUGCCUGAUUGUAGUGGCCUCUUUCAGCAGGAUCAUACACCCUGCCACACUUCAAAAAAUUUUUAGGAAUGGUUCGUGAAAUAUAAGUUUGAGGUGUUGCCUUGGCCUCCAAAUUCUUUGAUCUCAAUCUGACUGAACAUCUGUGGGAUGUGCUGGAACAGCAGAUCUGAUCUAUGGAAGCCCCACCUCACAGGUUGCAGGACUUAAAGGAUCUGCUGCUAAUAUAUUGGUGCCAGAUGUCACUGGACAGGUUUAGAAGUGCUGUGGAGUCCAUGCAGGGCCGGCUUUAGGCUUUUAGGUAUUCUGUGUGAAAAAUCUUUACAGUGCCCCUCCCAGACCUGGAUUGAUGUUGGUUUAGAGAAGAGGCUGAGAUGGAUUACACUAGUUGAUUUGAUUUGAGCACACUUUUGCUUUAAAUCAAAUCCUCAAAGAUGUGAGUAACUAGUGUAAGGAUUGUCAAAUGAUUGAGCUUGACAAGGACAUGUAAGAACUAUGAAGAGCAGGUUCCAGAAAUCAAUAUGCAAGGUAAAGACUAAACUCGUACAGGGUGGAUAAAAUAGUUUUGACCAAAUCACUUUUGCAGAAAGAAAAUAUAUAUAUAUUGGGGCUGAAUUUCGGCCAUAUGGCGGUUCUAUCAGAUGGAGAGGGGACACAAUGCUCAUUCCCCACCCAGGGGAGUGGUAGGGGAUAACACUGAGACCCACCUCCUGAGAAGUUCCUGUUUAACUCCCUUACAGUGGGUAACCCCAAAGUAAGUAAAUAUAACAAGUAAAUAAAUGCCUGUAGAGACACCCGUCGGACACUUGUCACUUUUUUGUUUGACACUUUAAGGGUAGCACUAUGGGCACUUUAGUUUAAGGUCUAUUUUGCUUGCAGUCUGAGGGAUAACUGGUGCAGGUGGGCACUAGCCUUGCACGGUGCUGAGUUAAUUAGGGUGUCUAUAGGCAUUUCACAUUUAGGACAGCACUUUGGACUGAUUUACGUCUGAUAGACAUCAGUACUCGGACUAUCACAGUGGUUACCGCCCACAUUGCCUUUAGCAUUUAUGCUUACAGCCUUUUCCUGCAGUUUGGUAAUGAGUGAUGGGAAUAUUCCUGCCAGUACUUCAUACAUUAGCUUGGUGUGAUUUGGGGCUUUCUGGAAGAGGCUAUAUGCUCUGGACACUACGAUGACAGACACAGCAAACCUUCUUGCCACAGCUCGCAUUGAUGUGCCAUCCUGGAUGAGCUGCACUACCUGAGCCACUUGUGUGGGUUGUAGACUCCGUCUCAUGCUACCACUAAAAGUGACCAAAACAUCAGCCAGGAAGCAUAGGAACUGAGAAGUGGUCUGUGGUCACCACCUGCAGAACCACUCCUUUAUUGGGGGUGUCUUGCUAAUUGCCUAUAAUUUCCACCUGUUGUCUAUCCCAUUUGCACAACAGCAUGUGAAAUUGAUUGUCACUCAGUGUUGCUUCCUAAGUGGACAGUUUGAUUUCACAGAAGUGUGACUGACUUGAAGUUAUAUUGUGUUCCCUUUAUUUUUUUUUGAGCAGUGUAUAUACAUAAUAUAAAUAAUAUUAUUUUUGUUCAGUGCCUCCAAUGUUUGGGGGGGUGUCUGUUCAGUUUGGUUAAAAUUAUUUCAGGAAAACUAAAAUUGACUCAACUGGAUACCUCCGCAGUACUGUGAAGGUCAUUCAUGAAGUUGCUGGCCAUGCUGGGGCUCCUUUCAAAUAAUAAUGUAGCAGAAACAUAGUGUUUCCACUGUGCCCCCACCAGUGGCCAGCAGGACUUCAUGGUUUUUAUUUGGCUUUUUUUAGGGCUGAAAACAAGAUUUAAGAAAUUAGAAGACAUCUAAUGAUAAUUUUGCAGGGAUAUAGACUUAUGCCACAGUGGGGGCAUGGAGAGGACACUAUGUCCCCUCUCAUUUCAUUGUCUUACUUAAAGGCACACCAUGAUGGGCUUUAGGUGGUGGGGUUUUUAAUACGGGAAUAUAGACUUACUGCCACAGUGGGGACACGGGGAGGACAAUAUGUUCCCACCAUUUCAUCAUCUUAUGUAAAGCCCUGCCAUGGGGGCAGGUGGGGUGAACAGAUAUUCACCCCCUGUUCUUUAAAGUGAAGCAUGGGUACACAGAGUGUACAUUACUAGCGACAGGGCAGCAAAAUCUAAUGGCUGAAAGUGCCAGCAUCGAGCAAAUAGUUAACCAUAAUCCCAAAUGCAGGACAUUUUUUAGGGCAUUUAUUGUUGUUUCCACAUUAGUUUACAGUUAUGCUGGAAGUUCCAUAAGGCAAGGAUAAAGAUUACGUUUAAGAGGUUAAGAAAGUGCAGGAGUGUACUGAUAAUGGGCAGUGUGUACACCUGCAAUUCCUGCUUAUCUAAAAUGUGGGUGUGACAGACAAUCUAUAAAUGCAAUAAUGAGCUUGAGGUGGAGUGGGGUGAGGAGGGGAGGGGAGGGGAGGGCGGUUAUCAGACUUUCUUGCCGCAGUAUUGGGGAUGGAAAGAUUGGAAAUCAGGCUGUGGAAGAAAGAUAUGUGAGGGUAAAAUAGACCUGCAACAAAACUAAAACUGAGGGAGGGGGAUUUGCAUCUAAGCACAGAGAUGAGGGGAUGGCUAUUCAAAAAACAAACAAAAAACAUUUGGGUUGAUAUCAAUAAAAGUAGGGAGGGGUCAGAGGGCUGAAAUCAGAAAGGUCUACUAAUGAGCUCAUGAACACAUGCUUGAUUGCACCUUCUGGUAGCUCAUAUUCACCCCUGUCUUUCUUUCUUUCUUUUUCCAAUUUUGACUUUGAGAUGGGGUCAUCCAGUUAGAGACACAAUAAGGAAAAGUUAAAGGAAGGAGAGGUAUAUAUGGGUGUCAGUGACUUGAUUUUAGCAAUAGUUAGGUCAUUAUAUCUCUGGGCAAAUAAAAGAAGCCAUAUUGAAGAAGAUAAAGAGGAGAGGCUUUCAAGCCACUAUAAUUAGAAAAGGAGUAGUUAUAUGGGACAGAACUUAAUAAAUCCAGAUAGAGUGCACUCAUAUAGCGUGUUUACAAUGUUGUUGGUUACCUAGUUAGAAAACUAGCAUACAUUAAGAGAAAUUUCAGGAAUACAGCCCCAUCAAGCAAGCCAUACUCCUUACAUCUGCCUCAUUAGAUUUUGUUUUUUUGCAAUUUGGUUGGUGUAUUUCUACAUCUUCCAAUAAUAAAGUAUGGAAUAUCACAUUAGUCUUAGUGAGAAGUAAAAACUAAAAUGUAAUCUACUAAAAUAACAUUUGGAAAAGUGCACGUAACAUAUUAAUAUCUGAUCUUGUUUGUUUUUUGUAUUCAAGUCAUACAGACAUAGAUGGUAAUGUUGGUCAGUAAAGAAAGAAGAAAUCUUUAUAAAUCAGUAGAUAUAAAUUGUCAUAUUUAUCAGAGUUUCGGUGCAUGACUCUAUCCUACUUGUCAUUUCAAGUUGAAAGCUACAUUCAUUUUAUUAAUUAUAUUCUAAUGUUAAGAUAGUAGAUAGGGUGAUGUGACAAGGACUCUGUUGUUUUUGUACCAGAAAUGAAAUAGAUGGAUUGUUGAUGAAAGUUUGCCUCUUAUUCCAUAUUCUGAUUUAAUUUAUCCUUGUGUUGGCACAUAUCAAUGAUAUUUUAAUGCAGAACAGGUAGGCACAACCAUAAUACAAAAAUCAAAAUAGAACCAUAGAACACAAGAAUUAGGGUGCUCACUCAGAAGCCUUAUUUCCAUAUUACAAUUAUUAAUGAACCAUGAGAAGACACCCAAUGAACCAACAUGACGGCAUAAGAUACCUAGUACAUGAUCGAUACUCAAUUUUCCAUCCUACAAGAGCAAGGGCAGGGGUUUGGAAUGUUAACAGUUAAAAUGAGCCUUUGGCAUCCUCAUUGUGUCUAACUAACACGCUGCAACAUGCUUUUUUCGACUGCGAUUGACAGACUCAAUAAAAUUGUUUGCAAAUAACACCAAUAAACAUCAGGGCAUCAAAAGAGUGUGCUGCAAAAGGUGGCCAAUUAUUUUUUGGACUUGUAGUGACAUCUUCUCGUCUGAAAAUUCACAUAAAAAAAUGUUAAUCGUGUUUUUUUCAGGACAAUAUGAUAACAACAAUCACCUUCAGGAGAAAAAGAAAAGAAAGGACAUUCAUGCUCGGACCUUCAGUAAGGAACCUGCUUAGCACAAUUUACUACUGAAUAUUUCUUUAGUGAUAACAACAAACGUUAUGGCAUUAUGCAGACAUUGAUGAAUAACUACCAAGAAAGUGCAUUUAAUAUUGUUUAUCGUCUGCAUUAUUAAUAUAUUCUAGCAAGUUUGUGUAAAUGAAUUCUCUUGAAUUGAGCUGCUAUUCAUGCAGAUACUUGGGUUUAAACCAGGCCAUGCCGCACAAUCUCAUUUUUCUAUUUUUAUUUUUUAUUUUUUUGCUGUACAUUUUGUAUGACACCAGCAGUGUCAAUGCAUGAAUGUUUAAUACAGUUAGGAGGAACAGAGUAGAAAUGGGUUGAAGAUGAUGUCAAAGGUCCUGCCAGCAACACAUCUACCGAACUCUUUCUUGUUUGCUUUUAUUAUGUGUAUUUAAAACAUUUAGACAAUAAUAGAGAAAGGAGAAAGCAAGCAACUUUUAAACCUUGACGAACAGGUAUCCAUGAAUGUCUUUUUUUGCAUAUGAAACCCAUAGACCUGUGUUAAUUAGGCUUGGGAAAUCGAUAUUAAAAAAAAUUCGCUACAACCUAAUAAAUUUGUCUGAAACCUUUUUGUUUUGGUCAUUUGGACCGGAAUUUGUUCAUAUGGCAUUUUAGUUCAGGGGCAACUUUCAUCCAUGAAAUAGUUUCAUGAAAAACCCUUCAGAUUAAAACAAAAUAUCAUGAAAAUUGGCCAGUGUACUGUACAAUAUGUACAUAAUAUAAAUAUGAUCUAUGUAUUUUGCAGGUCACUGACAGGUGCAUUUUUCCAAGAUUUGGUUCACAGGUUAAGUGAGAUAGAGAAAAAAAAAAGGAGGAAUGGUAAAAAAAAAUUAAAAUUAUAUAUAUGUAUAUAUAUAUAUAUAUAUAUAUAUAUUAUAUUCAUAUAUCACUUUUCACUUGAUCUGUUGAUAAAAAAAUCAACAUUUAGUCAUGGUCACCUAACCAUCAAUCAUCUCAAUUUGUGGCUCCAUGGCUGGAACUCUGAAUCACGAAACAAACAAAACUGUUGUUCAUUGACUGCUUUGGCUGUUUCAUGAUAUGACCAUAUGGCGUUUUGAAAAUUUGGAAUUCAGACAACCUGCCGAUCACCCAAAAUUCAGACGAACCACAAUUUGUUUGAAACAGAAUGCUCAAGUCUAGUGCAUGCAGUACAUGGGUCUGAAAGGUUGAAUAUGCUGAAGUUGGGAGCUGUGACAUCAUGCAUAGUUGCAUAUAUGGGUCGGCACACACUCUAUAAAAGACCACCACAGUGCUUCCAGGGCAGAGACAUGGGACAACACUGACUAAACCAACAACGCAAAGAAAAGAACCUGGCACAUAUGAACAAUCCAGAAGCAGGUAUUUGCACAAAAUCAAGCUCGCACUGUCUAAUAAAUCUGCUUUUGGAUUGUUCACAAGUGCCCAGUCCUUUUCAUUUUAUCAUGUAUCUCAGCAACCUUCAUCACUAUAACAAGAGCUAUAUGAGGAAUUGUUUGGAAUAAUCGUGACGCUGACUAAGAAGUGGUCAAAGGCUAUGACAUUCUAUAAAAAUGUUUUCUUUGUCUUGUGAUACAGAAUAUCCCUGGGACAAGUCAAGUCUGAAGUCUCUCCCACUGGACCUGAAGUCGUUUGAAAAGUUGGACAGUUAUUCCUCAAAGGUAACAAAAAUGUCUCAGAAACAUGAAAUAGAACGAAAAAAAGACCAAGAGCUGCUAGUAGGAAUGGCUUAAUAAGCAGAUGCAAACAGCAAUAAACUGAAAAAAACGCAAAUGGAAAACAUGGGUAAAUUUAAUUCUAGAAUUUUUUUCUUUUAUUGAAGGGUUUAUAUGGUGACCUUUUGUAUUGUGUUUAGAUAGAUAUUUAAUAUACAAUCCCCAUUUGCAAUAAUUGUAAAACUCAAUGAAAGCUUGUAAUGAGAGAGGUGGAAAGGAUACAAAGAGUUGAUAAAAAUAGGAUGAAUCUAAAAAAGGAAGAACAAAGAGCUCUUAAAGAACUUAGGGAAGACAAAGAGGUGGUCAUAAAACCCGCCAACAAGGGGGGAGGUAUCGUGGUGAUGGAUAGAACAUACUAUAUCGAAGAAUCCCUGAGACAACUAAAUGAUGGAGUCACAUACAAGAAGUUAAUAGGAGAUCCUACUAAAGACAUGAAGAAAAUAUUUUUGGAAUAUCUAGGAAAGGGCCUAAUGAUGGUUCUGGUACAUGUGAGUUUACUCCCAGACACACUUCUGUAUUUCCUCUUCUGUGUUAUCAGGUAGUCUGCACUAUAUAUUGUUAAUAUUUUUUUCUGAUUAUAUAUAGAAGAUGCCAUAUCCACUGCAGUUGUUAGCAUGCUCUGUUUUUUAGUAUCUUUUGUUAUUUUGUGUCACAUAGUGUCACUCUGGGGUAGUGUAGCUGCACUGCGUAUAUUCUCAAGCACUUUGACAUUGUUUGGUUUGUGACAGAGUCUAUGGGAGGGUAAUAGAAGGAAGGCAUUUAGUACCCAGAAUCCUCCAUAGCCUGUACUCAUUCACCUGCCCAGUUAGCAACUGCUAAGGCUUUAAUUAGCAGGUCUCAGAGCAGAAAGGGGAGAUACAAUCUGACCUGCAGAGAGAGCAGGUCUGUGCAGAGCAGCACCAGAAAAAGUGGGAAAAGUUGGUGAAACCAAUGUUUAUUGUGUUGAUUUGUUUAGAUUAUUACCCUGGUUUAGUAAGGGACAUUACUUUAUGUUUAAUAAGUGCUCAAAUUUGAGCUAGGAUUUUGUUUGUAGAUUUUCCUUUCUGUUUUGCUGCAGUUUUGAACAAACUGAUUGCUGCAUGGAUUUUUGUGCACGAUGUAAAUAAACCACACCAUUUUUGUUUAAGAGACUGUUGUUCUAUACCUGUUACCCUAGAGGACUGUGUUGUUUUGCCCAUAAAGGUCACAGGUUCAACAUCACCUUCAAUGGUAAGAGGGCAAGUAAAAAAUUUGUAACCGUGAUAUAGUUAAUAUGACGGUCUUGACAGCAGUUGUUGCAACAGUGUCAAUGGUAUUAAAAUUAUGCACUAUUAAACACUUCUUAUGAACAUGAACAUAGUGCGGACUUAUGAAGUCAUUUACUAGUGAAGAUUCCUUGAUUUAGAUCUAUUCCGUCUAUAUGUUUUCUAUGCUAUGUUUUGUAUUGUAUAGUUUAGUUUUUACUUCUCUUUCUGUAAGGUGAUUGGCAAAGGAUCCAUUGAAACAUUAGUUAAGGAGCUCCUUCGUGAUGUGUCAACGGAUUUGGAGAAAACUCGAGCUAUCUGGAUAUGGAUAUGUCACCAUAUAGGUAACUCAGAGUUAAAUAAACAUGUGACUUGGUACUUUAAUUUGUUUACCUUUCUUGAAGUCCACAUAAUUCUAUGUUCUAUUUGUCAUGUUUCUGAGCAGGUCAGAUGGGAGACUUAUGCAGGGGUUGACUUGAGGUUCUUUAUUUUGACCUUUAGGCAUGUUUAGACAAGGAGACAAUAAGAGUAACAGGAUAUAAAAGGGAAAAAGGAACAAUAAAGACAGAGGGAGAAGGCAGGACCUAUAAAUGGGAUUAUAGGUAAGAAUAGUAAGAGGAAAACCUAUAAGUGAAAUAAUAGGUUAGGAGGAAGGAGUGGUUAUAGAAAUAACCAGUAAGGCAAUAUGCCCCAGGAGAAAUUAGGAGUAAGGCAAUAUGCCCCAAGUAGCUCAUCAGGUAACAGGUAUAAUAACAGAGGAACGACCUAUAAGAAAUUAUAGGUAAGAGACAAACAAUAUAUAAUAGAACAGAAACAGAAUAUGAAAGUAUAAUGAAACCAGGUUAGACAUUUAGUAAAUCAGAGUCCUUUGGUUGAAGGCGGUAAUGUAGUUAUAGAUAAUUGCAGUAAGGUUACUCCGGAUUGAAGCAAUCAAGUAUGGAUAGUCAGUAUUAUCCAGGUAAGUUGUGAUGGAUCUGGUUAAAUGUCCAAAAUAACAGAAGCAAUAAGGUUCGAUGGUAUUAAAAGUCCAGUAAGAAUUAAAGCAGGGUGAUAUUGGUGAUCAGGUUUUGUUUUACCAAGCUUCUUUGAGAAGAGCAGACUGGAAACAAGCAGGUUUGAUGAGUAGAUCAAGAUGGUUCAAAGUAAAUCAGAUUUGAUCAGGUUUCUCUGGAUGAGCCAGGAGCAGAAGACUUGUCAGGUUCAGAGCAAUAACUUCUCUCAUUGUGAAGGCCCUUUGGUUUAGUCAGGUGUGGCCUUUUAUAGCUUAGUCCAGGUGAUUAUUUUAGGCAGGUGUGAGAGACUGAGGAUAGUCUCGUUGUUAGAGAGGCCACUCGUGGUGGAAAACAUGUAUUGCAAUAAACUAAAAUAGAAGAAAAAGAAACAUAUUCAUGGUUGUCAGGAUAGGAUCCUGACAUUAUUAUUCUAAUGUUCAUUUGAUAAUAGUCUUUAUGAACCAGACUUGACUAAGGCAAGCAUGCAAGAUUGAUCUACAAUGUUACUACUAACAUAGAUUAAAGCUAAGUAAUACAAAUUCCAAUAAAACACAUUUUAAUUCUAGGCUGUUACACUACAAAAUGUGGAAACAUCUUAGGGAGAUGAAUACUUGCUGUAUUUAUUUUACCAUAAAAAAAAAAUGUGGACAAGUCAUGUUUUGACCAAGCAGAAUUUUUGUUCUGUGGUAACUUAGCUUCUAAAAUGUAGGUAUACAAAGAAAAGUAUUUGAAGUGAUGGGAAUUUGGCCCUUAAUUGGGCGAAGGUCAAUAAUUUUGGGCGUGUAAUCCCUAAUGUAUGCCAGAGAGCCUGAGUGCCAUGUUCAAAAAGGCUGAUUGGCCAUGCCAUUGUGACAGUUUGGGUUUGGUAGAAAUGUGAAGAAUCGAGAGCGUUGCCAAUGUAAGUUGAGUUUAAGUCUCAUGAGUUUCCACAUGUUAAUAGUGGAGAAAAGUAGAGGGUGCUUGACACCCUCUGGUAAAGUUGUGUAUGGUGUAUGUUGUAGAUUGGUAAAGUAGAUUUCAGGGCAGAACUCUUGUUCCAGUGCAGAAAAUGUUUCAUAGCCUGAAGUUCAAUCAAGAGCAUGGUGAUAACUAACCGCCAUGUUGUAGUCAAAUAAAUAGGGAAUGUUGAGGUCCAAUUUGAAUUGAGGUUGCUGCAGCUUCCUCAGGCCAUCCUUGCUGGCUUCUCAUGCCAAUUUGAAACUAUUUUUAUAUUUACAAUUGUUUUAGGUGUCAUGUAUCAAAUACAGUUGCAAGAAAAAGUAUGUGAACCCUUUGGAAUGAUAUGGAUUUCUGCACAAAUUGGUAAUAAAAUGUGAUCUGAUCAUCAUCUAAGUCACAACAAUAGACAAUUACAGUCUGCUUAAACUAAUAACACACAAAGAAUGAAAUGUUGCCAUGUUUUCAUUGAACACACCAUGUAAACAUUCACAGUGCAGGUGGAAAAAAGUAUGUGAACCCCUAGGCCAAUGACAUCUCCAAGAGCUAAUUGGAGUGAGAUGUCAGCCAACUGGAGUCCAAUCAAUGAGAUGAGAUUGGAGGUGUUGGCUACAGCUGUCCUGCCCUAUAAAAAACACACACCAGUUCUGGGUUUGCUUUUCACAAGAAGCAUUGCCUGAUGUGAAUGAUGCCUCGCACAAAAGAGCUCUCAGAAGACCUACGAUUAAGAAUUGUUGACUUGCAUAAAGCUGGAAAGGGUUAUAAAAGUAUCUCCAAAAGCCUUGCUGUUCAUCAGUCCACGGUAAGACAAAUUGUCUAUAAAUGGAGAAAGUUCAGCACUGUUGCUACUCUCCCUAGGAGUGGCCGUCCUGUAAAGAUGACUGCAAGAGCACAGCGCAGACUGCUCAAUGAGGUGAAGAAGAAUCCUAGAGUGUCAGCUAAAGACUUACAAAAGUCACUGGCAAAUGCUAACAUCCCUGUUAGCGAAUCUACAAUACGUAAAACACUAAACAAGAAUGGAUUUCAUGGGAGGAUACCACAGAGGAAGCCACUGCUGUCCAAACAAAACAUUGCUGCACGUUUACAGUUUGCACAAGAGCACCUGGAUGUUCCACAGCAGUACUGGCAAAAUAUUCUGUGGACAGAUGAAACCAAAGUUGAGUUGUUUGGAAGAAACACACAACACUAUGUGUGGCGAAAAAAAGGCACAGCACACCAACAUCAAAACCUAAUCCCAACUGUGAAGUAUGGUGGUGGGGGCAUCAUGGUUUGGGGCUUUGCUGCGUCAGGGCCUGGACGGAUUGCUAUCAUCGAAGGAAAAAUGAAUUCCCAAGUUUAUCAAGACAUUUUGCCGGAGAACUUAAGGCCAUUUGUCUACCAGCUGAAGCUCAACAGAAGAUGGGUGUUGCAACAGGACAAUGACCCAAAGCAUAGAAGUAAAUCAACAACAGAAUGGCUUAAACAGAAGAAAAUACGCCUUCUGAAGUGGCCCAGUCAGUCCUGACCUCAACCCGAUUGAGAUGCUGUGGCAUGACCUCAAGAAAGCGAUUCACACCAGACAUCCCAAGAAUAUUGCUGAACUGAAACAGUUCUGUAAAGAGGAAUGGUCAAGAAUUACUCCUGACCGUUGUGCACGUCUGAUCUGCAACUACAGGAAACGUUUGGUUGAAGUUAUUGCGGCCAAAGGAGGUUCAACCAGUUAUUAAAUCCAAGGGUUCACAUAUUUUUUCCACCUGCACUGUGAAUGUUUACAUGGUGUGUUCAAUAAAAACAUGGCAACAUUUUUAUUGUUUGUUUGUUAUUAGUUUAAGCAGACUGUGAUUGUCUGUUGUUGUCACUUAGAUCAUGAUCAGAUCGCAUUUUAUGACCAAUUUGUGCAGAAAUCUGUAUCAUUCCAAAGGGUUCACAUACUUUUUCUUGCAACUGUACAUGACUUAGUAAAACUCCAUUGAAUUUCCUGCAUGUGGUAAUGAAUGAUGAUGGAAAGACGAGUGGUAACAUCACUGACUGAAAGACAGGAAACCCAGGUUCCCUUCCUGUUAAGACCACCUCACUGGUAAAUGUCUUUGGACAAGACCCCUAACGAUACGUGGCUGCCUACAUCAAAUCCUCGUAGAUUGUAAGCUCUUUUGAGCAGGGCCUUCUUUUCCUUUCUAUACCGGUAAAGUGUUGUUCAUGUUUGUGCUGUAUACAUGCUAAUAAUAAUAUAGACAUGACAUUGGUAGUAUCCUUUUUUUUUUUUUUUAGAGUACGACAUAGUGGGUUAUAAAAAUGAACACCUGCGAUCUUCAGAUCCUAAAGAUGUAUUUAAGACGAGGAAGGGCGUCUGUGCUGGGUACUCUUCUCUCUUUGAACAUAUGUGCAGGUAAAAAUGACAAAAAGAAGUAAAACAUUGACUAGGUUACAGAAAAUAAAUUGUAAUGUAUUCUUCAAGUUCAAUGUCCCAUUAUUUCAGCCAGCAAAAGGUAACCUGGCAACUCUUAAUGUGUUUUUACCAAGCCAAAGGAUAGCGCCGCUAUAGGUAAAUUCAUUGUAAGGAUUGUAAACUUUGUACAUUUGUUAAUAAAUCAUGCUAGCAUCCAAAAUAUGCCAAAUAAAAUACUUUGAUUUCUAUUUAUAACUGGCACACCAGAUUUACCUGUUUAGAUUCCUGUAACUAGCACUUACGGUAAAAGUCCCAACCCUGAAACCACAUAUUGUCAGUGCUUAUCAAACUAAAAAUAGAAAACAAAUAAACCUUAAAAAAAAAAAAAAAUCUGAAAUAUUGUUUCUCUUCUAGGAAAAGGUUCAAUAGGUGCUAUGCUUGGAGCUUCUCAUUAGCCAAGUCCUGCAAUGCAGUACGUCAAGCUGAGUUCAGAGCUAGAGAGGCAGAGAGGGGCAUCUGAUGGAUCCAAAGUCAAAUGGUUUUAUUACUCGCAAAUUCAGCCAUUUACAGAUUCACUCACAGACACUCCAGAUUCACACACUCACAGAUCCACACACAUAUUAGAGAUACACAGUUAUAAACGCUAGCCAUUAUUUUUUUUCCUCAAUAAAAGAAGGUUAACACCAAAAGAAAACAAAUAAAACUAUCAUUCAAAAAUUUUAUUUUAGACACCCUCCAACUUACUUACUAUUUUGAUGUAGGAAGGUGGCUUCCCUUAUGUCCAGUGACACACACUCCGGCUACCCUCUUGUGCAGCUGUCAUAGAAUUCUUGGAAGAAGUGACAUAAGAUCACUACCUUCCAGCGCUACGAUGGAGGAGAGAAGAGGAAGCAGCUCAAUGACAGUUCCUUGAGCUGUGCAUCCUGUGUGCUUUUAUAGGUCGUACACCACUAAGGUCAACCCUGAUCUGGUGACCCUCAUGAGGAUCCUUGAAAAUAACAGAGAAGAAAAAGGGGGGGGUUACUUUCUCUUCCACUGUGCCCCCCACCCCUAUUUUUAUGAUUAACUUUUUGCUUCUGAUUUCUUAAUAACAGCAACUUGGAUGCAAAUGCAGGAACUUGUAUAAUUAGUUCAAGUGUAACAGCUCAGUUUGCUUACAUAUCCGUAUGUGUUUGGUGAUCAGGCUGCCCACUGCCGUCAUCAUGCUGUGUUCCUCUAGGACUGGCAACUCUGGGUCUAAAUGUCUGACUUUCUGCUUUAUCAACUAGAGGAUUUUUUUUUUAAAUUCUUUAUUUUUGCAUUUGGAAAAUGGUACAGCAUAUUGUAGUACUCUGUACAUAACAAAUGAACAAAAAUAAUAAUAACUAGAAAAGCUACAAUUUCUGGGGAAAUUGUGUGAAGUGUUCUUGCCUCCACCAGUAGUCUACAACUGGAGUGGGCGGAGUAACUGUUAUCAUUUAUAUAGCACAUUUAAUUGCAACGUUGUUGCACAGUUACAUUAAACCAUACAUUUAUAAAAACAUUAGCAGGUGUUCAAAAGGCCCUGUCUAUGACAUCACUUGCUGCUGCAGCCUGGCACAGGUCAGAGUAUUUUGGCGGUUGCGAAUUUUUAUAGAAGGGUUAAAGCCUAUAGCGAAAGACAUAGAAAGACAAAUAAUGACAGAGGAAGAAAAGUAAAGGUGAGUCCUCUCGUAGAGGUUGUUUGGAAGUGUAGUGAGAGUGACAUCUGGAUGACGGAGCGGACAGCAAAGAUUGUGGGACCAAAAUGACAGUAACGUUCUAGGCUAGGGAUCCAUGUUCAGAGAGUUGGGGAUGGUCAUUACAUAUGCUGAAGCGUGGGAGCGAUAGGCAGUCCUCUUCCCACCCCAUCGCUCUAAGCGAAGUUCAAAUAGCUAGUCAGCCAUGGUUCCCAAUCUCUAUCAAACAUCCUUAAAGUGCCUUUAACCUGUGCUGGCAACUUGACCAACUACAGGAUUGUAAGCAUUUUAUCAUACCUGGUUACGAUUCACAUGACUUCAUUUUUUCUUUAACAUAAGCACAUUUCUCAUUCAGCCAUAAUACGGUGAAUGAAGAUGAACAUAUCGGAUUCAUUCUCUAUCAUUUUGAAAAUGAGAUUUAAUUUGUUGCAGUGUAGACAGAAAUUGUAUCAUUCAACCCAUACCCAAACCACUGUGGGGAAUAGUUUUGUUUUGCAGUGCUGAGUUCCUGAAAUAGUUCCAUGCUAUUUGCAACUCUGACAUAACCUCAGCGAAAACACUUGUUUAUAGUGUUCCUUUAACAACACGUCCUUUUUAUUAACAGAGACACAUAGUCUUUUUUUCAAAUUAGUUGUUUUUUCCAUUUUCUUUUUUUUUAAACUCCACAGUAGCAAAUGCUCUAUCGCUUUAUUUCCAUGCUAAAUAAUGACAUUUGUAAUACUAAUGUGAUAACAUUAUACUUUUGUGCCUUGAUAACUAAAGUUUCAAUAUGUCUUUGUAGCAUUGCUGGUGUGCAGUGUAAAACUGUGAGCGGUUACGGCAAGGGUAUGUCAUACCAGGUAGGACAGAAGAUUACUGAAGAUUCUAAUCACGCCUGGAAUAUGGUCUAUUUGGAAGGAGGUUGGCAUUUGCUGGACUGCACUUGGGGAACAGGAAAUUGCAACAAUAACAUGUUUUCGUUUAAGUAAGUAAAAACAAAACUUGGCUUGUUGUUAUGGUAUAAAAUAAAAGGUAAAUGUUUUAUAAUUAUAAUAGAGUAAAUAAUGAUUUUUGCACUGGAUAAUUGUAUAGUGUUAGAUGCACUAACUAGUGUAAGGUGUCCAUAGGCUGAAACAUAUUGUCAAUAUACUGACGAGUGUACAUAAUAUAUAUGUAACAUCAUGCAUUUAAAAAAAUAAUACAGCUAUUGAACAGGAGUAAGGUUUUAAUAUAUAUAAGAUGAUUUCCAUGUUGCGCCUAACAGUGGCGACUAAGGAAAUGUAAAGAUGGUGGGGCGCUAGACUCCGGACUUGACGUCCUUUUACCCCAUGUACUCAAUUCCUUUCUCAAGGAGACGUCAAGCCCUGUUCAGCAACAUUAGUCAAUAGAUACAUGUAUUUAUGAAACAAUAACUACUUUAACCCCUUAAGGACCAAACUUCUGGAGUAAAAGGGAAUCAUGACAUGUCACACAUGUCGUGUCCUUAAGGGGUUAAAGAGGUUUGACUCCACUCCUAAACCUAAACAAAGCCAAUAGGAGAUGUUGGUUUGAACACACUAAGCAUGUCUGAUGGAUUUAAACACAGAUAAUAGGAGGGUUUUUCAAAAAGUCCCAAAAUCUCAACAUAAUUAGUUUCUCACAUUUCAGUAGUAUCUUCAUCCAUCAAUAAUGGGCAGGUAUGAAACUUUUUCUAGCAUUCAGAUCCUUACCAUGCCAGUAGAUGUGAUCUUAUUUGAGCAACAAAAACAGGGGGUCCUGUCCCAUCUGCCCCUAUUGACCAGCCUUCACUGUUCUCACUUUACUAAGUGUCUCUUUGAUUUGUCCUCUCACUAUGUGAGAAAGCUAAAGGUUAUCAGUGACAACCAUACCCGAGGAUGUCUCACAUCUUAAGUAGAGGUUUCUGUUUUGGAGCCAAGAAGGAUAUCUCUUCCCGGAAAAGAGAUAUUUCACCUGCAGUCCUGGCAACUAUUUGCGAAACUCAAAAAACCUAGCUGAAUACUAACAGAUUUCUAGAUAUGACAGCCACCACCCUCAUAGCAUAUCUAUCCUCCCCUUAUACACAAGUAUGUCCCGUCUAGGCCCUUACGAUCUAGGCCCUUACGAUUCUGUCCGUACUCCCACCUCUGAUGCUCGCCUUCAAGAUUUCUCGAGGGCUGCACCGUCCUGUGGAACUCGCUUCCCUCCUCCGUCAGAUGCUCACCCAGUCUCCACUCCUUCAAUAAAUCGUUAAAAACCCACUUCUUCAUAAAAGUGUAUCAAUUAAACUGUUAAUAGCUCCGGACUGAUUCCUCUUCUGCAACUGUCACUAGUCUAAUACUAUCCUUACCUUUUUGUGUCAUUUUACCCCACUCCAUCCAGCAUGUAAGCUCAUUGAGCAGGGCCGUCAACCCCUCUGUCCCUGUGUGUCCAACUUGUCUGAUUACAACUACAUGUCUGUUCGUCCACCCAUUGUAAAGCGCUGCAGAAUUUGAUGGCGCUAUAUAAAUAUCAUAAUAAUAAUAGUAAUAACUAUGAAAAAGCAUAUUGUGUAAUGUGAUGUAAUUUAUUUAUCUUGCCUUUGUUCCUUGGUGUAUAUCUAACAACAGCUGCAAAAGCUGAACCUCUCUUGUCUGACACUUUUGCAACCCUUCCCUUCUUCCCCAUCCUAAACUUUUGUGUGGCUGUCCAAUCACAGACUUCCCAAGUCUUUGCAAGGCAGCUGCUUUGGGCAAUUGCUGCCUCUUGAGUUUACUACCAGGAAGUAACAGGACUGGUUGUCUGAUUGACAGUCAGGGGGGUGUAGCAAUGUUAAUUUACAAAAACGCUAAUUUCUAUUGAAAUCUGCACUUUUUGUAAAAUGAUAAAAGAGGACAAACUCUACACACAAAACGCUGAAGUGCUCUAGGGGUCUGGAGUGUCCCUCUAAUAAGUCAAUAAAUCUGAGUGAUUUCUAUGUUGCAGAUACAAUGAGUUCUAUUUCCUGACACAUCCAGCACUGUUCAUUGAAGAUCAUUUACCCGAAAAUUCAGAUUGCCAGUUACUGGAGCGACGCAUUUCUCAAAAGCACUUUGAGCAGAUUGUAUAUCGUACACCAUAUUUUUAUAACCUGGGGCUGUUGUUCUCUGAACCUGACACAGUGAUCAUUGAAACAGGUAACUGGAUUAUUGUCAUCAUAAUUUUUUUUGUUCUAGUGUAUAUAUAAAAAUGUUGACUUUCAGAAUUGUUUUUUGUUUCUGCUGAUUUUUUCAUCUAUUGAUUGUUCGUCUGUUUUAAAUUAUAUUUUAUAUAUGUGGGAGCAAAUUGUAGUUAAAAUUCUUUACAGGAAAUUUUCAAGAGGAGAAAGGUGCGAGAGAGAAAGUAAAAUAAAUUUGUUAAAUUAUAUACAUCAAGCAUGUCAAACUCAAAGUCUAGCACGGGCCAAAUAAACAAGGUUUAAGUUUGUGUUAACAAAAAAAAAAACUUUUCAUAGAAACGUAGGUUUAUUUUGAAAAGUACAGUAUAAAAAAAAAGCAUCCCCUUCUACUAAACCAGAGCACCCUCCUCUACUAAAUCCCAGUCCUCCCCAUAUACUAAAUCCCAGUCCUUCACCUAUACUAAAUCCCAGUGCCACCCUCUACUAAAUCCCAGCACCCCCUCUAGCCAACAAGCAGACCCCACUCACAUUGGCGCUGCCAGUAUGUGACUCCGGAGUCCAGCCUCUGGUAUACCCCAGAUGGCGCCGUCCGCACCCUGUGCCAAAGCGGAUCCUCCCGCUAUUUCUUAAGACCCUGUGAAGGUGGAGCACGUCAACGUAACGUCGGAAUGUGACGUGACCUUGCGUGCCUCCAUGCACUUCCAGGUACUCCACUGUCCAGCAGCGCCCAUCACAACAUUGACCUACAUUCAAACACUCACUGACACACACUCACUGACAGACACACACACUCAAUGACAGACACACAAAUGCACACACACACAGACUCUUACUGACACACACUCACUGACACACACAGACACACACACAGACAUACAGACAAAUACACUCACUGACACACAUACUCACUGACACAUACACACAGACACACACACACUGACAGACACACCCACCUUUACACAUUCUUGCACACACACAUCAUUUUAUUUAUUGCUCCCUACCUUUGGGAGCUGGUGUGGGGCCUCUCUUUGUGGUCCAGUUUGGAUCUUCUAUCUGGAGAUCUCCUUCCUGCUCCUCACUGCUCCCUCACAUGCAGUUUAGUGACAUCAUAUUCUGCCACCCGGCAUCACUACAGACGGUGCAAGCGAGGAAGCAGUUAGGAGCAGGAAGACUGAGGUCCUCCAGUGACCUCUCCAAGUCCUGGCCAGGUAAAAUUUUAGCAGAUAGGCACCUGAUAUGUGGAGAAAGCAGGUGCCUACUCUGCGUUAACACUAAGCAUGUACUUAUGGCUUGCCGGGCCACAAAGAGUUUGACCUGCUUGAUGUACAUCAAGUGCCUCCACAUUCAGUCACACAGGGGCAUGUAAAUUGAAUACUCCUAUUGGCUAGUGUUUGUCAGCUCAGUUUAGUCAACUUUUUGCUUUUACUCUAAAGGGCUCUUGUGUCUCUCAGAGUUGUAGGAAUUGCAAAGAAAUAAAUAUGAUUUUUAAUGUCUGCAUACAUGUAAGAUAAGCUGUUCGUAAAUAUGUCUAUUACUUUUCUUUCUAGUGAAAGGAAUGGCCUCUAUUGUCAUCGAGAGCAGCUCCCGUGUGCUAUAUCUUUUUGACCUAAAUGAAACAGAAAAAACUGGUUUUGUGCGGCUAAUGGAAUGCAAGGCAAAGUUUUUUAUUUAUCCUGAGAAGACUGGAAAACAUAAACUAAACAUUUAUGCAAAAUCCCAUGAUUCAGAGGGAGAUUAUCACUCUGUUUUAAGUUAUGUGGUAGAUUGUAAAUCUAUAGAGACCUCCAUGAAGAUCCCUAAGUGUCUCCGAAUACCUGCAGGUCCAAGUUGGUUAUCAGAGAAAGCAGGACUUUUUCAGCCCUCUCACCCAGACCCAAUAAUUUACACCAAGGACGGCUCUUUCACUGUCAGCUUCACAGUAAAGCAGGAUUUGAGUCUUUUUUGUACCUUGAACUCUGAUGACCUGCAGAUGACUUCAGAGAUGCAGCACAGACACAUCUUCCAAACACAAAAAGAAGAAAGUGUGGAGUUUAAAGUUCGUCUUCCUCAAUCAGGAACCUUUGUUCUAAGUGUGAACAUUAAGGAUAAAAACAGUGAGGUAUAUACAUCUAGAUGCAACUAUCUCGUCAUAUGCUCUAAUCCAGCUGUUCGCUGGCCAGUGUUCCCCUUGAGUUAUUCAGACUGGGCCAAACACUAUGACUUGGUGGAACCUUUAGAUGGAAUUUUACCCAAAAAUAGCAAUGUAUUUUUCAAGCUCCAGAUUCCUGAUGUGGCUGGAGUCACUGUAGAUCGCAAAGACUCAUUUCCUUUGACUCUCAAUGACCAGGGAUACUGGGAAGGAACAGCAAGAACAGACAAUUGUAAAGAACUCUAUGUUACUGUUAAUUAUAAAGAACAACCAAAGAAAAGAAUGUAUGUGUUGCAAUACCAGAUACAGUGAAGAAUGAGACUAUUGAUACAUAUGUCAGAAGAUGGAUGAUAAAGCAAUACAAGUUGGAACAGUUUUUGGGUCAGAUGACCAAUCUGUGGAUAUUUUUCGUUAUGUAAUAAUGAAUAUAUGGUACCAAUAACAAUGCAAAGUCCCAGCAGUCCUGCACACUCUAUAUUGCAGAUAUGCACUAAUGGCCUUCUUAACCAGAGUGAGAGGGACUGUCAGUGACUUUUUUCAUUUAAAAAAAACUUGGUUUAUGCAAGAGAAAGACAUUAUACUCACACAAAACACUCCACAGACAUCAACACAUCUGGAGAGUGGUGGAAUAUUCGUCUAUUUGAAAUACAUUAAUUAGCAGGAAAACUUUCUAUUAAACUGUUUUUUUCUAGAAAAAAAAGUUUUACGGCUGUCAUGUGCUGGAAGAGAAGCCCUAUAGAUCAGAAUCCUCCUGUUCCCAAACCAGAGUUAAUACACAACUGCAGUGUUGCGAAAUAGACAAGCCCAUAGGCCCAUGAUGGGGUCUGUAGGACAGCACGCAUUAGACCUCCCCAUAGGAAACCACUGAAUCAAAGUUUAACAUUGCAGCACUAACUGCAAAAUAGACACUACACCCAGACCACUUCAAUGAGCUGAAUUGGUCUGGGUGCCUACAGUGUACCUUUAAGGUUUUUUUUUUAUAUCUACACGUAAAAAAAUAAUGAAAACAUAUAAUGUUUAAAGUGUGUUAUUUAUUUUGUAUUAUUUAGUUUGCAUUAUUGUUUCUUAACCUUUCCCCCUAUCUGAAUGAACCCUUUAGGAAAAGAAACAGCAAUGUAAAUUAAACUCCUUAAUUAUAACAGAUGAAUCUUUACAAUUAAUUUAAUCAUGAUGCAUUCUUAAGAAUACUGUUUGUUAAAAAAUGAAAGGAAAACACAAAUAUAGCUGGCAAACAAUAUUAUCUCAAUAAUAUAGAUACACGGUAAAUUAUGAUAUAUGAUCUAUGGCUAUAUCGUAAACACAAGGAUUGAGUUGCAACUCUUUAUUACUCUUAAAGGGAUUUGGUUUCCUUACAAUGAAUCUAAACACCCUUUGUUUUUGUUUUUUAUUAAACAUACUGUUAAAUAAAAAAAACAAGAUUGUGUAUUUUUGUGUAUUGCAAUCAAGCCCAGCAAACAGAAUACUUAAGAAUGAAAGUGCUUGUGUUUAAAAUACAAAAAAAACAACAAUUAUUUGGGCAAAAUGCAAUAAUUGUGCGAUAUAUUGUGCAAAUACACUCCAAAUCACUUUUACAAAACUCCACAUUAAAGUACUUAUCAAUUACUAAAAUAAUAUACUGUGAAUUACUGCUGUUUCAGUCAAAUAAAUAUUUCCUUAAAUUAAAUAUUUUGGAUAUUUUUAAUCCACUUCAAAAUGUAUAACAUGUUAUGUUUCAUCACCCAAAACAUAAGGCCUAAAUUGUCCUCUGUCCCAUCAUAGCUAGAAUAGGUUUAGUAAAUGAAGGUUUGUCAGAACAGCACCUGCAUCCUCUAGUGGUCAGUCUGACAAACUACAGCAGAUAUUCUUAACAUUCUUAAAUUUAAACUUAAAGAGGCACUCCAACCCUGAUACAGGUACUCCUCACUUACCAACCGGGUACCGCUCCUAUGACCCAGUCGUAGAACUAAUUGGUCGGUAAGUGAGGAGUUAAGGGAUUCCCUGCUCUGGUGCGCUUGUAUAUGUUCAGGUAAAUUUCCCCGAACAUAGAUGAACGCAGCAGAGCAGGGAAUAGCUCUAAUUCCCACGACGGCUCGCACUUACCACCCCGCGAGAGAGCUGGUCGUAAGUGCGAGCCAUCAUUAAAAAGGGAGGUUGCAAAACGAGGACCACCUGUAAUAAAAAAAUUUUUUAACAUUACAAAGGCUCUAUGGGGCAUAAUUAAUUGGUCUCUCCUUGGAAAACAUGAGAAAAAUAGGUUUUUAAACUUUCCUUAAUCCAGUGCCUGGAAAAUCUCCCAGCACUGAUCUUCCACAUCCAUUCAUUAUGUCACUCGGUUCUUACGUGGUUCAAUCACAGGCUUCUCCUAGAGAUGUUUGUGAUUAAACCGUUUCACCGGCUCAGAGUGUAUGCAUGCAAUGUGAUCCGGGAGGGAGAAGGGGACGGAGGAUGGAAGGGGAAAAAACACCUUAUACAAUUUACAGAUGGAGGUGGGAGGGAGCACACAGUGAGAGGGAGGGGGAAGUAAUCUUCCCCUUGCAUGUGUUCUGACUGUAAGGGGGAAGAUUUUUACAUCUUUCUGCAGAGUGCAGUGGACACUGAUGACAGAUGAAAAUUAUAUUGACACAAAGAAUUGACACAAGACAGCCCAGGUUCUAAACUGCUUAAGUUACGUGUGCAAGGGGUGCAAGUAGCCCUUUAGCACACAGCAAUAAAUCUGAAUGUGCAGUAUCUCAAGUAGAAACACUGCACAUUUGGACUCCUACCACAAUGACCAUUUCAAAUCAACGAAGGUACAAGGAUUUUUGGCAGCAAAGGCAAAGAUGCAUUUUGUCGCCCUCCCCCAUUUCACAUUGAUCACCAUUUUCUACCCCUUGAUUGUGCAGCACUCACAAAAGUAUUGUGAGUUCGCUGCCCAGUUCCGAGACUGACUGUAUAAGAGAUUCAUAGUCAUGACUCUCACAGUCACAUAUAUGUACGUAGUGGGGAAUCGUGAUGCAGCAUAAUAACAGAGAACUAUCACACUUACCCCCAAAUAAUGACAGACAACGUAGUAUGGAUGAAACAGGCAACAGCAUUUAUUAUAACAUAUGAUAAAUAAUGUAUAACAUAUCCAUAAUUUAUUUUAAUCUUUAUCUUUACUUGAUAUUAAUCAAACAUCAAACAUAUAUAACCAUAACAACAAAUAAGUUAAAAUAUAGUGUCAUACAGUAUAAUCCAACCUUUCUUGCCAGUAUACUGAACAUGAGCCUAUGCACCACUUCUCUCACCUCAUAAAUUCCCUUUUCGUCCCAAUGCUUACCACCAGCCAACCUUUUCAUCGCUUGGUGGGCACGUCCAAACAGGUGACCUAAGGUUAACCGUUUAGAGCAGGGGAGGUUGAGACCUGAAACCUGACCACCUCAUUCCACAUAUUGACACAACGGCCUCAAACUUAAAGGGACAUUCCAGUGCCAGGAAAACAAUCUGUUUUCCUGGCACUGCAGGUCCCCUCUCCCUCCCACCUCCCACCUCCCACCUCCCAUUCCAGGUUGCUGAAGGGGUAAAAACCCCUUCAGUCGCUUACCAAAGGCAGCGACGAUGUCCCUCGUCGCUGCUUCUUCCUCCGUCGCCGCUCAUCCCCUUCAUUACAUCAGGCGGCUGGGGAGACUGAUCCUGCCCGCCAGCUGGGGAGACCUAAUGCGCAUGCACGGCAAUGCCGUGUACGCGCAUUAGACCUCUCCAUAGGAAAGCAUUGGGAGGACUUAACCCUGCAAAGUAAUUAUUGCAGUUUAUGAAAACUGCAAUAAUUACAGUUGCAGGGUUAAGGGUAGUGGGAGUUGGCACUCCAAUGGGCAGAAGUGGUCUGUGUGUCUGGAGUGUCCAAUUAAUUUGCAAGGACAUAACCCUGGCUAGCUGCGACUACAAUCGGUCGGGUGGGAGGGAAGCUGUUUGCUGGUCCGAAUCCCAAGUAGCACUGAGGUAAGAGCACCCCCACCAAACUCACACACCAUAUAAUCCCACCCACACAUUCAUACACAACCAAUCACACGCAUCCAUCCCCACACUCAUACAUGUGCCCUUGUCUGCUUAGCUGUGCUAACUCCCCAGGGCCUGGACCUGUAUUCAUGGUCAGUUUUACUUGUAAGGGAUUACUCCAACCAAAUAACAGUGUUUUAAUAAAACCCCCUCCUUUAAAAUAAUGAAAUAUAGAAAAUGUAAUGACACAUUUGCAGUGCAUUUGUGGUUGGUCUAGCAAAGAGUAUUGUGCAGUGGUUACAGCCACGACCGUGCCCGUCAUGCCAGGGGUCCCAGCCGCCCUGCUGAUACCUGCAACUGUGGACUGCUGAGAGGAGCACUGUCACAGGGGGCUCAUCUAAGGCACCCAUAAAUCACCGCAUGUACAGUGAGGCGGAGUAGGCACCUACUUACCUGAAUGGCAGGUGCCUACUCUGUCGACAUACACCGGAGGGGAGGGGAGGAAGCAGGCAGCAUUCAUUGUCAGUGGCAAGGGAGCACUGAUCUGCCCUCUGUGAUGCCGGGAGCCGGAAUAGGACAUCAUUUCGGCCCCAGCAUACUAAACAGUGUGCAGGAGGAGAGAGGAACUGGCACAGCACAGUCUCAUGGAGAGGACCCUGACCAGCUCUCCCUAAGCUAGGGAGGCUGGAUGGGCCUCAAAAAAUUUAAUUAUUUUUGAGAGUGUGCAAGAAUGUGUGAGUGUGUGUGUCAGUGUGAAAUCAGCUUUACUUACCUUCCAGGACCUUGGUGAGAAGGUGUUCCCAGUUCAGCUGAUGACUCAUCAUCUGGAGUGACAAAGUGGUCUCGCGCAUGCUCCUAGCCUCCGUCAGAUUUUCCUAUCCGUCAGGAGUGCAAGCACCCAUGUGCAGCACAAAGAACAGCUGAUCUGCGUUGUAGCGGAAUAUAUUUGUUUGAAUAGACUUUAAUUCCUUUUGUUCAGCUGUCCGUACACUCUCCGUUCAGUUACCGAACCAACUGUGUGUGGUCCCCUUGUUAACAGCUCAUAGUCACCAACAACCCCUGGCUGUUAACCUCAAAUGAGCAAUUAGCUCAAGUGCUUUCCCUGUGUGGCCGCCGUUCGUAUAAACGAUCACACGUGCUCCAAGAAUUGGCGGCCAUUUUGUCCCCCGAAAGCAGGUAGCGGUACAUAGUCAUCGAGUGUCUGGAACUGUAUGUCGGCUACACAACCCCGCGAUCACCUGGGAAACUUGUACCGCUGCCCGAGCCACUUCGCGACUAGUUACAAGAAUGGCGUUUGGGAGACAGGAACUACUGAACAGCGGGAGCAUUCGCUCCCUAAAAGCCAGGGGUAGCAUUCGUCUGUGUUUGUAUGGGAACCCCCAAAAGAAGACUGGUCGUUGCCUUAUUUUCUGUGGAACUGUUUUGUGACAUCACCUUGUGGUCAGGGCCGGCCUUAGGCAAUUAGGCGCCCUGUGCAAAAAGUCUUCACGGCGCCCCCCCCACCUCCCACCAAGUUGCCUGAAUACAGUAACACACACAGGCACCGGGGACGUGUGUAUCACGAGGCAAACAAGGCAUCUGCCUUGGGCGCCACUUUGCAGGGGGCGGCAAAAAAAAGCAUCCCUCCAAACCCCCAGGCAGAUCCCUUGCUUGCCUCGCAUCCUGGGGGGCUCAAGAGCUGACCGGCUGGCCACUUUUGAGCCCCCCCAAGGCUGGCAGCGGGCAGCGAAGGAGCAUACUCACCUGAGCUCUUCCUGCUCAGCUUCCUCUGCGCCGCUUAAUGAAGCCGGGAGCCAGAAUAUGACGUCAGUCCGGCUCCCGGCAUCACUAAGCGCUGCUUACUCAGCCUGUGCGCCCCCUGCCUGCCUGCCCAGCAGCCACACUGGACUGCUGGUAAGAAAUCCACUCCAGCUUUCCCAGGGAGGCUGGGUGGAUUUAAAAUAAAUGUAAAAAAUAUUAGUUUGUGAGUGUUAGUGGAAAUGUCUGUGUGUGUGUCUGUGAGUGUUUAUUUUGAAGUGAAUGUGUGUGUGUGUGUGUGUGUGUCUGUAAGUGUGUAAUUGUGUGUGUCUGUAAGUGAAUGUGUGUGUGUCUGUGAGUGAAUGUGUGUGUUGGUCAGUGAGUGUAUAUGUGUCAGUCAGUGAGUGUGUAUGUGUCAGUCAGUGAGUGUGUAUGUGUCGUCAGUGAGUGUGUAUGUGUCGUCAGUGAGUGUGUGUCGGUCAGUGAGUGUGUAAGUCAGUGAGUGUGUAAGUCAGUGAGUGUGUAAGUCAGUGAGUGUGUAUGUGUCGGUCAGUGAGUGUGUGUCGGUCAGUGAGUGUGUGUCAGUCAGUGUGUAUGUGUCGGUCAGUGGAGUCGUGCAUCUUUCAGUGAGUGCUUGCGUCUGUCAGUGAGAGUGUGCAUCUGUCAGUGUGUGUCCAAGUAAUAGUGCAUGUGUGUAUGUCAUUGUUUGUCAGUGUAUAUGAGAGUGUGUGUCUGUCAGUGAGUGUGCGUCUGUCAGUGAGUGAGCGUCUGUCAGUCAAAGUGCGGCCUUGACAGGAAGGGGUGGGGGAAAUUUAAACUCGGUUACAGGCAUGUACACACACACUCAGUUAAAGGCAGUCACACAUACAGGCACAGGCACAAACAAUGGCACAGCUACAGCGACACACACAGACAGACAGUCACAUAGGCAGUCACACACACAGACAGACACACAGUAACACACACAUAGACAGUUAUACACACACAGACAGUUAUACACACACAGGCAGGCAGUCACACAGAUAGAAAGUCACACACACAGGCAGGCAGUCACACACAGACAGAUAGUUACAGACAGACACACACAGGCAGGCAGUCACAUACAGGCAGUCACACACACAGGCAGUCACACACACAGACAGACAGUCACACACACAGACAGUCACACACAGGCAGGCAGUCACACACAGAGACAGUCACACACAGAGACAGACACACACACACACAGAGACAGACAGUCACACACACACACACACACAAGGACAGGCAGUCACACAGACAGUCACACACACACACACAGACAGUCACACGCACACAGGCAGGCAGUCACACAGACAGUCACACACACACACAGACAGUCACACAAACAGGCAAACAGUCACACACACACACUUACCUCUUUCCAGUGGAUGCAGUUGGCUGAUGGGGAAGCAUCUUUCCCUCUUCCUGUACAGCAGGGGCUUCGGGAGGUAUUAGCCCCGUCUCCGCCUCUCGAUAAGCCCCGCCUCCGCCGCUCGGUAAACCCCGCCCCCUCUGCCGCGAUUUUUUUUUUUUUUAAAUAGACCCGGGUGGAGAAUAAUUAAUCCUCCAGCCAGGUACCUCUUUUAGCUCCCCUGCACUCCGGCCAUGAGUGAGCUGUGUCGGCCACAGGGCGCCCCCUGUUCCAUGGCGCCCUGUGCGGUCGCACAGCUCGCACACCCCUAAGGCCGGCCCUGCUUGUGGUCGACCAGUCCAAACCUCAUUUGAAUGGCGAAUUCAAACCACCGAAGGCACGGGAGCACUAUUUCAACAAAGUGGGCACUCAGACUCACGCUAUUCGGGGAUAUGACUUUAGUGGGGUUCCUGCACUAUUUUGAUGUAUUUUGGGGGGAAUUUUGUAUUAUAUUGUAUUGUUUUCUGUAACUGAGAGAUAAUUGAGUUAUCCGAUUUUAGGCUCAAUUAUCUCUCAGACACAGAGACUCCUGUGAAGAAACCCAUGUAUUUUUCAUAUGAAGACCCCAUGCUGGGGGUCAGUGCAUAAAAACUAUGUGUGGCCAAAUAAAAAUCAGUUGACUUCCAGAACUAUGUGUCGUCUGGUUGCUGUGGUGAAAGGUCUUUUAAUUACUACAGGGCUUCCUACAGCUACGAUGAAGAAUAGUGGAGAUACCUAGCCAUAGUAGAGGAGCUCUGCUACAUGCGUCACCGGACAUAACGUGGGGUAGGGAAAUCUGCCAGGUAUGGAAAUACGACAGAACACUUUCCAGGUUUAAAGAUGGCCGCCACCAAGUGCAGAUACCAUCAUUAAAUGAAUUAGCACGGCAGCUGGCCCGUGUGAGUGGCCCAGGGCAUGACAGAGAUCUUGCAGGCCCCUCUCUGGCCUGGACCCUCAGGCAUUGCCCGAGUGCAUAAAUGGUCAGUCCGCCACUGACCUAUACCCAAUUGGUGAUUUAGAAGUCAUUAAAGGAAAUUAAAGGAUUAGGAGAAUAACUCCAAUGAUAGUAUGUCACACAAUGGGUGUUUUGGACAUGUUCUUUUUUUAUUUUAGGGCAAUCAAUAUACAUGGACAUGCAGUUUUAACAGUACUUCAACAGGAUAGGCACUGUGUUGCUGUGUACAGCAGACAGGGCUGGUGCAAGCAUUUUUUAUGCCCUAGGCAAAAAAAUAUUUUGACGCCCCAUUCGCUCCACCCACCCAUGCAAACUGACGCACAUGCAAUGACCAAUGCAGACUGACACACACUGACCCAUAUACACACACUGAUACAUGCAGACACACAAAUACAGACACACUGACACAUGCAAACUGAUGCACACGCUCACCGACCCAUACAGACUGACGCACACUGACCCAUUUACACACAUUGAUCCAUGCAGACACACACAUACAGACACACACUGACCCAUGCAGACACACACGUAUAGGCACACAGUGACCCAUGCAGACACACAAUCUGACCCAUACAGACACACACACUGACUCAUGCAGACACACACUCACCCAUACAGGCACACAGUGACCCAUACAGACACACAAUGACCAUCCAGACACACAGUGACCCAUACAGACACACAAUGACCCAAACAGACAAACACAAUGAUCCAUACAGACACACAAUGACCCAUACAGACACACACACUGCCCCAUACAGACUGACAUACACAAAAAUACUGACUAAAGCAGACUAACACACAUCUUACCUUUUGUUAAGACCUGCAGUGGUUAUGGUACUGCGGUCUUCUAUUCCUUUCCCAAUAGCUGAGCAUAAGUGAUUAUAGCUCCAGCAGGGAGUAGAGGAAUAGUGUAGAUGAAUGCAGUUUCCAAGAUGAUUCUCCCGAGCAAAUAGAAUAUCCCCCAAACAUGAGCCUAGACACGUGAAGGGUGUAACAGGAAUGAAGUUUAUUUAAAACACACUGGCUUUUAUGAGAAAUCCUCCUGCAAGAGGCCCUCCCACAGCAAACAAAGACAAUAACCAAUCACUAUACAGAUUUACAGUAAUAGCCGCCCUCUCUCUGCCUGGGAGAUAUUGAGAUAAGUUAAGGAAUAAAUCAAUUAUCUCCAGGCAGAGGGCACACAAUUUUCUCAAAAGUUGGAACACUCCUUUCCACACCAGGUAUCCCCACAAAUUAUAUACAUAUCCCCUGAUAGCCCCAAUCUGGGGGACAAACAUAUCAAAAUUUCACCCAGAUUGGUUCAGGGGUUUUUAAAAAGUAUGGAAGUCCCAUUUUACCGACCACACACGAGGCUCCUGCCCAAAACAGUUCCACGAAUUCAGCGUGUGCAGUCGGUCAAUUCAGAAAAAGUUAAAAAACGAACAAAGUAAUGAAUGGAUCCUCCUGGCUCAUAGGAGCGAUUGCUACCCUUGUCCGUAUGAACAAAACUACCGAAUGGCGUUCUCCUGGCUGUUCGGCAACCGAAGGAAGCAGGCGUUCGGUAGUUUCAGCGGUGGUUCGAGAGGUCCCACUGCCUCCCCUCGGCUAACGAACAGCGGCCGCCCAGAGAGCACUUAAUAGACGGUUCCUUUGAAGUUAAUGAGCCAGGAGGGUGGUCAGUGUUCGGUAGUUUCAAACUACCAAACCAAUAAAUUCAAUAUACAUACAAUACUUGUAGGAAAAAGCCAGAAAAGAAGAAAAUACAGAACAAAAGUCUAUUUUCUUCACACCUUUCCUUUCCUUGCCUGCACCUGGUGGCCCAUCACUUCCUUUCUCAGCAAAAUUUCUGAUAUGCUCCCCCCACUUCUCCCCACGUACAGGGGAAGGGGCGGGAGCGAGCAAUUGAAGCGCCCUUGCGCUGCAGCCUCAAUGGAUGUCUGGGAGGGAGGCCUGGCUCUGAGUGUUGAUGUGGAUCACAGGGUUGAGGGGCAGAGAGACUAGGAGUGUGAUUUGAACUUAUACAGCAGCUGGUGAAUUACACCUAAAAAUAUCCAGAAUGGAAACAUUGAGGAAUAAACAGAAAGGUGGUCUACUUAAUAGAAAUCCAGUACUUUGAGCAAAGGGACUGAGAGUUUAGUAACGAUUGUCCUUUACUGAGUGUAGACUCUUUAAUGGUGAGUUCUGUCUGCUUGACAAGUAGAAGUUCAGAAUUUCCUUAAAGUAGCAAAGUGAGCAAAGCAGAGUCAUUAACUAGAGAUUGGUGGAUACUGUGCUUGUUUCUGAUGUGAAUUCGUUAAUCACUAUUCGUUGGCAGGCUGUAAUUGCUUUUGUAGUCUGUUCCCGUUUUGUUAGAAUGUAUCGAGUAUCACAUCUUACUUUGGAAACCAGCAUUUCGACCUUAUAUUUCCUCAAAUUAUAGUUUUCAUUACUGAGCUUUUCAUCAGCAAAUUUCACGUAUGUCCUUCUUGCCAUUUUCUUUUGAUCCAGAAGAAGGUUAGAUGGAUUUCAAAACUUGUUUUUCUUUGUAUUGAAUUAGCACUAUUUUCUCUAAUUUGGAUAUAGGUGAAUGAUAAUUGCAAGAAGUAAAUGUUUCAUUAAGAUUUCAUGAUAGGACAAACUUUCACUUUAAAUAUUUUAGGUAGAUACAAUUUCACUUUAAAUAGCUUGAGAAUUUGAGCAGAAAACCUAACAACUUUAAAUAGAUGAACAGUCACUUUAAACAGCUUGUCAAGUUGAGCAGAAAUUUGGAACAAUUUGAUAAGACGAAAAGUCACGUUAAACUCCUUAAGCAGUUGAGCAUUAAUUUUUAAUAUUUUGAAUAAAUGAACCAUCACCUUGAGAGCCUUAAUAGAAUACACAAUCACUUUAGAAGGUUUGGUAAGGUGGAGGGUCACUUUAGUGAAUUUAAAGAAGUGAAAAGUAACUUGAAAUGAGUUGACAAGAUUUAGCCAAAAUGCAGACUCUUUCAGCAAAGGUGAACUGAGUGUAUCCUGGCAGCUUAAGGCCUAUAAAUUCCAAGAUAAAAUACUUCAAAUAUAAGUCUUUAUAAUCAAUGAAUAACUGUAUACAAAAGGAAUAUUCAGAAGAUGGUAUAAAUGUAUAUUCACUUAAUUCCAAUUUGGAAGGAGAUAAUCUGCUUUAUUUUACCUUGAAGCAACCUUUAGUGUGAUUAAGCAAGAUAAUAUGGCCUGGUGUCUAAGGUCAGGAUUGGAGAAGUUUGGCAAAACGAUGUCACAGGCAAAGGUUCGGUACACAAGAAAAUGAAGUCAGGAUCGAGCUCAACCAUUGGUCUUGAAUCACUGGGAAACAAUUGAGUGAGUGAUUCAAUAGGCUUCAUCUAAAUACGAGGGCGUCUGACAUCAGAUGCGGAGGUGGGUGAUUGACAAAGCCCGGAAGAGGAGUAAAGGGAAUCACCGAUGUAUUGUGACCUAGAGCAGGAUUCAAAAUAAUGCAAGUAAUGGGAGUAAACUCUACUUAAAGGGAUACUAUAGGCACCAUAACAACUUUAACUUAAUGAGGCAGUUUUGGUGUGUAGAUCAUGCCACUGCAGUCUCACUGCUUAAUUCGUUACCAUUUAGGAGUUAUAUCACUCUGUUUAAACAGCCCUAGUCCCACCUCCCUGCAGGUAACAGGCACAGCCUUCCUAAACACUUCUUGUAAAGUGAGAUCUAAUGUUUAAACUUCCUUUAUUGCACAUUCUGUUUAAUUUAUAAUGUAUUAUCUCCUGCUCUGUUAAUAGCCCUCUAGACCCUGCAGAAGCCCCCUGUGUGUGAUUAAAGUUCAGUUUACAGAACAGGAGAUAAUUUCUAAAGCAAGUUAACAUCUGAUUGACAAUGAAACUAUUUUUUCAUGUAUGCUGUGUGAGUCACAGCCAGGGAGGUGUGGCUAGGGUGACGUAAACAGGAACAAAGAGAUUUAACUCUUACAUUUUAGUGACUUGAGCAGUGAGACUGCAGGUGCAUGAUCUAUACACCAAGACUGCUAAAGUUGUUUUGAUGUCCAUAGUGUCCAUUAAGCCUUACUUUAUUCUAAGCCCACAACAGUAUGCAGUAGUGGUUAUAGAAACAUAGAAACAUAGAAUGUGACGGCAGAUAAGAACCAUUCGUCCCAUCUAGUCUGCCCAAUUUCCUAAAUACUUUCAUUAGUCCCUGGCCUUAUCUUAUAGUUAGGAUAGCCUUAUGCCUAUCCCACGCAUGCUUAAACUCCUUUACUGUGUUAACCUCUACCACUUCAGCUGGAAGGCUAUUCCAUGCAUCCACUACCCUCUUAGUAAAGUAAUACUUCCUGAUAUUAUUUUUAAACCUUUGUCCCUCUAAUUUAAGACUAUGUCCUCUUGUUGUGGUAGUUUUUCUUCUUUUAAAUAUAGUCUUAGUGUUGAUUCACUUUAUGUAUUUAAAUGUUUCUAUCAUAUCUCUCCUGUCUCGUCUUUCCUCCAAGCUAUACAUGUUAUGGUGCCAAGAGAUGAGUAUUGAGGAGUUUUCUUCAACUCCUCUACCUGCUAUAGUUUCCUUUGUGCCUAUCUCCACUCCUCCUGUUUCUACGGUUUCUUCCAUAUCUGUCUCUUACUACUGCUACUGUUCAGCUUCAUUUACCCCUUCCUGCCCUUCCUACCCUGUCCCCUGCUUCUUUCCCACCCCCUUCUCUAUUCCCUUCUUCCCUCCCCUUCAGCCGAGGCCUUGCCUCCUUGCCCUCCCAUGCCCUUUCUGUAUUGGCUGCAUCUACUCAGGCAGCCAAGGUCACCCCUGCUCCCCCUCUGCACUGCACCCAGUGUCCCUGCCCACUACUUUACCCCUACCUCUGUGGCAGACCCCAGGCAGAUCCAAGCCCUGGGGUCCUUCAGGGCACACUUCCUGCUGCCCCCUCCGCUCCCCCUCUGUCUGUGGCCGCCGGAGUGUUUCCCUCAAUUCUGGCGGUACCAUGUGGUCCCUCUGCGCGCACCGAAAGUCCAGCUCCGGUCACGCGGUUUUUACCGGCCGACUGCAGAGAGGUCCCCAGGGCUCUUCCAGGCCCAGGAGAGGUAAGUCAGGAGCUCCUGGGGUUACUUUACCUUCACUUGCUCCAUUCUCCCCUAUGCACCAGACUGUUUGUGUAUCCACUACUGUGUCACUGUGUUUGGCUGCUGGAAUGGGUAGCCCACACGCAGCAGGGUAUAAAAUCAGUGCCAUGCAUGCUCCUCUUGGAGUAGAUAUGCCAAGCAGCGCUCCCGCCUUCUGAUUCUACUUUUCGCCCUGUUAACCCUACAUCCACUGCUGAUCCUUCUCCUUUUCAUGCCUCUUCUUCUGAUGAUCAGGAGGCUGCGGUGUCCUUUGCCCUUGGGUGCUCCCAUCUUAUCUUCUGUUUUGCAGGAGGUGCUGAGAAACAUUGAAAUUCCCUUGCACCGUAUCCAGAGGGUCCGCAGGUCAAGUUCCGUUACUACAGAGGGCGGAUACAGCUUGCCCCGUUCCUCCAGUGGCUGGAUGGUCUCAGGCCAGGUACGUAAAAUAAUUUGUUGAGUGGCAGCGCUGCUUUCGGGUGCUGGCUUCCUGUUUCUUGGAAAAGCAUCCAGCGCAGGCCAUUCCUGGCAUCAAGUACAUGGAGACGAUGGAUUAUAUUUAUCAACUUUUAGGGAAGUGGCAUGGAAGGAGUACGAUUCAAAGUUUAGGAGGCGCAUGGCGAGUAAUCCCUCUCUGUCCUUUGGUGUCCAGGAUAUGCACCUGUGGUCACACUUGGGGCCAAAGAGGGUCUUGCCUCCUGAGGGUAGCAUUUUUUCCCAGUAUUCCCAUGAUUUUCGCUGUGGCAGGCAGAAGGGGCGUGAAUGCUGGAAAUUCCAAGAUAAGCAAUGUGACAAGGGAGCUGCUUGCUCCUUUCGUUCAUCACGUCUGCAGAUUCUGUGGGGGUGGCCAUCCUGGAGCUGAGUGCAAUCGACCUUCUCAGUCAGUCCUCUGGUCACUCAUUCUCCUCUCUCAAAGGCUCCAACCCCGCUGAAGGUGGACGCAAUUGAGAGUUGGCUGACUUUUUACUCUCCCCGGCAGCUGAAUGGCUUCUGUCUGGUCUUCGGGAGGGUUUAGUGAUCCAAGUUUCGGGCUACUCCCUGGUAAGGUUCCUCCAAGGAAUCUUCAAUCCGGUAUUCUCUCCCAGGGACAAACUGGUCAGGGACAAACUAGCUAAGGAUAGCUGGCCCCUUUGCUCUCCCACCUAUGGAAGACUUGGUUUUUUCACCACUGGGUGCAGUGUCCAAAAAGGAGCCCAGCAAGUUUAGGCUCAUUCAACACUUGUCAUACCCUGACGGGGCAUCAGUUAAUGACGCCAUUGACCCAGCCCUUAGUUCGGUCCACUACCAGUCAUUUGAUGAUGCUGUGGCGUUGGUUCGACAAGCGGGCCAGAUGGGCUUUGUUCUUCCUCUACACCCUUCUUCGUUCCGGUAGAUGGGUUUUAAGCUUGAUGGGGCUUAUUCCGUGGAUAAGUGCUUACCGAUGGGCUGCUCGAUGCUGUGUGCUUUCUUUGAAUCCUUCUUUGCAAUGGGCCGUGGCCUCUGCUGCAGGUAGCACAUCGGUUGUGCACUACUUGGACAAUUUCCUCCUUGUGGGUCCUGCCGGCUCGCCUCAUUGCUCCUAUUUGAUGACCAUCAUGAGGAGUCUCAUGGCUGAGUUUGGUGUUCCCCUGGCAGAGGACAAGUCUGAGGGGCCUACACAAGUGCUUUCCUUUUUGUGCAUUGAAAUAGACACCUCUUUAAUGCAGUGCAGGCUACCCCAGCACAAGGUUGAUAGGAUGCUGCUUUCGCUUCGUACGGCUGUGGCAGCACAGGUUUUGUCCCUGAGGGAUUUGCAAUCCCUUUUGGGCCUCCUUAACUUUUCCUGCAGGGUUAUUUCCAUGGGUCGGGUUUUCAAUAGGUGUCUGGAGAUGACCCUCCGCGGCAGUCCAAGGGGCAAAGUUAAGAUCUCCUUGUCUAAGGACAUGUUGGAGGAUCUUGUUGGGGUGUUUUUUGCAGGACUUCAACAGAGUCCAUUUUUGGCAAUCGGGUCCUUCCUUCAACCAGUCUCACCAUUUGUUUACGGAUGCUUCGGGUUCUUGUGGUUAUGGGGCUUAUUUUCAGAGGUCUUGGAGUGCCACCCACUGGUCGUCUUCAUGGUGUGCUAGGGGCCUUACGAGAAACCUUGCUCUUCUGGAACAUUUCUCCAUACUGGUGGCUGUGGAGUUGUGGUGCUCGCGUUUCUGUGACUGGUCAGUUGUUUUUUGGACUGUCAACCAGCCGGUCGUUCACGCCAUCAAUUGGUUGUCUGCCUCUUCUCCCCUUGAUGUUAGGUUGCUCAGUCUGCUGGCUCUCCGUUUCUAAUUCUCCUACUUUUCUCUGGCAGAUGAUGGACAAUGGAAGCUUCUUUUCCCCUUGGUGAGAGCUUCACUGGCUGCUGAAACUUACGUUGUACAUCUGCUGCUGGGGCAAAUGGGUCAGUUUCUCGAUUGGUAUCGGGGUUCGUGGUGUGGAGGCCUCCCAGGUGGCAGUUUUGAGUUGGCUGGCUACAUUGCGUUCCCGUGGUUUUUCAAGAGCUAUGGUGGGGACCAGACUUUCUGCCCUUUCCUUCUUUUUGAGAUUUACAGGUAAACCAGACCCUUCUAGGUUUUUCAUGGUUAGGCAGGUUCUCAAAGGUUGGAGUAGGUCAGAGUCUCAUCCGCCAGACACUCAGGAACCCAUAUCCCCUGCUCGUCUGAUUUCACUACUGCUUUCUUUACCGUAAGUUUGUUCAUCUGCGUUUGAGGUCUCUCUUUUUUGGGCAGUGUUUGUCCUGGCUGCGGGAUCCAAGCUGCUCAUGUCUCCCUUUCCCCUCAGGCAGUUUUGCUGUUCAUUCCCCAUUCCAAGUCCGACCAAGAGGGGCGAGGUACGUGGGUAUCCAUGCCUGCCUCGGCGGAUAGUGUUCUUUGCCCUGUGCAACUGGUUAGUUCCUUCGCUCACUUGCGUCCCCUGAGCUGCACCCAGUUUCUAGUCCACGCGGAGGGUUUAGCGCUGUCGCGCUUUCAGUUUACUAGAGUUUUGAGCUUAGCAGUGCGUCAAGCGGGGUUGUCAGCCUGCUAUAUCACUUCCCAUUCUUUUAGAAUUGGUGCAGCAACUUGUGCAGCUGUGCUGGGCCACCCUCUGGAUGUACCUCGUCGCUUGGGCCUGUGGAGGUCGCAGAGGUACAAGCUAUAUGUUAGACCCCUAUCUAGGUUGAGGUGUUACCUGUUUUGUUUUCAUUUAAUCACUCUGGUUUCCUUUGAGGAGCUGCUCCCCCCACCCGUGUUUGGCUAGUGGGUCACGCCUUCAUCCACUGGGUGUCCUUGCACGCACUCUCCUCAUCGCUGUGCGAGGCUCUGGGGUCCCCAGCCUCUCUGGUGUGUGUCCACUGGUUGGAACAGCGUGGGCUUUGCCGGAGGCUCGGGCUCAAUGGGGGAGUCCGCACAUCCUGGUGCUCCAUCUUGGUGGCAACGAUUUGUGGUCUGUUCCAGUACUAUACCUGGCUCGGGUUGUCUGCUCGGAUUUCCAUUGGAUUUCUGCUUGGUUACCUGGUUUGAGUUGGUCUAAUGUGUUGCCCAGUCUUCAGUGGCGCAGGUUUUCUUCUCCAGGCGCCGCUUACAGGGCUCAGAAGAAACUUAAUAGGCUGGUAGGUCAGGUUGUUGCUGAGCUGCAUGGGUUCAUCAUUAGGCAUCCGGACAUUUAUGCCGACCGGGUUGAGCUUGUUCAGCCUGAUGAGGUCCACCUCAGUGCUGCUGGUCUGAACCUUUUUUUGGCUGACUUUAAUGAGGCUCUGGUGGCCCUGGUCUAAGCCAGGCUGUUAAUAUAUAUAUAUAUAUAUAUAUAUAUAUAUUAUUAUGGCUGUUGGUUGCCGGCAAGGGAUGGUAUCUUUUGUGGCGAGAGGGUGUGGCUUUAGGGCAUGGUGCAGAGAGAGACGGCGGGAGUGACGGCGGCUUUUCCCCCUCUUGGGCAGUCGCCCGGCUGGUGCACUCGCCUGCAGUCUGCAUUCAAGGUGGCCAUACCGAAGAUUCUCCCUUGCUGUCCUUAUGCCUCUGCUUGGGCGGAUGCAACGGGUGCUCCGCUGCAGGAUUAGGUUGAGCCGCAUCCUCUUGUGGGCUGAGAAGCUUAGCCUUCAGUGCCGCCACCCUAGCUAAAUUUGGUUACUAUUUCUAUUUUACAUCCGUUCUGUUUGAAUGGUUUUUCUGCCAUGAUGCCGUGGUGAUGUAUUCAAUAAAUGCAGCCAGCAAUGGCUUUACCUCCCAACAUGGUGUCUGUGUUAUUUAUUUCAAGGGGAAUGUUGGGUUAGGGAGGGUGUUAUAGGGUUAGUUAUUUGGCUAAAACGAAGGGACAUAGGAGAUUACCCAUUAAGUAUACCAAGCUGGCAGUGUGUGUUAAUUGAAGCCAGUGGCCCCUAGAUGGAGCUCUAUUUCAACUAUAAAAUACACAGAGCAUUAUAAUUCCUCUCUAGGUAGAGAGAACACCCUGUUCAAACUAAUGAUUAACCAGAGAAACUAUAAAGCUAAAAGCUAAACAGGGUGUGUCAUUCAAACACAGCACUAAACAAGUCAUUUGUUUUGUUUACAGAAAAACUAGCAGACUGCAGGUACAGUAAGCUAUGAAAUGCCCCUAUUCUAGUGCGGGCUCCAAUACAGCAACAGGUGAAUCCAUAAAACAAUUCUACACUGAAAAACAGGAAGCGAGGAAAGUUAUCCUUUGUGAUUAUGUUCUUAGUUUAUAUCAAACAUUGAGGAAACGUUUAACCCCUUCACUACUUUGUGAUUUGAAAAAAAAAUCUCCUUUUUAGAAUCAGCAUUUUGUGUUCCAAAAAGAUAUAAGUAGUUAUUUUCUCUUCCCAUAGUGCUGGAUCAGAGAGAAUAGCCCUGUGUUUAGCAUUACUUGUAGCACUGCCCAAAACUGUCCAUCACACCGUGAGCUGCUUAGGGGUAGCAAGGGCAUAUUUUGUACAUUAUAUUUGUUUGCAAUAGAUACAUUUAUUUGCAAGCCUGCCAAAUAUAGACAAACAGUGUCACAGUAUAGAUGUACAAUGUUUCCUCCAAUACAGCCAUGAUAUUUGCAAUGAAGGGGUUCAUCACUAUCUCUCAGUUGAUCAAUGCUCUCAAUGGAGCCAAUAAGUCAAGUAAUGCUACUGGACUAUAUAUGGAAUUUGUUUGCUGUAAAGAUCAAAGGAUGUAAGAUUUUCUUUAAGAUUACUUUGCUGAUGAAUGACAGAGGAGGACUGAUGACGAAAUCAAACAAUGAGUUGGUCACUGCAUGACAGUUACUAUCGGAGCACUCGGGGUCAAAUCAUUUGUAAAUGGUUUGACUCCUUAAGGUAAGAUGGGGCCCAGGACCUCCGGCACCAUAACAACUUCAUUAAAAGGUUGUUAUGAUGCCCGGAUGUUCCGUUUGCACUUUCUAUUGGCCUAUAUAUGUACUUAUAGUGGAUCUUCGUACAGUAUAAAAAAUGCAGAAGAAUAGAAGGGUACAGUAGCAUUGAUGGAGAAGGUAUGUGUUCCUGUUGGAGAAUGAGAUGAGAGAGAUUAUAUAAAUAUAAAAGUAUCAAAUAAAUUAUUUACUAUAGUGCAAAUUGUCAGGAAUUCAAAGUUGAUUUUAAAUUUCAGAACAAAAUAGACAUCCUGGAUGCAUAUCUGGCUUGGUGAAUGUUUCUAGAUCAGCAAUUUUUGCCUUAAGGUGGAUGCUCACUUUGAAUUCUUGACAAAUCCCAUUCUAAUAAAAAAAAGCCUGUCUAUUUUAAAAUACUUUCAGCGUUUUCUCUAAAGUGUGAAUUCCAAGCGAAUUUCAAAUUAUCGGCCAAGAUAGAAAACUGGAAUUAUAACUUACAUUUUCUACUUUGGCUAUUUUUACCUAAAAUUUGAAAUUUAAUUGGAAUUCACUUUGCAUUUCAACUAAUACACGUUUUGGUGAAUAAGCCCGUUACAAUGUCCUAAUAAAGCUCUGUAGCUGGCAUUACUAAAUGCCCACCAAUAGAAACACGUUUACACUGUCAUUGGCAGUCAAACAAAACACAGCAUAAAGUCUAGGAAGUAAUCAAUGCAGGCAAAGGUUGAACAAGCACGCCCUGUUCAUAUUCCGCACAGUGUUGUUUUGACACACAGUCGUAUCUAUAUUAUGCAUAUAAACUUUAACUCAGACAUUCUUGCAGUUGAGUACACGGCAUGUAACCAGGAAAAAGAACACAUUUAUUUCAUGUUGGCUGGAAUAGACCAUGGCACUGCAUCAUCGACUCAGCCCGUGGCAAAGAAUCUUACUGGGGAUACUUUGUUUCCCAGCUCUCCCUAUCUACCUGUGUGUCUACUACCUGUGUGAGUACUGAUUGCAUCAUUAUUCAUGUCAGUCUGUAAUUAUAUGUACAUGUUCUGCAGGUAGAAACAUAUCGGUGUGUGUUACGCUAAAAAGCUUAACAAAGCUUGUUGUUGUAUUUUAGAGCAAUUUAUGUACAUUAACUCUGGUACUAAGAAAUCUUUUAGUGGCUGUGUCUGUAUUCUCCCUAGGAUGGGACUGGUGUGUCAAUGUUACAGUUCAUUUUUUACAGCACACCUGUAUAACCCUAAAGAUGGACUUCUCUUGAUGUAAGACCAUUAUAAUAAUUACGAAACUGCCCGUGCCAAUGCAGGAAAUGUAGACAUUCUAUUUACCAAGCAAGUUAUUAUAGUUUAUGGGGAUUUUAAAAAGCAUUAGGAAAUUAUUAUUUUUUUUUUUUUACUCUGUUGCAGUGAAAUGAGAAAUAUGUCUUUGCUAUCAUAAAAAAUGUAAUGCUUAAAAAAAAAUGCAAUUUAUUAUACAAAGAGAACCCAAAGUCAGAGCAACGCUGCAAUUCUCCGUACGGCUUGAUACCAAUCAAUGUCAUCAGAUAUUUCAUUCUUAAACUUCUUGCUGCUAAUACUCAUGUCAGUAAUAUGCCUUGAAAAGCUUCAAUAUUUUCAGAGGUUUAUGUUAUAGAAUUUAUCAUUAUAGUAUUAUGUACACUAUAAACAUGAAUGCCACUUUCCUCAGCACUUUGUAUAAAAUGAUAUACAUUGUAGAUUAAAGGAACACAGUGGCAUUAGUAAUACAAUCAUGCAUUCCUGCCUCUAUAAUGUUCUACUUCCUAUUUAGAUUCAGGCCCCCCCUAAGUUUCAUAUACACAAGCUGUUACUUACCUUUCUUAUAGAGCCAAGACUCCCUCCUUGCGGCAUCCUGCUCCGCCUCCUGUGACAUCUUCCUGGGAACUGUCUCCUCUUUGUCUUCCUCUUCGAAAACAUUGCCAUAUCUACAACAAAAAUAAUGUUUUACAACAGGUCCACUGUCCCUAGACCACUUUAUUGAGAUGAAGUGGUCUGGGUGCCUGUAGUGAUCCUUUAAAUGAACACUCUAAGCACCAAAAUUACUACAUUUAAUGUACCGAUUUUGGGGCAUUUUCUCUGGCAAUGUAAACGUAGCUAUUUCAGAGAAACAGCAAUGCUUACAUUUGUCAGAGAACAUACCUGUGGCUGUAAGACUGAGCCAAUAGAGGCACUUCAUUAUUAAAACCUUCAAAACUCGAAGUCCUUACAUUCAUUAUUACCACUCCUAGCAUGAUGACACCGGAUACUGUUAAUGCUUUGCAUAGAAAAACAUUAGAUUUACUGCUUCUCUAAGAGAAUCAUUGCAUAUGAAAUACAUUAAAUUGAGAUCAUCACAACUAAUCAUAUAAGAGCGGCUGCUGAGAGGAGAUAGUCCCAUUCUUUUGUAAGUUACGUUAAAGGGUUACGCUAACCCUUUAUAAAAACUUGUUUCAUUUAAUUUAGAAUAUCCAGUAGGGAAUUAGUCAUUAUGUCACCCCUCCAUUAAAAACCUGUAAAAUUAAGUAAACCAACUGGAAUCCAGCACCGGGCAGAGCAACCCACGCUGGAUUCCACACCCCAUUUUGACCUCAUCGGUACCCUGUAGUGGUCCAGUAAAAUGCUAACCAUAGAGAACCAUUUGAUUGGACCACUCUCCUGGCUCAGGGUGCAUGCACACUCUCUGAGCUGGUGAGAGAGGUUGGAGGGAUGGAAUACGAACUUAAAAAAAUACCAAUAAAGGUGAGGAGGCAGAUGGGUUGGGAGGGAACAAGGGAGGGGGGAGUUUGGCUUGCCCUUGCAUUUGCUCUGCCAGCAAGGAAGACCUUGAUUACGUAUGUCACAGCAUGCUGUGCACAUACAGAUUCUUACCACCAUAACCAAUAAAAGCGGAACUAGUCAUGGCGGUCGAAGUAACCCUAUAAGCAAGUUGUGUGGCUUUCGUUUUGUAUUUUUCUAUUUUCAAAAGGGAAACGGAGCAUAACCUAAAAAAAAUAAAUACAAAUAAAAGAACUCUCUAAAGUUAAAAAUAAAUAUAUUUAUAUUUAACAUUAGAAUGUUCGCUUACAAUCUUACAGGCAGUAACUUAUUCAUUCAUUUUGUACAGGUAUUUAUCCAAUAAUCUAUCAAAGUGUCAGUAAUUAUUUAACGCUACGGUGCUGUAAGAGAAGCUGGUGCUUUGUGAUUAAUAAUAUGUUAUGUACGGUAUCCUGUCUCUGCCUGGCUUUUAGCUAAUAUCAACGAUACCCUAAUUAACAGACAGGAGCACAAAUCCAAUAUAGAACAUCUAAUUAAGAUAGCUUUUAUCACUUUUCAUCUGAAUAAAGGUAACACACUGUUUCAAGCAAACUCUAUAUCUGUCUGCCACUAAAACAAAAACAGAGAAAUAAAAAGAAAAUUAAAAGAUAUAAAAUAAAAACAUUCGUAUUACUACUUAAAAGUGUUGUCUUCUGUCAUAAGUUAGCGUCUUCUCACCUGAACUGUAAAGGCAAUUGCCAGUUUUUAACAUUAAUUAUAAAUGAUUUGUAACUUGCCAUUGGGGAAAUUACACGUAGUGCGCUAGUGCAAAGAAACGAUCAUAAAAUGUGUGAUCUUAAUUAACUUUAAACAGCCUUAAUCCCCAGCACUUAUACAUAAAUGAUGAUUCACGUUAAAUUCUCUUCUGACUGGUGGUUCUUGGAAUGCAGGUAUCUUCGCUAUGUGUUUAAUAUUCUUAUCUUCCACGCCCUCCUCAAUAAAUCUCUCAGCUUCUCUAUUUUUUUUAUUGCUACUGUUAUAAAGUUUGCUUGUAAAAUAAUGGUAUUUAAUACACAAUUCUAAACGCUGGAAAUUCACAAAACAAGGGCAUAAACUAAAGUCAUUAAAAACGAGAAAGCUUGCCCAUUUUUUUACUGAUUAACGGAAAUGGGUUAUGGCUGCCUUGUUAUUUCGGUGUACUGUGUGAAGAUGUAUAAAUAUCUUCAUUUAUCUCCAUAUAUAUCUGGAUUGUGCUGCUUUUAAAGCAAACGUCCUUAUCAUAACCUUUUAAUUCCUGAUUGCCAAGCCGACAAGACAGCUUCCUACCUAUGUGGUAACUGGUUCUGAAGUUUUUUUUUGUUUUUUUUUGCUAUUUUUGCUGCUCCUUCUUAUAAACUCUCACAAAUCUUGGCUCAACUUGAAGAUUUUUUCUGGAUCCAUGGUUCCACCUCCCUGGUCUAAUUGCUGUAUACACCCACUGGAACACAAGUACGAACAGCAAGAAGAAAAUACUAGUGUUGCUAGCGGGAGGGCAAGAUGUUCCAUGCCUCUUUCCAUCUUAGCCAAGCUAGAUAUGACCAACGAAACAUUUAAAUGAACAGAUUGCCGCAACUACGAUCUCAUGGAAUAUAUUUUCCAGGUAUAAGAUGGAGAUAAAAUGUAACAUACACAUACUUGAUGCUAGACUUAGUAAAACCUCAAUUAAAAAACCGAUCCCCAAAUGAUCCCUAAUGUCUGCACACUCAGACAUUAGUAGUACAUUCCACUGCACAUACCAAUCUUCUUAUAAAAGGUAUAUUUAUUUGCAAAACAUAUAAAACAUGGAAAUACCAGCAAAAAAGUUGCCUAAAAGAGUCCUCACAUGCAGUCCUUCAGAAAGGCCUGUGCCAGGUGUGAAACACAUUCAGGACAUUCCGGUCCUUACUUGGGUCACUUCUAUGUAAAUUCUAUCCCCUUCUCACAGAUGCCGUACUUUUAUCAUUUUCUCAUAGCUUCUGUUAUACCUUUGAAAUAUGUUUUUCCCAGUGGGGUUUACUGCAUGUUGUGAUAGGCUAGCAUAACAGAUCAUGUUUGUUAUCAACCUUCACAUAGCAUAUGAUAUUGGACUGGCGCAUAUGAGGACUGUUCUGGGAAAUUUCUUUUGCUUGUAUUUUCAUGUUUUAUAUAUUUUUGCAAAUAAAUGUAUCUUUUCUAAGGAGAUCGGUGUCCAGUGGAAUGUACUAGUAAGGUCUGAGUGUGUGGACAUUAGGGAAAUGGUCAGCCUACAUCAUAUCUAUUCUGAGGGCUGUAUCCUCCGAUGAGUCUUUAACUGUCCUUUCUCAUUGACGCUUGACCACGCAUGUUCCUCAUCAUGGUAAUUCUCUUGCUGCUUUAUUGAAUAUUCCAAUAGGAGGAGCAUGUAAUGUUGACUCCAUUUUAUACCAUAUUUAUGAGUAGAGACACUGCAGGGCCUCACAAGAAGUAGAGGUUGCAGUAUCAGAUCCCUGCAGUUUAGCAAUAUAAGAUCCAUCAUACUUAAAUAUUUGCCAGUUCUUGAUUCACAAUUUAAAUAUGUGUCUGAAAAAUAGUGGAGAUUGGCCGCCAAAAAAUGACCAUUCUCACAACAUAGUUUGUUGAGGUCAGGUUAAUCAAGGUCCAGCCCACCAAAUAUUCUUACCUGGUUGUUAAAUAUGUUGCAGUGAGGAAAUUAUUUUCUUUUGCUGUUUCACAAAAACAUAUACAAUGCAGGAAUACAUUAAUCCACACAUCUCUGCAAAAUUCCAUUUGAUUCUAUUUGAGAGCCACAUUUCUUGUAGUUGGCCACCAGGUUUGCACACAUCUCAGUGGAGAUUUUGUCCCACUCCUCUUUGCAGAUUCUCUCCAAGUCAUUAAGGUUUCGAGGCUGACGUUUGGCAACUCGAACCUUCUGCUCCCUCCACAGAUUUUCUAUGGGAUUAAGGUCUGGAGACUGGCUAGGCCACUCCAGGACCUUAAUGAAUGCUUCUUGUGUUUUGGUUCAUUAUCAUGCUGGAGUACCCACCCACGACCCAUUUUCAAUGCCCUGGCUGAGGGAAGGAGGUUCUCACCCAAGAUUUGACGGUACACUGGACUGUCCAUUGUCCCUUUGAUGUGGUGCAGUUGUCCUGUCCCCUUAGCAGAAAAACACCCCCAAAGCAUAAUGUUUCCACCUCCUUGUUUGACGGUGGGGAUGGUGUUCUUGAGGUCAUAGGCAGCAUUCCUUCUCCUCCAAACAUGGCGCGUUGAGUUCAUGCCAAAGAGCUCGAUUAUGGCCUCAUCUGACCACAACACUUUUACCCAGUUCUCCUCUGAAUCAUUCAGAUGUUCAUUGGGAAACUUCAGAUGGGCCUGUACAUGUGCUUUCUUGAGCAGGGGGACCUUGCGGGCGCUGCAGGAUUUCAGUCCUUCACGGUGUAGUGUGUUACCAAUUGUUUUCUUGGUAACUAUGGUCUCAGCUGCCUUGAGAUCAUUAACAAGAUCCUCCUGUGUAGUUCUGGGCUGAUUCUUCACCGUCCUCAUGAUCAUUGAAACUCCAUGAGGUGAGAUCUUGCAUUGAGCAACAGACCGAGGGAGACUGACAGUUUUUUUGUGUUUCUUUUUCCAUUUGCGAAUAAUCGCACCAACUGUUGUCACCUUCUCACCAAGCUGCUUGGCAAUGGUCUUGUUGCCCAUUCCAGCCUUGUGUAGGUCUACAAUCCUGUCCCUGACAUUCUUGGACAGCUCUUUGGUCUUAACCACGAAGGAGAGUUUGGAAUUUGAUUGAUUGCUUCUGUGGACAGGUGUCUUUUAUACAGGUAACGAGCUGAGAUUAGGAGCACUCCCUUCAAGAGAGUGCUCCUAAUCUCAGCUCGUUACCUGUAUAAAAGAUUACUGGGAGCCAGAAAUCUUACUGAUUGAUAGGGGAUCAAAUACUUACUUCACUCAUUGACUUACAAAUCAAUUUAUAACUUUUUUGACAUGCAUUUUUCUGGAAUUAUUUUUGUUAUUCUGUUUCUCACUGUUAAAAUACACCUACCAUAAAAAUUAUAUACUGAUCAUUUCUUUGUCAGUGGGCAAACGUUUAAAAUCAGCAGGGGGAUCAAAUACUUUUUUUCCUCACUGUACAUGCAGAGAGGAAAAUGAAGAAGACAAGUUGCAAAACAUAUUUAAGAAUGUAACAAUGAAAACAUUGUUUUCUUUACAUUUCAGGGGAUUUAGUAAAUUUUUCCGCUACCAAGAGUCUGAGAUAUUUUGCCUAAACUAACUGCCUGGAGGGUUUUUUCAGAUGUUUGUGGAUUUUUUUUCUUAUCACAUUUGUUUGCACCUAUGUGAUCUGACUGCUGCAUGUAUUAAUGUUUUCUAAUAAAUCAUCACUUUUCAUGGAAUCUCCUCGUGACAUUUUAUUGGAUACCAUAUAAGUACAGUUUUUGUGUAUUUUUGGCACCAUGGGAGUUGUACAUGACAUCUCUUGUUCCACAUCUAGUGCUUGCCUUGCCUUGCCUCAGUUCUUGGUGCUGAGAUGUCUUCAGUGUAAUAUUUUGCUACAUUCUAAGCACAUUACAAGGAGUGGCUAAUGUAAUUCGCACUCCUUAUAUUGUUCGCAGUGGGCUGGCUAUCACUGGACUAGUGUUUCUAUGGAACAUAUGGAGUGUUAUUACCUGGACCUGUUGAUCCCACUGUGGGACCCCAAGAUAUCCUUUCAUUUGGUGCUUCAACUCACGCGCAUGAGGUAUUUCUUUUUGUUCAGCUAGAGGUGAUUACAAAACUGAUACCAUGAAGUUAUGUCUACAUUCUGGCUUGUCUGGUUUGGUGGCCUAGCACAGUUCAGCAGAUUUUAUUUUCUGUUUUUAUCCAUGGGGGGUGGGGGUUUGUAACUGGCAAGAUCUUUCCCAGCAGGCUCCCAGAAGACAGGCAUUCCUUGUCUUUGGAAAUGAUGUAUAGUCUCAGUCAGCAUUUUAAGUUUCUGAUUUAGUUUGCAAAACAGAUUGUUUGCGCCUAUGAUAACACAAAUCCAAGAUGGGUCAAUUGAGAUGAGUGGGAAGUAGUGAUGUCCCGAACUGUUCGCCGUGAACUCCAGUCAGCAGACACAUUCCAGCCAAUCAGCAGCAGACCCUCCCUCCCAGACCCUCCCACCUCCUGGACAGCAUCCAUUUUGAAGCUGCAUUCUUAGUGAGCUGUCCAGGAGGUGGGAGGGUCUGGGAGGGAGGGUCUGCUGCUGAUUGGCUGGAAUGUGUCUGCUGACUGGAGUCUGUGGCGAACCGUUCAUGGCGAACCGUUCGGCGAACAGUUCGGGACAUCACUAGUGGGAAGGUUUAAAAACAAAAAAUGGUUACAGUAACCUUCCUGAGUGGUCUCAGUAACUCCCUACCUCUUCCUGACUGUUAGAAUGCAACAAUGACAUUUCAUUAACUCAAGCUUCCUUUACCGUGUGGGAGUGGGUCAUGUUCCCACUAAUGAACUGCUGUCUUCUUUCUGUACCAGUAUUAGGGUCUCCCUGUCCCUGUUUUCAUCACCUAAGAUCCCUUUUGUGGUACACUUGGUAUCCGUUGUGUAUUAUUAUUUUCUACUGCUCACUCUCUGACCUGUUUUACUUAUCUGCACGCCUUCACCUACCCAUCUGUCAAAUUUAAGCACAUUUUAAAUUAGGAUCGAAAAAAAAAAAAUUAGCACAAAAGUUACUGACGUGUAUAUUGUACCUCAACCAUAGAUAUAUUUGUUAUACUUAAAGAGAAAAUAGUCACAGCGCACACAGGUUCAAUCUAAAUCAAUUUUUUUUGUGUGUUUAGCAAAUCUUAUCUUAUGCAAAUACAAUGAUCAACUUUUUGCUCACUGUUUGACAACCAGGAAAUAUAGAUAGAAAAAAAAAUGAGGGGAUUUCUACAGGAACACACUAAAGAGUCCAUUUAAGUUCAUUAUAUUUUUAGGGAUUUAAAGGGACCGGGUCUCAAACCCCAUAAAAUAACCUUUAAGCUAGCUCUCAGCAAAAAUAUCCUUUAUGAAGGUAAUGUAAAAUAUACAUUUGAUUUCUUGUAAACAUCUAAAUGUUUUGUGAGUUGGUUGAGUUCUUCCAUCGUUUUAAAUUAAUAUUUUGGGAGCCAGUGAAGUAGGUACCAAAUGCAUUCACCUGUACUUCCUGUUCAGGCUAGCCUUAAAUGAUCAAUUCACUUUGAGUUCACGUUAUUAAAUAACCUGUAAAUAUCCAAUGCGGUUAAAAAUAUCCAAACACUAUUUCAAAUUACAUCAGCUUUGAAAUGUUUAAUAUAGCUACAAAUCAGUUCAAAUGGAAAGAUUUCAGGCCCAUGUAUAAACAAAUCCAUUGCCUUGAGAACUGGUUUUGACCAGCAACACAAGACAGGUGAUCACGCUGUUCCUCCAUUGCUAAUAAAACGAUUAUCUGAGAUUCCAAACACACAUGUGAUCAUAAGAAGGGUUUACUAACACUAACCAAAAAAACUGUAUAUCACCAUAGUGUCAGUAAGUGUAGUGAAGUAUUAAGUAUAAAUAAUACUUAGCUCAGAGUCAGAGUCGCUACCCAAAGGACGACCUUUUACAAUAUAUAGAAAACCAAAACAAACAUGCGGGAUACGGCUGAACAAAUCUAAAAAAGGAACAUAAACAAAAUAUAGUGUAAUACAGUAAGCAUAGACAAUUAUGUGCCACACAUAAGUGCACUCUCAAUAUUGCAUUGAAUAAAGCGCUCACAAGGUGCCUCCCCCGAGGUCGUGGGGUGCUAUUGGUCCCACUCUCCACUUCAAGGUAAUCGAUGUUACACAGGACUCCAGUAGCUAAGGGUAGAAAAAUCAGCAAAUUUAUUGUAUUAAAAGGUGAACAAUCACCAUAAGCAUAGGAUAAAAAAUAGAACGCGUUUCGUUCCAGAAGGAACUUCCUCAGGGACCACAAUAACAUUAAAAUCAAUCACAGUAUUAAACUGUAUAAAGAACAAUAUCCUAAGACCCCCCAUCUAAAAGUCCUUUUAAAUAGGGUUAAUCUGUGUGUCCAUUGGUGGAUCCGUGGGCGUUUCCAUCCCUCCGCAACCUUAUUGGUGUGGGUACACAGCCUCCUCAGAUGUUCCCAAUCUCAGCAUCUGCAUCUCAAUCAAAAUUGGCGCGUCCAUGUAAAAAUGGAACCGGAAGUCAGUGUAGUUCAACAGUUCCGCGUUCCAAGUGCGUUCCAUCCUGGUAACAAUGAGCUAUGAGGGUAUAUUGCCCUCUUCUACAAGCAUUAAUGGGCGGAAUGUGUAGUGAUAUUUUAUAUCUACUAAAGAAAAGAGUAUUAGUACCACAAGCAAUAUGAUAACCAUUUACUCUGUAUUAGAGUAUAUGGUUAUCAGAGGGUGGAAUUCAUAACACAUGAUACACUUUAUAUCAUAUUUAAAUCCACAUAAUUAAGUGAGAUAAUUACCAAUAGUCUUAAAGUGACACGUGCUAAAAAACAAUAACAAAGAAAAAUAAAUUAAUUAAAUUGUCUAAUCACAUAAUGUUCCUAAAUAAAAGAUCCUCCAUAAUCAUUGGAGUAGCACACAUACCUAUGUCUAGAAAAAAGCUAUUCAUAUACACAAUGAAAAAUUAUACACCUUCUGAAUGUGGAAGUAGCUUAAUUUUUCAUUAUUGUGUAUAUGAAUAGCUUUUUUCUAGACAUAGGUAUGUGUGCUACUCCAUGCCGAACUUACCAUUCUUUAAUCGAUUCUUCUUCUCUCCCUCUGUCAGGAUCUGUUCUUUAUUUCUUCCUGUCUGCUCUUGUUUUCUUUAAAACAGAAGACAAAGUAGGACUAUUUGUCUUAUGGAGGUUUCCUACGCUUGACCAGCUUUGACCAGCUUCGACCAGUGGAGGAACAAAGUGUGCUCCAAUUCCUGUGAUCAAAGCAAUUUCCCCACAAUUCUUACCUUUCCUCCAUGAUCUCGCGAUGCUUCCUGUCAGUAUACCCGAACGUCCUGUCAUUUAGACAGAACACCGGCGAAACUACCGAAUUUCGUCUUAACAGAAUGAGAACAGUUUCUCCAUUCGUGUUAGGAUGCAAUUCGGGACUUUGUUCAGAUCGGAAUUUCAUUCGAAUGAAUGAAACUCCGAUCCUAUUCCUGCCGCGGCUGCAUCUUGACGCCACUUAGUAGAUAACUUCCUAAUUUCUGCGGUAUUAGUGAGCUAUCUACCAAAAGGCUGAAAGACCUAAAUUGGUCUUUCAGCCAUUUGGUAGAUAGCUCACUAAUACCGUAGAAAUUAGUAUUAGUAAAUUCUGCCCCUACUCGCUAUGCCGUGAGUAGGGGCAUGUCUACUAAACAGUAAACAGCCAGUGGCUGUUCACUGUUAAAAAAACAAAACAAAAACCCUAGUAUCAAACCUCCCGAGCCCCCACCCAUGUCACGCGAGUGUCCCAUGAACGGCGGGUGGGGGCCCUAAAUGAAAAUGGGGGGGAACCUAUUGUCCUCCCCCCCAGCUCCCACCCCUGAGUGGUGGGGGGCCUUAAAUUACAAUGGGGGGACCUAUUGUCCUCACCCCCAUCACCAUCCAUGAGUGGUAGGUGGGGGCCCUAAAUUAUAAUAAGGGGGGGAUCUAUGGUCCUCCCCCCAGCUCCCACCCCUGAGUGGUGGGUGGGGGCCUUAGAUUACAAUAGGGGGGAACUAUUGUCCUCCCCCCGGUCCCCACCCAUGAGCUGCGGGUGGAGGCCCUAAAUGAAAAUGGGAGGGACCUAUUGUCCUCCCCCUGCCCCCACCCAUGGGCCCCCACCCAUGGGCAACGGGUGGGGGCUAAGUGUAAAUGCCCCCCCCCACGUGACUAGGGGUCCCCAAGCCCCUAGUUACUCCCCCGCACACACAAACAAUUUUAGGUUUAACAAUAAUGGGCAAGCAUCCCUAGAUUGAUAUGUAGGGUUAGAAGACAUAGGAAAUAAGUGUUUUGUACUGCAAAUGUAUGAAUGUACAGUCCAGUAUUUGUAUGUACACAAAUAGAGAUACAAUGAUAGCCCUGAUCGAAUCAGAUUACAAUCUAAAGGAAGUGCAUCAGCUUGUAUGUGUAAGAGUGAUGUAUAAUUUGUAUACAAAUAGUGAAAUAAACAAAACAGAUUGCAAAAAAGCACUAUUUUAAUUAAAGAACCAUUUUAACUUAAUAUGUACAUUUUAAAAUGUAAUAAAAAGUAUCCAGCACAGUCUUGGUCUCAUUCAGGCAGCUGCACUACCAACUGUGAGAUGAUUUCUGGUCCAAUCCAAACCUUCCCAAAGAAAAGCAUGAUGGACCAAUUCCAUUUUAAAAAUCCAGUGGAACUUUGGGAUAUACAUACCCACUGGAAUAUUUAGGCUGUAUAUGACUUAUUUGUCAAUGUACCUGAGAGCUCUAGGGUGUAGUGCAAAAUAUGGAAGAAGACAGCAGUUCAUAAGCGGGAACAUGACCCACUCCCACGCAGUAAAGGAAGGAAAGACACCAGAAGGUGACAACAGCCUCUUUAACUCUUUUUUUUGCAAAGAAAUGUGACAUUCAUUAGCCUUCAUAUCGUACAGAGGGAAAAUAAAGCAUUAUAACUUGAGAUCUAUGUCUGUCUUAUAUACAAAUCUGUCAAUCCCAAACUGCUUUGGUGCCUGUCAAUGUCUGGGAGAAGGUCUGCCCAGCAGAUUUGAAAGCAUUGUGUGCACAGCCUCAGCUUAGAAGCAACAAUUCACCAUCUCUCAUGGUGGCUUGAGGGAGCUACUCACAGAGUCCUUGUCAUCCACAGGGUUCCUAGUUGCCUCAACCUUGGUUUUCACGCCUUGGUGUUUACUUUCUACCGUCGGUAGUUUUUGCAACCCCAGGUGCCUUUAUGGCAUUCUGAGUGAAUGCAGUGUAAUGGAUUUCUGCAGCAUUAACACUGUAUGUAGCACAAGUGUGUAGCAGUCACCCUUUAUUAAGUCUGAUUUUCUAUCUCAAACCUGAAAGUGCAGUCUCCAUAAUCAGAUUGCACCUAUAAACAUCCAUAGUGCACACAGUCCAGUACUCAUUUAUUAUGUAGCCCUGGCUGAAGACACCUGAUGUUUCUCUGAUCGUUCUUCACCUCCCUCCCAGCACUACUGUUCCCAUAUCAUGUCCUGUCCCCAUCACUCCUGAAUUUUCUAACUUCUCGGAUUGGGACGUGUUCAUUUGACUACAAUACCCUGCUGCAUGCAUUGACCUUUGCAUCGUGUGACUAUACCUCUGCUUUCCGUUUUCUCUGAUUUGACAUUUGGACUCUCUAUAUGGGAUUUUAGGUCCCCAUGCCACCACUGACUUUCUAGGAGCCUAUAGCCAAAACCAAGUGUUCCUAGUGAUUGUGUUUAUUAGGGUGUCCUACAAAUGACAGCUAUAUUUUAAAAUCCAAGGAUACUUUAUUCAUCCCAUUGGGCACUUCAAAAAGGACUGUAACCAAAAUUAUUUGGCAUUCAACAUCAAAAUGCCACACAUACGCACAUACAAGCCUUAUCUACAUGUUUCAUAAUACAACUUUACUUUAUUUAGGGUGUGCUGCCCAACUGCAAUAAGGGAGCCAGUUCCAACAGGCCUUCCUGGGCCACAAAACAGUCUCUACAGACAGUGGAGGAGAAUAUGACAUAAAAAAAUGGAGAAGACAAACAUAGAAUAGAAUCCUUGAUCUCUUUGGCUUGGUGCCGUUGUACUCUAAUAGUACUUUCUCAGGAUUCACACAACAUGCAAUAAGAAAGUGUUUUAGAAGGGGGAUGGUUGGAUAGAGGUUUCAGGGUUACAAAAAGAUCAUUUAUUUAUUUAUUGCAAAAAUUAUACCUAAUUGUGCAUGUGAAAAAUCCAGCAAAUUAUAUAAGCCAAGAACUAAAAAAUGCAUAUCAUUUGUUUUAUUGCCCGGUGUGUCCCUUUAAAUAUAUGAUUAUUAUUUACUAUAAAUUCAUUUAAAGAGCAUAAAAAAAUAUCAGACAGGAGGAACAUAUAAUAAAAUGGCAGAUUGAUUGGAGAGAGAAGAAAGCAGAGGAGAGUGAUUAUUAAAUAGAACAUAAGUGAGGAGGGAUGUGGUGCAGGGAAUGUAUAGAGCGGACCAAGUGCUCUAUAAUUUUAGAAAGCAAAUGGUACCUGGUGUGUACGUCUACAAAAAAGCUACGACAAUAGGUAUCUACAUAUGACUCCAAAGUAACUGCUAAACCUAGAAAUAACUCCUCCCAGUAUAGACAGGUACCUCCUUACCUGCCUACAAUUAUUAACAUAUUUUCUUUGUUUUUUUUGUUGUUGUUUUUUUUUGUUUGGUUUACACACUACAGUGUUUAUUUUGUGACAAAAAAAACUCUUCAUAUAAAUACUUGGAGAAAGAAAAAUAUAUUUUAUAAAAAACUUUGUUUUAGAGUGAGAUGCAACUCCCACACAUGCUAAUUAUCUAUGACUUAGCUCUGGAAAAAAUAUUCACAAUGAGAUCAGUGUUUUGUUUGAUGUGUGUUUAUAGUUGUGUGUGUACGCAUUGUUGCUUUCGUAAAUUUUUACUACUUCUGCUUUUUUUUUUUUAUACAAAGCACAAGAAGGUCUAAGGGUGGCCUUGAUCUCAAUAACAAUCUUAAUUGAGAAGUGCAGCAAAGUUAAAUACAGAGUAACAUGCACUCGUCAGUAAUACAGACAGAACAACAUGUUUUACAGGCAAUAAAUCCUUGUCUGUAAUCAGCUGGAGUCUGCGAUCCAGUAUGUCAACUAUGAAAGCACAUAAAGUCACAAGUAUUACGUCAAAAGCAUUGAAAAUUCAAGAUCUGAAAAAACAAUAAUUGUCGAACAUUAUAAAACCAUAUACAGCUUGGAGAGAAUAAAUCUUUGUGAAGUAUAUGAAAUUGGGCAUUUAUGACCACUGUAUUUCUACUACACAAAAGGUAUGGUGAGAAUUACAGGGGUAUUCACUAACGUGAGAAUUCAUGUUAUUCAAGUAAUUUUCUAAUUUAAGGCCAUAGUAGCUAACUGCCACUGGCAACCCCCCUUGCAAAAUGAGUAUUUCAUAGAAACUACAUUGUCUCAGUAUUUUUCUGAUGCCUGACUCUUCUAGACAUUGGACGGAGCUACGUCCUUCUAAAAGUGUAAAUCUCCCUGCUGUCACUAGUGACGGCUGCAGAGGUAUUAGCUGUAUUUAUGCAAGAUCUGACGGUCUUGCGGGAUUACCCAUAGACUUCAACGCUGUACUCUCGCAUAUGCAUGUGCGAGAGUACAUCAGUGAUGUUGACCAGAAAAAAUCUGAGAGGGAUAGGUUCAGAUAAGUAAAUCUUAUCUUUCCCCCCCUCACCCCCAGGCCACCAGACCACCUUUGGGGGCCACCGGACCACCUUUGGGGGCCACCGUCUAUCGGAGCUCUUUGCAAAUUCUGACUUAGAAAAUUCUUCCAGUUUGGCUACUUUGACCUUAAAUAUCAAAUUCACUUUAAAUUCUCACUUGAGUAAAUAACCAUGGAAGACAUACAAAGUGAAUUCAAAGAUAAUUUUAAGGCCAAAGAAGCAGAACCUAAAGUCUAACUGACUUGGAGAAUAUAUCCAGUCUGGCUAUUUUGAUUUUUUAAUUCACUCUGAAUUCUCACUUAAAUGAAUAACCAUAUCAGCUUCUGGUGAGUAUUCAAUAUCUUAGCUUUUGGGAGUAACUCCACCUGUAUUUAGUGCAAUGGACACUUUGAGACCUCAAUUAAAUAAGGUAUUCAAAUUAUUCAAUACUGUUGGGAAAAUGUUUCAAAUGGUUCAGCUACAGAAGUCGCCAUUAAAGCCCAUGGGAAUUUUGGUAGAUAAAUCAUUUGGAGAUUUUUUUUUCAGCAUUGACUCAUUUGGAAAGCUUAUUAUAUCAACCUGCCAUUGUUAUCACCAAACAGCAGCCGGUCUUGGGAGAUUCUGAAUAAAUAUCAACUUGUAUCUUUCAAAAAUUUAUUCAGGCUGGCCUGUAACUAUUUAUGUAUUUUAUUCCGGAUUUCAGUAAAUCAUCUGCACAGUUUAAACAUUUAGCACAAAGUUAGAAGAGGUUUGCCUUCGUCUGGAGGUCCCAGUGACUAAAUUAUUUUGUAGAAACUGAUUAUUUAAACAUGUUAAGGUUUAAUUUCCCAUCCUAUCCCCAUUGUAAUUAUUAUUGUCUACUCCACUAAAGUAGAGUAAACAACUGUGCGAUUUGCCGAUUUUUGUGCAAUUUAUUAUUUAUUUCAUGUAGGACAUAUGUACAUACAGACAUCCUGCUUCAUAAUUCUAUGGAUAUUUGGGGUGGCAACAUUUAACUGGUUUCCAUUCUAACUCCUUCUCUUUGAGUAAUUUGCUAUUUUUGUUUUUUUUUAAUGUCUGCAGGCCUCAAAAAACGUGCUGAGGAAAGUGGUCUCGAGGAAGGUUUUCAAAGUACCAGUAAGUAAUCUAUUAUUAAUAUUAUAGCACCUAUUUAUGGUAUAGGGCUUUACAAUUUCCAGUUGCGGCUGCACCUCUAGACCACAAGGUAUGCGGGAGGUACAGUCUAGGACUGAAGUGAUUGCGACUGGGGUACUAUUUGGCUUUGAUUGAUAUAACUGGACUUGGGGCUAUGUAGGCACUUUAGACCAGUCUAAUGUGAUUGGGGCUUGUGAUGAUGGAUAGUACACAAGCUUGACAAAGUUUUGAGCCACAUUCAUGUUUAAAUGAUUAGUAAAGGAUAUUUCUUGUAUCAUUGGGAUUCUUGGGACAUCAUGAUUUGCUUUUCUACCAAGUGAAAAUGAGUUUACAUAAUCAUCUAUCUUAAAAAGGCUGAUCAUUUACUCAAAGAGCUUGCAUUAUUGGCUUACCGAAGCAACAGAUCAUUAGAGAAAAACAAUGAACCUACAUGGGCUGCCAACGAUUCUGCGUGGAUCAGGUGGCACUUCAACAGGAUUGAACUAGUUACUAUAUGGUGAUCCAUAAUGUACAAUGGGUGGACUAACAGUAAGUUUUUGCAACAAGACAAAUUGGACGUACAAUAACAGAGGGUGGAGAGAGUGAGGUAAAAUGACACGAGAGGUAAGGGUAGCGUGUAUUUCAUGUACAGGAAAAAGGAGGUUACUAAAAUAGUUUACAAUGAAGGCUUAGAUUUGUGUGGAUGAUACAUUUGUAGGAGAGGAAGCAAGGGAAAGCAAUUAAAAGUUUCAUUGAUAUAAUUUCCUAAAGAAGUGAGUUUUUAAUGAUUUUUUUGGAGGAAUGGAGAUUGGAUUAAAGUCUAACGGAGCAGGGAGGGGAGUUUAGGAACUGUGCAGUAGUAGAGAACUCUUAAAGGUGAGCAUCAGAGGUUAGUGUAUAAACAGAGGAUAGAUUCAGGUCUACGGCAGAGCGUAAUGAGCCUCAACGGGACAUACUUGUGUAUUAGGGAGGAUAGGUAGGAAGGAACAUUAUUAGUAUUGUAAAUUGAGCCCUAUAUCUUAUGAGAAGAUAGUGUAAGGAUUGACAGAGAGGGAGCUGUUAGGGGUGGGAGCGGCAGGAAGACAAGUCUCGCUGCCGCAUUCAUUAUAAACUGUAAUGCAUAAUCAUUUUAUAAGGCAGGAGAAGAUAGAAGCAUGGAUCAGCACCAUACAGUGUUAAAUCAAGGUGGAUGCAAGCUAUGUUUUUGAGAUGGAAGAGGCAGGAUUUGACGAUUGGGUUGGAGUGAACACUUAGUCAGCUAGCCUGUGAGGUAGAGCCAUUGAUUUGGAGGGUGACAUACUAUUCGCUGACACUCUACUGGGGGCUGCCCAAGUCACAAAUGCCAGGGGUGUAACUAGCUCCUUAGCACAAAAGUGCAGAUAUCUCUGGACGUGCAGCAUUUCAAGCAGAAACACUGUACAUACAGAUGCCUACCACCAUGACCACGUCUAAAACCUUUUACCUUGAAAAUGACUAUUAAAGAAUAUGCUAUCUUAAUCAUAAACAAAUUUACCACCGAUCAAUCAAACCAACAGAUAUAAAAAAUGAUUGCAAGUUCAAGACCCAUUGUUCAGUCAAUAUUCCCACAGACCCAACCUGGUCUAUGGUCUAUUUUGUAUUUUAACACUGUGUAUAUAUAUAUAUAUAUAUUUCAUUUUAUUUUAGAUUUAGAUUUGAGCAUAAUAUGUAGUAAAGAUUGUAGAAAACUUUGAAUGAAAUGUCAAAAACACCAUGGAAUUGUAAAAUUUGUAAACGUCGAAGAAAGGCCUUUUUUAUUAGAGGAAGAGGUGGGGAUUUAAUUAGCAGGACAUGGAAUGAGAAUAUUACAGAAAUAUAACAUGCAAACUGUAUGAGUACAGGCUUUAACUACUAGCUGGGCAUUAUGGGGAAUGCAGUCCAUGGCCUCAGUGCUAAAGGUUACCUUGCCUUAAACCACAGACAUUCUGUACUUUGCUCCUAUGUGUUUGUUCUUUGAUUGGUAAAAAAAAUAAAGUUUUAACUCGUUUUAAUUGUUUAUAGGUGGAAUCAAGCCUUUUUUUACAUUCCAUACUGUGCAAAAAUAAAAAGUAUCAUAAAAAUGCAAAAUAGUUGACAUUAACAUACCUGCUAAACAAAAUAUUAGUGUGUAAUUACAUCCUAGUGUUAAUAAAUAGUUUUCACGGCUUAUGAGUUUAACAAAUAAAUAUAAUUUAAUAAUUUUAGACCAUAUGUUUACAAGUACAAAUCCCAUUGUUUAGGUAAUAUUCAUAUUAAUUGGCCUUUUUUGGCAAUGUGGCUGUAAAAUCAUUAAGUCUCUAAUUAUGCUCAUAAAUGUUACCACUGAUCCAAAUGCCACCCUCCAGUUGUUUACAGAUUUUAUAUAUAUAUAUUACAUAUUAAAAUUUUGUAACUGCCAUAAAUAAUGAUUCAAGAUUGAUUAAAAGUAAUUUUGUUUUUAAUAUGGGUUUUAUCUGGUGAAUAUGUUAAGAAGAAAGGUACAUGUUGUAUAGAAGUGCAGGGAUUUUAAAGUUUAUUUUCAAUGCCUCAGCUUUGUAAAAUAUAUGUAAAAAUGGCUAAUUUAUUAUUUAGUAAAUAGCAAAAUGUAGAGACCUGAUGUAUUCUUGGUGUAGACUGAGAAAUGUGUUACAUACUGGCAGGCCCGGAUUGGCCAUAGGGCAAUCCAGGCAAAUGCCCUGUGGCUGUGAUGGGCAUGGGCCAAGGCCAACAGGGGAAAUCAAUGACUCCCCUGCUGACCAAUCCAGAGCCGGCGCCCACCUUGCUUGAAUAUUCAUGGCCGGUGGAGAGAUCAGCAAGACCAUGGAGGCUACAAUCUGCUCUUCUGCUGGGUUCAGAGUAUUCUUCUCACAAGCUCGCGGUUCAGAGCGUUGCUGCAGAUUACUACGUUCACCAACAGUGGAUCCUUUACAUACACUAGAUCUUCUUAGGGCACACACUGCAUGACUUGGAUACAAACAACAUUCCUGACACACACAGUACAUUCCAUAUACACAGUGUGGACCCCUUAUGCACACUAUAUCCUCUAUAGACACACACUGCACCGUCAACACACACAGUACAUCCCAUAUACACACUAUGGAUCCCUUACGCUCAUGCUAGAUUCUCUAUACACACACAAUGCACCACCUACACACACACACACACACACUAUUUCUGACACACACAGUGCAUCCCAUAUGCACACACAAGAUCCACUACAGACACACACUAGAUCCGCUGUACACACUCACUCUCUACAGCCCCUACACUUACUAACGAUAUUAGUUUGGGUGCGCCCCAUUAGUUGCUAUUAACCCUGCCCUUUCCAGAUUCUCUCAGACACUGCUCUAAGACUAUCCUUUUUCUAUCCAAUUACCCAGUUGGGUCCUUUCCUAGAAUGGAUUUAGACUAACCUGCUUUGUUACCCAUUUAUUAUUUUAGGUGUAUUUUUACACCUUUAUUAAGUCAAACAUACCUUGCAGGAUUAGCCUCUCCCAGGCUUUUAUAAGUUUGGUGGUUAACUUCUAAUCAAUACACUAUUUUAGUGUAUGGUAAUAGCAUUUGGACUAUAUACCAUUUUAGCAUUUUUUUUUUCUAAUAAAGGUUGUUUAUCCUCUUCUAUGUGACUAUUUACAUUAUGAGGUACUUUGAAUGAGGCUAGGCAUUCCACCCACUUUUUUGUGAGUGGACUGUCUGCCCCAUUUUUCAUCUCUUUUUUUUCUAUAUAUAUUGUGGGGUUACGCCCCUUUUACCUCUGUAACCUUUUUGUGGGGUAGUGGUGAUGGUUUCCCCACCCCAUAGCCCCUCUCUCUUUCUUCCAAUACAUGCACUACAGUCGCUAUGCACACGCUUGCUACAUGCCCCUAUACAAAUACUACAGCACUUAUACAGACAUUCUCGCUCUCUACAGCCAAUAGACACACACUACAGCCAAUAGACACACAACACAACUGAAACCAACCUAGUUACACAAAACACCACACAACAAACAGCUCUCCCUACACACACACACACUGCCACAAUUAGCCACCAAACACAUGCACAAUACUCUCUGACCUCAUUGUCCUCUGGUAUCCCACUUAUAGCGACACCAGAGAAAAUCACAAGCAAACACACAUUACACAGGGUCUUUUUCCCAUUCAGCAGAGCACCAUCAUGGGCUGCCCUUAAAGAGCAUUAAACUGACAUGCUCAUUUAGGGGGGAUAUGUUGUUAUCCAUUUUACAAAAGAAGGUUGGUUGAAUAUAUCUAUCCUGGAACGCUGUUUUAAAAUAACAUUUUAUAUUUGUUUGACAUACCUAUCUAGCAGGGAAAAUGUAUCUGCAAGUAUUGUCUUAAAGUAUGUGAAUGUGUAGAUAGAUUGUGAUAUUGUGAUUCUCGUUUGUGCAUUCAGUGUUCAUUUCUUAUCUAUCUCUAACCUUUCCCAAGGACAAACCAUUACUAAGUUAGAGAAUGUUACAAAAGUGAGGGCAAUAAAUUCCAGCUACCUACAAUAUCUAUGACAUGGAUACAAUUUUAUAAUCCUGUAGUUUAUAUGAAGAUUAUAAUUUUAAUUGAUGCCAUUUUUUUUAUUUAUUAGUUGAUUGAUUGAUUAGUCCUAUAGAUCAGGGAUAACCUGCCAACUUCUUUUAAAAUGUACUAUUUACCAUGCUAACAUGGAUUAAUGUCUGUUGGAAAUAAAUUGCAUACUGUCCCUACUUUGUCUUAGUAUAUUUAUUGAUCAGGUUGUAAUUUCAAUGAAAUUCUAAGACAGUCCAUGUAACUAUUUCAUAAAGAUUUUAUCUUUAUGAAAUUCUCAUUUUAUAUGGGGGUGUAGAGGGGCAGAGCAGCUUUAAAUGCUUUAAAUUUAAAAUUCCAGCUGCCUCUGUCAGUUUCUACACAGAUUAACGUGCUUCACGCUGGUGUUUUUCAGUUUGAUAUAUUGUCUUUCCUGUCUGUGUACUUAGUGUUGAUUAUUUUAGACAUUUCGUAUUUUCUUUGUAUGUUACCAUACAAUAUUAGUGUUUACACAUACACAUACCAAAGAAAAUUGACACUGACUUGUGAAAGAAUUCUGCUGCUCAUAACAAUACCAGUUUAUUGCAAGUGCAGCGUCAUUCCCUGAUUUGCUUUGGAAUCUGCAUCCAUGUGAUGUUUAGUCUGUUAUUAUAUGUGUAAUAAAUAACAAAAAAAAAUUACAUUGAAUAUGAACAGCAAUGGUGGAUUUUCUUUCAAUGUGGGACUCUUGUUAUAGGGUUUCUUCAUCAAUUUUUUUUAUUAUAAAAAAAAUGCUUUAUUGGUAUUAUUAUGUAUGUCCCCCUCUCCACCCCCCCAAAUACAAACGCUAUAAAAGUGUUUUAAAAUAAAGUUUACUUACCUUAAUUCAGCACCUGGCGAAGCUCCCCUGCGCUGCUCGGUGCACCCCCAUUUGACACUAUGGGAGGUGUGCCAAGGUCCAUUAAAAGGUUUCUAUUAGAGAAGCCAUUGACUGGACAAUUUUACUAUCUCACAGUGCAAGCCGGCAAAAGGAAGGGAGAGCAUCAGGGCUAGGGUGGGGAAUGGGACAGAGAGGAGUAUAGGGCAGCUAUGAGUGUGGGAGGGGAGACAAUAGCUUUUUUCCUUUCAGACAAAUGUUUUUUAUAUUGACAUUAGGCCCCGGCAUACAAUUAAAAAUAUCACUGCACAUCCAGGCUCCUACCACCCUGCAGGUAUAACCACUUCAGAAAGCAAAAGUGGUCGGGGUGGUUGGAGUAACCCUUUAACAUUGUAUGGAAUAUAGGAAUAUGGAUUCUUUUUUUACUAAUUCUAUUCUAUAUGAUAUGGAGUCAUGAGAUUUGCAGACAAAUACCUUUUCAUGAUAUGUUGUUUUUAUUGCUCAUAUUUCCAUCUAUUCAUAGAUCUGUUGUCCCUUCCCUUUCAGGCUUACAGAAAAAUGAAGACAAAAUAAACGUUAACAAUGGUGAGUAGGUCCUUAACCCAGGACUGGCCACGGACAUUGUGCUGCCCCUCCUCCCCCACCUCGCCUUGCACCAGAAGCACGCCAACAUCCAUUAUGUUAUGCAGUGUGUGUAGUGAAUGCACUGUCUGUUUGCGUAGUGGAUGCAGUGUGUAUAUCAUAUUCAGUGUGUCGUGGAUGCUGCGUCUGUGUGUCGUGGAUACUGCGUCUGUGUGUCGUGGAUGCUGCAUCUGUUAUUGUGUCAUGGAUGUAGUGUGUAUUGUAUGCAGUAUGUGUAGUGGAGGCAGUGUGUGUAGUGGAUGUAGGGUGUGUGUGGCGGAUGUAGUGUGCCUAGUGGAUGCAGUGUCUGUGUAGUGGAUGUAGGGUGUGUGUGGCGGAUGUAGUGUGCCUAGUGGAUGCAGUGUCUGUGUAGUGGAUGUAGUGUCUGUGUAUGUAGUACUGUAUGUGUAGUGCAUUUAGUGUGUGUGUAGAGUUGGAUAAAUGCUGAUGGGGGUGAGCAGUUUAAAUUAAAUUGUGGUUAUCCCCCUUCCUGCAUCUUACCUGUGGGCUGGAAUGGCAGGACAGUGUGUAGGAAGGUGACAGUAUAGGAGGGCAGUGUGUAGGAAGAUGACACUAUAAGAGGACAGUGUGUAGGAAGGUGACGGUAUAGGAGGGCAGUGUGUAGGAAGGUGACAGUGUGGGUGGGCAGUGUGUAGGAAGGUUGUGAGGGCAGGCUGUGAGGGUGACAGCAGGGCCGGACUGGCCCACCGGGAUACCUAGAAAUUUCCCGGUGGGCCGUCGGCACCUGGGUCCGGGCAGGCAGCUGGCUCUUCUGGCAGCUGCAGAGGGAGCUCUUUUGGCGGCCACAGGGGGAACUGGCUGUUCUGUCUCUGCUCCCCAGCCCUCGCGCUGCUUAAUGAGACCGGGGACGGAACAUGACGUCAUAUUCCAUACAAAGACAUACAGGCAUACAGAGACACACAUGCAUGCAGAGACAUAUAUACAGACAUUCAGAGACAAACAUACAUACAUUCAUGAAUAUAGAUACAUACAUACAUGGAUGCAGAGACAUACAUACAUACAUACAUACAGAGACAUAAAUACAUACAUAGACAUACAGAGACAUACAUACAUACAUACAUACAUACAGAGACAUACAGACAGACAUACAUACAUACAGAGACAUACAUACAUACAUACAUAGACAUACAUACAUACAGAGACAUACAUACAUACAUACAUACAUACAUAAUUACAUACUUACAUUUGUUAAAUCUUGUCCCCUGGGUGCAUGCUGUCUGGCUCUGUGGAGUCCCGUCCUGCAGCCCAGCUUCAUCACUGGGCGCCAGUCGCGCUGUGUGGUACACAGGGAGCAGGGAUAGGAUGUAAUUCAUAUCCCCCCCCCACAGCCUGCGGCAGACACCAGUGUAGAUGGUGGGCGGGCAGAGGCUGUGCUCCGCGGGCGGGAAUCUCUGGGCUGCGCUCGGCCACGCUACAAGUAGUAACCGGCUGGAGGGGAGCGCAGUGUGCUUCUCUCCUUCCGGUCAGCCUGAUGUUGCGCCCCCAGGGCUGGUGCGCCCUAAGGUGGCCGCCUGGGCCGCCUUAUGGUAGCACCGGCACAUCUUGUGAGUGGUUUGUAGCAGUAAAACAUAUAAUGCUGAUAUCAAUAGUGAAAGAGCAUUUUCUUGUGAAAAAUGCAAAAAGCAAUUAUGAAUGCUGACUUUGACCAGGGUUUGUUACUAGGUGGCUACUAAAAAAGUCUGGACAUACCCCAUUUUUAAUCCCCUGGGUUGUGUAUGUGGAACUAUAAUUUUUGCAUGUAAAUACUAAUUAAAUGCUUGUUUUAUGUGUUUCAGUUGCAAUAAGGAAAGAUAAGAGCAAUAGUCCAAAGACCAGCACAAAGCAAUAUGACACACCAGCUCAAAACAGUAAGUUAACACCUCAACACAUUAAGUAUAUACUGUUAAUACAGAGAUAAUAUUGGUGGUACUGGCUUACGGAUGUGCUUCAUUCAGAAAGGUGGAAUUGUCUGCUAACAUUGUCCUUAGCACUAGCAUGCAUAUUGAAAAAGGAGAAAACAAACUGCUACUCCAAUAGUAUGAAAACGAUAAAACAUAACUUUUAUUCCAAGAAGAGUUGAUAAAAAAGCAUUAAACUUUGUCACAAACACCACCAGUGUCGUACAAAAAAAUAAAGAAUUACCUCACAAAAUUAUAAUUUUUGGAUAUCUACUAAUUUACAGAUAUCCACACUGUGCCACUGCACAGGGGAUAGUUCAGACACUAUUUCUGACCCCAAAACAAAACUAAUUUCUGCAAUUCUCCAUCUGUGAUACUUGGAGGUUUUUGGGCUGCUUGAACCAUCCUCUUCACACUCUAUUGAGGAAAUAUAGACACAUGUCCUCUUACAGGUUGAUUCAUAACAUUUCCAGUUAACUGGAACCUCUUAAUUAUUCCCCUGAUGAUGAAAAUGGGCAAUUUCAAAUAUUUUUCUAUUUUCUUAUAGUCACUUCCCAUUUUGUGAUGCUCAACAUUUUUUUGCCGCACAUCACAGCUAUAUUUCUUGAUUUUACCCACUGUGAUGAAUGACUAAGUGAAUUUGGCCUAUGUGUUACCUCAUAUUUAAACCCCGAUAAAACAUGAAGUCUUGGAUGAACAAUUUCCUGUUCCUAGUCACCUAGAUGCACUAAAAAAUGUUUAAAUAUCAAUGGUUAUGCUGCAAAUAAAUAUUUUAUUUUCUCUUGUAAACGCAUCUAUUUAUUGUGUUUGCAGUUAUUUGAUAUCUAUGAGAGCAGAGUACUUUUGUGUAUUUUGUGAACAAAAGCUCAAAAGGUUAAACAAAAAAAUAUUUAUUUUUUUUCACAACCUUCUUUGCUCAUAUUUACCAAGGGUGCCAAUAUUAGUGGACAGCACUGUAUAUAAUAUUUGUCUUCCUAGUGUAAAUUCAUGUACAACAAUAGAGUAGGAGUAUUAAUUUGAUAUUUAGCUUAUAGUUAAGAAUAUUAUCUUUUUUUAGUUCAACUGUCAUGUUCAUCAUCUUAAUGAAGCAUUGUAUAUUAGUUUUUUUAUUAUAUAUUUUUAUUCCCAGUAGACAACAGAGUCCUUCAGGAGAGAACAAAGCAAGAAGACAAACGUCCAACAACCUUCAGUAAGAAAAUCAUUUUACUCAAUGUUCCAGUGACAAAAAUACAUUGAAACGUUAUGAGCCGUCUGUCAAACUAGAGUGAAAAAUGUGUACAUUCUCUUUAAAAUUUUUAUUAGUGAUAUUACAGAAGGUCUUGAUGGUAAGGUAUGUCUUUUUGCUGAUGAUACUAAGAUAUGUAACAGGGUUGAUCUUCCAGGAGGGAUAAGCCAAAUGGCAAAUAAUUUCGGUAAACUAGAAAAAUGGUCAGAGUUGUGGCAACUGACAUUUAAUGUGGAUAAGUGCAAGAUAAUGCAUCUUGGACGUAAAAACCCAAGGGCAGAGUACAGAAUAUUUGAUAGAGUCCUAACCUCAACAUCUGAGGAAAGGGAUUUAGGGGUGAUUAUUUCUGAUGACUUAAAGGUAGGCAGACAAUGUAAUAGAGCAGCAGGAAAUGCUAGCAGAAUGCUUGGUUGUAUAGGGAGAGGUAUUAGCAGUAGAAAGAGGGAAGUGCUCAUGCCAUUGUACAGAACACUAGUGAGACCUCACUUGGAGUAUUGUACACAGUACUGGAGACCGUAUCUCCAGAAGGAUAUUGAUACUUUAGAGAGAGUUCAGAGAAGGGCUACUAAACUGGUUCAUGGAUUGCAGGAUAAAACUUACCAGGAAAGGUUAAAGGAUCUUAACAUGUAUAGCUUGGAGGAAAGACGAGACAGGGGGGAUAUGAUAGAAACAUUUAAAUACAUAAAGGGAAUCAACACAGUAAAGGAGGAGACUAUAUUUAAAAGAAGAAAAACUACCACAACAAGAGGACAUAGUCUUAAAUUAGAGGAGCAAAGGUUUAAAAAUAAUAUCAGGAAGUAUUACUUUACUGAGAGGGUAGUGGAUGCAUGGAAUAGCCUUCCAGCUGAAGUGGUAGAGGUUAAAACAUUAAAGGAGUUUAAGCAUGCGUGGGAUAGGCAUAAGGCUGUCCUAACUAUAAGACAAGGGACUAAUGAAAGUAUUUAGAAAAUUGGCAGACUAGAUGGGCCGAAUGGUUCUUAUCUGCCGUCACAUUCUAUGACCGUAUGAUUAUGCAAAAAAAUUAAAUAAAUCACCAUAAAUAGCAAAAAAGAAUCCAACUGUAUCUUAACAACGUGCAUUGUUAAUUCUCUCAUUUUCAACACAGAAUAUCCCUGGGAUGGUGUAAAUCUGAAGUCUCUUAAGCUGGAUCUGAGAAAUUUUCAGACUCUAGAUAGCUACGGCACAAAGGUAAAAAGUGACUAGUUUGACAGUAUCCAUAUUUCAAUGAUAGUCCUCUUUUGUUCCUAUCAAUAAUCAAUAAUAAUGAAAAAAAAACUAUCACUAAUAAAUUAUAAUUUAUUAAUAUGUAUAAUUAAUUAAAUUUAUAUAGUUAUGCUAUUUAUAAAACAUGAAGUCAAAUUCAUAGUAUAGUAUUGACUAUACUAUUGAUAGCAGUACCAAUCUUGGUGUUCCUAUGAGUUCCAAUGCUACACCAAAUGUUUAAGAGUAGCUUGUUUUACGUUUUUUUUUUCCAAGUUGCAAUAUGUUUUUGUUUUUAUUUUUGUAGCCAAUAUUAUUAUUAACGUAUUACCAUAGUUGGAGUAUGGCAAAGUUUGAAUAAUCUAUGAGGAUAGAAGGGGCAGAAGAGCAGGGCAGGAUUUACAUGUCAGAUGCCUGUAGACACAUAAUACUAAGACACCCUCAACCAAAAAAAUUAUGCGUGUGAAAUAAGUAUAAUGCAUUUAUUAACUGGACAAUGCAGGCCUAAAAUACCUAAAAAAAAAAAUACAUUCAUAUUUGACAAAUGCAUAUGUAUACAUGAAUGUACAGUGAGGGAAAAAAAGUAUUUGAUCCCCCUGCUGAUUUUGAACGUUUGCCCACUGACAAAGAAAUGAUCAGUUUAUAAUUUUAAUGGUAGGUGUAUUUUAACAGUGAGAGGCAGAAUAACAAAAAACAAAAAAAAAUCCAGAAUAAUGCAUGUCAAAAAAAGUUAUAAAUGUAUUAUCAUAUCAAAGAGUGAAAUAAGUAUUUGAUCCCCUAUCAAUCAGCAAGAUUUCUGACUCCCAGGUGUCUUUUAUACAGGUAACGAGCUGAGAUUAGGAGCACUCUCUUAAAGGGAGUGCUCCUAAUCUCAGCUUGUUACCUGUAUAAAAGACACCUGUCCACAUAAGCAAUCAAUCAAUCAGAUUCCAACUCUCCACCAUGGCCAAGACCAAAGAGCUGUCCAAGGAUGUCAGGGACAAGAUUGUAGACCUACACAAGGCUGGAAUGGGCUACACGACCAUUGCCAAGCAGCUUGGUGAGAAAGUGAAAACAGUUUAUGCGAUUAUUCGCAAAUGGAAAAAGAAACACAAAAUAACUGUCAAUAUCCCUCGGUUUGGUGCUCCACGCAAGAUCUCACCUUGUGGAGUUUCAACGAUCUUGAGAAUGGUGAGGCCCAGCACUACAAGGCAGGUGGAACCAUAGUCACCAAGAAAACGAUUGAUAACACACUACGCCGUGAAGGACUCAAAUCCUGCAGCACCCGGAAGGCCCCCCUGCUCAAGAAAGCACAUGUACAGGCCCGUCUGAAGUUUGCCAAUAAACAUCUGAAUGGUUCAAAGGAGAACUGGGUGAAAGUGUUGUGGUCAGAUGAGACCAAAAUCGAGCUCUUUGGCAUUAACUCAACUUGCCAUGUUUGGAGGAGGAGGAAUGCUGCCUAUGACCCCAAGAACACCAUCCCCACCGUCAAACAUGUAGGUGGAAACAUUAUGUUUGGGGGUGUUUUUUUUUGCUAAGGGGACAGGACAACUGCACCGCAUCAAAGGGACAAUAGACAGGACCAUGUACCAUCAAAUCUUGCGUGAGAACCUCCUUCCCUCAGCCAGGGCAUUGAACAUGGGUCGUGGAUAAGUAUUCCAGCAUGACAAUGACCCAAAACACACAGCCAAGGCAACAAAGGAGUGGCUCAAGAAGAAGCACAUUAAGGUCCUGGAGUGGCCUAGCGAGUCUCCAGACCUUAAUCCCAUAGAAAAUCUGUGGAGGGAGCUGAAGGUUCAAGUUGCCAAACGUCAGCCUCAAAGCCUUAAUGACUUGGAGAGGAUCUGCAAAGAGAAGUGGGACAAAAUCCCUCCUGAGAUGUGUGCAAACCUGGUGGCCAACUACAAGAAACAUCUGUCCUCUGUGAUUGCCAACAAGGGUUUUGCCACCAAGUACUAAGUCGAAGGGGUCAAAUACUUAUUUCACUCAUUGACAUGCAAAUCAAUUUAUAAUUUUUUUUACAUGCAUUUUUCUGGAUUAAAAUGAUAGACUAAUCAUUUCUUUGUCAGUGGGCAAAGUUCAAAAUCAGCAGGGGAUCAAAUACUUUUUCCCCUUACUGCAUGUGAAUAUUUCUGCUCUGUUUGUCAUGUAUUGUGUCUGUAUCUGCGAGUAUAGUGAGUGUAUGCUGCUGUGUAUAUACAUUCAGGGUUCAAGGUAUUGCUAGAAGUGGUUAGUGUAAAGGGGGGUUAAAGAAGUGUUAAUUUGACAUUCAAUUUAUAGUUAAGAAUAUUAUCUUUUUAGUACAACCUUUGUUACUACAACAUACCAGGCCCGGACUGGACAUCGGGCACACCGGGCAAAUGCCCGGUGGGCCGCGAUGUCCAUGGGCCGAGGCCGGCAGGGGAGAUCCCAGGAUCUCCCCUGCCGGUCUAUGCAGGGCCGGCGCUAUCCGAGCGCCGGCCCCGCUGUGUUCCAUGAAGGGCCGGUGGGGAGAUCAAAGAUCUCCCUCACCGGCCCACAUGUGCUCAAACGCGGGAGACAGGCGCCAGGAGAGAGGACCCGGCGGAGCUCUAACUUGCAGCUCCACCGGGUUUCUCUCGCGAGAUCCGGACCGUUGCUAUGGCAACCGGCCGGGUCUCGCAAGAGUGAACUCUAGCCCCAAAGGACUAGAGUUCACUUACCACGAGGACCACCAGGGAUGGCUGGCAGGAGCACGACCCCCCCCCCCCCUUCCAGACUACAGGUAAGAAUGGAGGGGGGGUGAUAUUAUGUAUUUAUUAUUUAUUAUUAUGUAAUUAUUAUUUAUUAUUAUGUAUUUAUUAGUAUGUAUUAUUAUUUAUUUAUUAUUAUUUAUUAUUAUGUAUUUAUUAGUAUGUAUUAUUAUGUAUUUAUUAUUAUUAUUUUUUAGUAAAACACCUACCUGCCUCCCCCCAAUACAAAAUCCUUGCAAACACACACAUCACCCUCACCCAGCACCCUAACACAUACACAGCACCCUAACACACACACACAGCACCCUAACACCAGCACCCUAACAUUGACACAGCACCCUAACACACAGCACCCUAACAUUGACACACCCUAACACACACACAGCACCCUAACACCAGCACCCUAACACACACUCACACAGCACCCUAACACCAGCACACACUAGCACCCACCACACCCUAACAUUGACACAUCACCCUAACACUCACACAGCACCCACACACACAGCACCCUAACACAGCACCCUAACACACACAACACACACACAGCACCCUAACACCAGCACCCUAACAUUGACACAGCACCCUAACACUCACACAGCACCCUAACACCAGCAACCUAACAUUGACACAGCACCCUAACACCAGCACCCUAACAUUGACACAGCACCCUAACACUCACACAGCACCCUAACACCAGCACCCUAACACACAGCACCCUAGCACUCACACAGCACCCUAACACCAGCUCCCUAACAUUGACACAUCACCCUAACACACACACAGCACCCUAGCACACACACAGCAACCUAGCACACACACACACACCACCCCAACACAUACACAGCACCCCAACACACACAGCGCCCUCACUCACACAGCGCCCUCACUCACACAGUGCCCUCACACACACAGCACCCUCACACACACAUACUGCACUCCCUCACACAUAUACUGCACCCUCCCACACACAUACUGCAUCCCCUCACACACACAGCACCCUCCCACACACACUAUACUCCUCACAAACGCACACUACACCCCUCACACACACAGCACCCCCCCAAACACACUGCACCACUCACACACUCACUAGAUCCCCAACACACAGACGCUGCACCACUUACACACACACUACAUUUCUGACAUACACACUCAGGAUCCCCUAUGAACACACUAGAUACCCUUUAAGCAAACACAUAGUGUCUCCAUAAAUGGGAUACAGUGAGUAUUCCAAUUAUGGAAACCCCCGAGACAAGUUUCAAGCAAACACAAUGCAAGCAUGUUAUUAAAUUUGCUUGCGCUGUGCAGAUCAAAUACAGGGCCCUUUUCUCAUGCCCUGGAAGAGCAUUGAACCAACAUGCUCACUUUGAGAUGGGGCGUGCUUGUCAUUGGGGAUGACAAAACACACCCUAUCUGGCCCCGCCCCCUUUUCAGUGGGCCGCUGUAAUUAAAAAUGACCGGGCCGAAUUUUUUCCCCAGUCCGGCCCUGCAACAUACAAAUCUAAAUGUCUAACCUUAUAGUGCCCUCUGGUCCCCCUCCCUCAUGCCCCCCUCUCCUUCAUGCUCCCCUUCCCCCCAGCAUAUAAAGGAUUAACAAACCCUUCAUUCACUUACCGUGUUCCAGCGUCAAUGUCUCUCAGCACUAGGUCGGCGCUCUGCUUCCUCCAACGUCAGAGAUAGAAAAAUAUUGCCUCAAUGCUUUCUUAUGGGGAUUUCCAUGAUGGUGGAUGCAAUGCAGAGUCAUUUAGGAGGCAGCUAGCACCCAGGAAGUGCCUCUAGUGGCUGCCUGACAUCCACUAGAGGCACUCUUAGUCCUGCAAAGUAAUCAUUGCAGUUUCUCUAAAACUCUGCCAAAUGGGAUAUCAGUCAAAUACUUAGAUUCUGGUUAUUUGUAAGGAACUUAAAGCACUCAUGGCUAUGCAGCUAAAAUGAAACCAAAAAUGAAUGUCUGCGUGUGGACAUAAUUAAGUACACAUUACGUGUCUGUACUUUAUAGGUCUUUGCAACUUACAACUGCACCCUGAGACAAUCUUUGUUGUAUAUUGUCUCCUUUCUACUGUCAGAAUAGAGUUAUAAAGACCUGACUUGGUCAAAUUAGCAUUACAGUCAAGAAAGGGCUCCCCACUAUAAGCAUACAUUCUAAAUACACAAACAUGAGUUACCAGAGACUGGAAUAAUUGCGGGUGCCGUGGUGGUACAACAGAGCCUAAAUACAGAUGUGACGUAAUUUUUUUGCCCUGGGGCCAUUGUUAGAAAAAUCCAAUUUUUUAUAUACAGUUUUGACGUGUCGAUGGAGGCACUUUCUAUUUAUACUGUUGGCCAGCAACAUAAAGAAUUCUUGGCAAAAAAAAUAAAACAAAUUAAAGGCAAAACCAGAAAUUUAACAAUUAACAAGUACUCACAUACUGGUGGAGAGUAUGAGGAAAAAUGGUCCGUCUUUGGUCACAAACGGGAUUAAGAACAAAACACUAUUGCUUCAGUUAAUAUGUCAAUGUAUUAAUGAAUUACAAUAUAAAUAUGGUAAUUCUUCUUCUGCGGUAUCUGUAUUGGAGUACAAAUAGUUAAAUACGAUUAAAUACCUGAUGCUGUAAGGAAUACAUCAGAAAAAAUGCAUAUUAUUAAACUACACAUUGCUUCACAUUGUCAGAAUGUAUUUUAAAAUUAGUUUCGCCCUGUUUAAAAUACAAAAUUAACAUACACCCCAGUGUUAUAGACAUGCACAAAAGCUUUAUGCUCAAUCCUUAAGAUAUAUACAUGCACCUUGGAUCAGACAGUGAUUGCAAACUGACAGUCUCUAUGGUCUUCCUGCUUCUGUGCAGGGUGUAAAGCAGGAAGAUCAUAAGGGCUAACAUAAUACCCAAGAUGCAUGAACACUGAUCAGCCACGACAUUAAAACCACCUGUCUAAUAUCGUGUAGGUCCCCCUGCUGCUGUCAAAACAGCUCUGAUGCUUCGAGGCAUAGACUCCACAAGACGUCUGAAUGUGUCCUUUGGUAUUUGGCACCAAGUUGCUAGGUGGGGCUGUUUUGCUUUAGCAUCCCACAGAUGCUAAAUUGAAUGGAGAUCUGGGGAGUUGGGGACCAAGGGAACACCUUGAACUCUUUGUCAUGUUACUCAAGCCAUUCCUGAACAAUUUUAUCAGUGUUGCAUGGUGCAUUAUCCUGCUUAAAGAUGCCACUGCCACCAGGGAACACUCUUGCCAUGAAGGGAAGCAUCUGGUCUGCAACAAUCUCGAAGAAGUUGGUACAUGUCAAAGUAACAUCCACAGGAAUGCCAGGGCCCAAGUUUUCCAAGCUGAACAUUUUCCAGUGCAUUACACUGCCUCUAUCGGUCUUCCUUCUUCCCAUAGUGCAUCCUGCGGCCAAUUCUUCCCCAGGUAAAUGCCGAACACGCACCCAGCCAUCCACCUGAUCAAAAAGAAAAAGUGAUUAAUCAAACCAGGCAAUCUUAUUCAAUUGCUCCAUGGUCCACUUUUGCUGCUCACGUCCCCAUUGAAAGCACCUUCGCUGGUAGACAAGGGUCAUCUUGGGCACUGUAAUCAGUCUGUGGUUAUACAGCCCAAUACGCAGCAAACUGUGAUGCACUUUAUGUUCGGACACCUUUCUAUCACUGCCAUCAUUACGUUUUUCAGAAAUUUGAUCUACAGUAGGUCUUCUGUGUGAUCAGACUAGACAGGGCUAGCCUUCGCUCCCCACAUGCAUCAAUGAGCUUUGGGCACCAGUGACCCUGAUGCUGGUUCACCAGUUCUCCUUCCUUACACCACCUUUUGUAGGUACUAACCAUUGUGAUCUUGGAACACUGUAUGAAACUCAACCUUUAGGAGAUGCUCUGACCCAAUCAUCUAACCAUCGUUCUUUGGCGAUUGUCAAAGUCACUCCGAUCUCUUCGCUUGCCCAUGUUUCCCGCUUCCAACACAUGAAAUUCAAGACCUGACUGUUCUCUUGCUGCCAAAUAGAUCCCUUGACAGAUGCCAUUGUAACAGUGUAAUCAAUGCCUUUCACUUCACCUGUCAAUGGUUUUAAUGCUGUGGCUGAUCAGUGUGUAUGGCUGAAGGAUCCUGUCAUAUACUAAACGUAGGGAUGAGGUUUAUAUAUAUAUAUAUAUAUAUACACAUACAUAUAUAUAUAUAUAUAUAUAUAUAUAUAUAUUUAUUUAUUUUUUAAAUUAUUAUUUUGAAGUAAAGGAUUAUUAUAUUAAAAAGUAGGUUUCAGGUGACAGCUGUCCCUUAAAGUGACUUUCAAAUGUAAGGUCAAAGUAGCUGAACUGGAAACAUAGCUGACUUUUUCAGUUCACUAUUUUUGCUUUAAAUUUGAAGUUCACUUUAAAUUCCUGGCAGUGCUUACUUUAGUAGAUAAUCCUGAUAGUUUUCAAAGAAAACAAAAUCAUAUAAACAAGGUGCAAACCCCUCAAAGGCCACUAGAUGGUGGUAAAUACAAAAUGUCAAUUAACUCACAGUUUUUGAUAUUUAAUAUAACAUAAUGGAAAGAUAAGUUUGGGUAGCCUUUAACAUUAUAUUCUGAGCAACAUGGGAGCCAGAUAAACUGGGAUUCCCUGUCUCCAAUCUUAAAGACACAGUACAUUGCAUGCAAUUUUAUCUCAUGGUUUUAAAUUUAAUAAUAACAAUCAUCAAUAUAUUCACAAUAAAUCAGUCAGAGCAAUUAGCUGAUAAAUCCCUAAAUCCUAUACUGUUUGCCAGGGCGACUGCUGAUUACCAUAAACUACCUGGUAUACAGAUAUUCACCAAAAUAGGGAUAGUGGGUACUUGGCCAAGGUAACUGCAAAGCUUGCCUUAAAAUAAUGAGACAACCUGUUAUUUGCUCAGAUUGGCUUCGCUUGGCCUAAACUGAUGCUAUUCGCUUUUUAAUUAUCGACUUGGUUUAGUGACUAACAUAACUAAUGUCAGGACAUAUAUGCAGCUGUCAGUAUUUCCUGUUAUAACCCCAUCAGGGUGACAGACAAAACGGGGGUGUUGCAAGAUUCCAAAAACCCCUGGGUGUAGACCCAAAAGGAAAAUCUGGUGACCCCUUCACUAAUAGAGAAGUGGGGAUAUCCCUGCCUUUUCUGAUUUUAUGUCCCCUCCUCUCUGUCAUGCAGGUAACAAGUGUCCUGUUGAUGUUCUAAGGAAUCUCAAUCAAGGCAUAGUCAGUCAGAAGAACAUACUGCCCUACCCGAUAUACAAUGUAUUCCCACCACACUACCUAAUAGAGGGAUGUUCAGCUAAAUUCUGUUCCCAACACUCCUCUGCACAGUCACGCCCUCCCCCUUCCAUUCUCUCCCCCCCCACCCAUCCCCCACUCCCUUCCUCUAAAUAACCUGGAGAAGCACUAUACUUCUCAAAGCUGCUCUGAUGUAAAAUUAAAAAAAAAACACCCUCUUUGCCUUCUACAGUAACUGGGGCUAAAGAGUGCUCCUUUUGAGUCCCCUAGAGGCCUAGACUGACUCACUCACCCCCAGCAAAAUGUAUCCCCUUUUCUUCUUUCAAUACUUGUAACUCCUGUGAUGACCUCUAGUAGUGACCAUUGGAACCAAUAACAUUGAUAUCAGCAGUUUUUUAAAAUUAUAUAUAUAUAUGAAUGCAGUGUCACAUACUUUUAAGACAUAUAACAUGACCGCGUGCUGCAGAAUAUUAGCACAUGUGAAUAUUAGCACAGAUUUGUUAUUUCUAAACAAUGGAAGUCUGAAGCUGUGUUUUCAGCAAUGUCCUUUCUAUUCUAUACAUUUAUUUCAAACUGUGCGAAUUACAAUUGUGUGUCUUUAUUUUGACAGGUGUUUGCUGUUGGGACUCUUGAAGCUUUGAUAAAAGAUCUUCUUCGCGACACUUCUUCAGAUUUGGAGAAAACGCGCAUUAUUUGGAUAUGGAUAUGUUACCAUAUAGGUAUCUGUAUAGUUAAACGAUAAAGUCAUUUUCUUUUCUUUUUUGGGGGAUGUUUAGUCUACAUGAGUCGUAUAUAUUUCAAUUAAUCAAUGCAGUGUCAUAUUUAUGUGCAUUUUAAAUGGUGUACAAUGAGGUUUACUAUUUCCAACAACAUAAUAUCUUCACUGUGUAUUAUCAUGGACAUCUACACAUGCAACUUCUUGCUGUUGCAGAAAUAUACCACAAGAUGGCAGCAUGUGAAUUAGAACUAAUUUAAUGGUGCACAAAAAUCUGGCCACAAAUUUAUUUGUAUUUUAGAGUUUUACCAGGUAAUGCAAAACUUUUUCUUUAAAAAAACCUUGUGAUGAAAACAAUUCCUAGUGCUCAGAAAUAUUGAUAGCUGGUAGACCUAUAUAGGUUCAAUUGUUGAUACUGUUUAACUGCAAUAAUGUAUUUUUUUUGGGGGGGAGAGGGGGGUGGGUUUCUUAAGCUCUCUUCAUAUGCAUGUUUUUUGUAAGGUAAUAUGAUUUCUGUUUUUUUAAUUAUUAGAAUAUGAUACAGCAGCAUUCAGAAAUAAGGCCUUGCAUUCGUCUGACGCAGAGCACAUAUUUCGUACCAAGAAGGGUGUGUCUGCUGGCUACUCUUCUCUCUUUCAACAUAUGUGCAGGUAAAAUCAAGGAGGAAAAAAUAAAUCGUAUAGAUAUGUAUUAUAUAUUAUGCUGUGUAUAUACUGAUCUGCCACAACAUUAAAACCACUGACAGGUGAAGUGAAUAACAUUAUAAUAUUGUUACAAUGGCACCAGUCAAGGGGUGGGAUAUAUUAGGCAGCAAGUGAAUAGUCAACUCUUGCAUUUCCUGUGUUGGAAGCAGGAAAAAUGGGCAAACGAAAAGAUCGAAGUAACUUUGACAAGGGCGGAGGAGACCUAAUGCGCAUGCGUAGUAAUGCCGCGCAUGCGCAUUAGACCUCCCCAUAGGAAAGCAUUGACAAAUGCUUUCAAUGCUUUCCUAUGGGGAUUUCAGCGACGCUGGAGGUCCUCACAUAGCAUAAGGACGUCCAACGAUGUUAUAGCACACGGAAUGUGUGCUAUGAACCCAGAAGUGCCCUCUAGCGGCUCUAGAGGAGGAGUUAACCCUGCAAGGUAAAUAUUGCAGUUUAUGAAAACUGCACUAAUUACAGUUGCAGGGUUAAGGGUUGUGGGUGUUGGCACCCAGACCACUCCAAUGGGCAGAAGUGGUCUGGGUGCCUGGAGUGUCCCUUUAAGGGUAGUCAUGAUAGAAAUUUCAUAUGAUCGCAAUCUGUUAGAAAAACUGCCCAAUUGAUUUACCUACAAGAAUUCCCGUACAUUUUUAUGAAACAUCUUCUAUGGAUAAAUCUUUUCUAACAGAUUGUGAUUAUUGGGAAUGCUGAUCCAAACAAAUUAAAUUGCGGCCAAUGUUUCUAAGCUUUAAAAAAUGCUUACUCUCUCUUUCUAGCAUUGCUGGUGUGCAGUGUAAAUCGGUGAGUGGUUAUGGUAAGGGUACAGGAUAUAAGGCGGGACAGAAGAUAUCUGGAGAAAUCGAACACACCUGGAACAUGGUCUAUUUGGAAGGAGGAUGGCACUUAGUGGACACCACAUGGGGAGCUGGUCAUACUGACGAGCACAUGAGCAAGUUUACCUUUCAGUAAGUAAUCGAUUAACAUAGAUAACAGAGAUCUGCAUAUGGAACAUCAUUACACAGCAUGUGAAAUUUGGCAUAGCAAGGGUGGAUUUGAGGAAUACAAUCAUGGGCUUAUCUUUGACUCUUGAUCUCCCAGAGUUUCACUGACAUAACAGAGAUUCUAUUCUAGCAGAGAAUAUGACAAAUGACAGUGGUUUUUAUCAGAAGAGCAGUACAUGUGACAAACACAAUGUCAAUGUUAUAUAAAGGAACAUUGUGAAAAUAUCUAUUUAUAUUAAAUUGCUGUUUUUGGAGAGAAGACUCUCAAACAGAAAUAGAUUGACCUCAAAGUCAUAAUAAAAUGUGGAUUGCAAUAUCAGCUGACUAGGCCAAUAAACAUAGAACUCUGUCCAAUCAGUCCAUAAUUAUAUCUACUUUUAGAUAGUUAAAAUAUAUCUAAAGUGUAGCAACAUAUAAUUGUUAACACAGGUCUAAUGUUAAGUCAAAUAUGUCAUAUUAAUUAAUAAUUCAUUAUUAAUUCAUGAUUAUAAUUAUUUAUUAUAAAGCACAUACUGCAAUUAUCUGUGGUGAAGAUAUGAAAAGGUGCAUUGUGUCUUGCUCUUGGGAGACAGGCAGACAGGGGAGAGAAGUUCUGCAGUUUGUAUCUGUACAAUAUGAUUGUACAGGAACUGUACAAAAGUAGGAAGGCCUUGGAUGAGGGUUGUCAGAAAAAGUACAGAGAGUGAGCACAAUGGAGAGAAUACGCAUUAUGUUGCAGACUGCAGUUACUUUCUGGACAAGCCCAAUAUAAUUGAUAAAAGAUUCUUAUAUGAUAUGCUUCACUUUACAAUUAUCUUUAACCAGCAAGCAAGCACUUUUAAACAAACCAAAAUAAAGCAAGCAAAACAUUGGGAAGUAUGUAACAAACAUUUAUAAACUUACCAUAAAUGUUGUGAGAUUGCAUUGUUCGGCACACCUCUCAGGUAGUGGAGUUUCUUCAGCCUUACCUUCCCCCCUUCUUACCCACCCAUUUCGGUUUAGCUUAGUCCAUGAAUGACAGAGACAGGGCAUCAUUGUGCAGAGAAACCCCAUGGAAAUCCCCAUGGAUGUGGUAAAUUGAAGAGAUCUUCCAACUGUACAUUUAUAAAUCUGCUAGGCAUAACCAAUACACCAUUCUGGAAAUUUUGUGGAUAGAACUCGGAUUGGUUAAAUCAGUGUUCACCCCGUAGUUGGUGUGGAAAGCAUAAGAAAGAAGAAGCAGGUAAAUAUGAUUUAUUUAUUUUUAAUACAUAUUUACUUGCUUUUUUCAGCAUCCAGUGUAAGGCAACUUAUUUAUUCAAAGCUAAAGCUUUUGAACGAGACAGUUCUGUGAAGGUGAUCCAUGUCCCUUUAAAAUAGGACUGCAUUACUGUAAGCAAAACCAUGUACAUUUUGCAAUUAUGUGGGUCAUAUUGUAUAAUUAUAUUAAUCAUGCCAUAAAUAUCAGGCUACUGAAACAUUGGCCCAUUCGAUAGGCAUAAGCAACAAUUUGAAAUCAGUGAAAUUGCAAUGUUUUUUAUUGGAACCUGUCAGAGACUUGGCAGAUGACACUGUUAAAAGGACAUUCAAAGUACCACAACAACUUUAGCUUAAUGAAGUGAAUUUGGUGAAAAAAAUGGCAGAGAAUUGAGCAUUGAGACUGCAGAUCCAUGACCUGUGCACCAUAUUCCUUUCAUUAAGAGUUAAUACUUCCCAACAUUUUUGUCAAAGAGGGACGCUUUAACUUUAAGGGUGUGAGUGGAGGUGGGAUCAAGGGCGGGGCUGUUGUGAGAAAUAUUAGAGGACUUACUAAUAACAAUUUAUUCAACCAAAAUGUAAUUUAGAACAUGAACAAUGUAACUAAUUUUCUGAACACAUUUAUUGUAGUUUAAAGACACAUUGCUGUGAGAAUUAUUGAUGUGGAGCUCUGUUAUACUCUCAUACAUACCAACAAUAGGGAGCUCCUAGUAAAGAUGGACAUUAGGAUGGAAAAGAGAUAGAUUUGAAUCCAAAAUAGGGGCUGUCCUUCCUAAAUAGGGACACGUGGGAAGUUGAGAGACAUGAAAGUUGUUUUGGUGCUUAUUGUCUACAUUUAAAAGGACUCUCCAGUGACAGGAAAACAAUCUGUUUUCCUGGCACUGCAGGUCCCCUCUACCUCCCACCUCCCAAUCCUCAGUUGCUGAAGGGGUGAAAACCCCUUCAGUCACUUACCUGGGACCUCUGCUGAUGUCCCUCGGAGGUGGGUUCGGAUCGGCAAGCGCAUUAGAGCUCCCCAUAGGAAAGCAUUGAAAAUACUUUUCAAUGCUUUCCUAUGGAAAAUUGAGCGACGCUGGAGGUCCUCACACAGCGUGAGGACGUCCAGCGACGCUCUAGCACAGAAGAUCUGUGCUAGAGACACGGAAGUAGACAGCCACUAGAGGUGGAGUUAACCCUGUAAGGUAAUUAUUGGAGUUUAUAAAAAAAACUGCAAUAAUUAUACUUGCAGGGUUAAGGGUAGUGGGAGUUGGCACCCAGACCACUCCAAUGGGCAGAAGUGGUCUGGGUGCCUGGAGUGUCCCUUUAAUUCAAAUCCUACUGUUCUCCAUUGAUUUACAGCACGUUUUGUAGGAUUCAACUUGUAAAAAGUUUGUAAGAGCAUGCUUUAGUAUAUAUCCACAACAUUUAGUAAUUGAGCGCAAUUAUUUUAUAAUUACCUAACUCAGAGGUUAAAUGAGGGAAAUUAAAAGUUGAAUAGAACUCUUAAAUAUUUAAACACACAUUUGUCUUCUUAUUAUUGUCAUAUUGCCAUGUCAUGAUAGAAGUUUAAAUAUAAUCCAAUUGGCAAUCACCCUCUCCCAUCACCAUCCCCAUCCCUAUCACCAUUUCGUUCGCUUUCCUCGCUCAGUUAUGACGUGUGAAUAAGCAGAUGUCUUUAUUUUUUUCUUGCAGGUAUAAUGAGUUUUAUUUCUUGACGCACCCAGCACUCUUUAUUGAAAGCCAUUUCCCAGAGAAGGAAGAUUUGCAAUUAUUGGAGCUGCCUCUGUCUUUAACACAAUUUGAGCAAAGUGUGCACCGCCGAAGUCAUUUCUAUAAUUUAGGAUUUAAAUCUUCACAGCCUGACACAGCAGUUAUUGAAACAGGUAGAUUGACUUUAAAAUUGUUUCAGCAGUUUGUGUUUUUCCAUGUGCAGCUCUGUUUGUGAUGCUGGUAUCUCAAAUGAAACCUGACAGCUCUGUAUGUUCGAUGAUUUAUAUCAUGUCUGACACAUGUCACGUAUCAUGGAUCUGAAUUGAUGCAUUUCCAUGGAUUCAUUAGACUUUCACUUAAAUUCCCUGUCAAAUUCUAAUUGACUAAAGAGCAACUGUCACUUCUGCGCGAAAGGCACAAUUCUAACUGUGAACCAAAAGUUAUCUAUUAGUUAUAUUUUGUUAUUUUAUUUUAUUUCUUUUUUAAAACAGCCCUUAAGUUUAAUUUUAUGUAGAUUUAAAUCAAAUGAAAGACCAUUAAGGCAGCAGCUUGGCAUUUCAUGCAAAUUCCAAGUGUCCCAUGACUAUGUGACUAUGCAAGUAUUUAAAGGGAACUAUGGAUAAGGGAUGUCACAGAGCAUCUCAUAAAUAUUAAUUCCAGAUUGAAGGUGUUUCUUACAUUUAAUUUGGCAGCCUAGUCAUUCAUACAUAUUACAUUAAUAUUUAUAAAUAUAUUAUUUUACAUUUAUUAUAAAUUAUUUUACUGUGGAAUGUAUUAUAAAAAAUACUUCCGAUACCCUCCAAGAGGCCAGGACAUUACUGAAAUGGAUACAUGGAUAUGGGACUUCAACAAUAUGCGAUCAUUUAGGUAAGGUAUAAUCACCAAGGCUACAAAAACAUUCAAAUCCUCAUAUGUCUGUCUUGUUAAGUCAUGCUAAAACAACAAAGUCACUGAUCCUCUUAUGUUAUUGGAGUGUGUCAUUUUCAGGCUUGGACUGACCAUUGGGUAAGACAUGUCAAGUGUCGGCGGGUUCCAACUGUGGCCACUGUGCCUAAAGGGAUAUUACCUACACCUGCUGAAGAUGCCCAUAGAAGGCUGAAAUAAUCUUCAGGGGUUGCUGUAUCUCUCGUGCUGAGGGAACUUGCCAGCAUUUUGAAUCUGGACUGCCCUUGUGGGCGAGAUUAGUCUGAUAUGUAAAUGGUAUAGGUUCUUUUUGUAAUGGCACAAGUAAGCAAAAAUAAUUUUCAGACCUGAGCACAGCCUAACAGUAGGGCAAGCAACUGAGUUUUUCUAAGUUUUUGCUAAUUCUCAGAGUUCUCAGAGUUUUUGUUGCAAGACAAAGAUGUGAAAGAGUUAUACAGGACUAAGAUGCUUCCUUCAUGGAACUCUACUAAUUCAGUAGGAAUCAAAAAAGGUCACUAUAGCUCCCAGACCACACAGCCAACAAAAAGGGGAGAAGGUGACUGUGGAAAACAAAAAAUGUUUUAGACACUUUACAGUAUGUUUGUUCACUGAACUUUUAAUGAUCUCUUUAACACCUGCUAGGCCUAAUUUAGUUAUUUAUUUUCUGAAUCGGAUUUAAAUAUCUUCUGAUACAUGUUAAUCAAAUUAUUUUAAUUUGUGGCAUAAAUAUUUCUGUACUAUUUCAUGAAAAUAUUGCAUCAAAAUCUUCCUACACAUUUUUGCUUCGCUUUCUCGCAGAUAAUGGCAACUUGACGGGUUUGUAACGGUGUUAGAUUUUAUAGAUUCAUAUACUUAAAGGGACACUAUAGUCACCCAGACCACUUCAUCUCAAUGACGUGGUCUGGGUGCAAUGUCCCUCAGGUUUUAACCCUUCACUUUUUAGCACUUAUCUGAUAAAUACAAUUUAAAAAUGUAAUUUCUGUUAUAUACCAUUGUGUUUCUUGCACUUGAACCUCGCAUAUAGUGACUAAAGCAUGAAUUAUCAGCUAUUAAAUGUGAAAUCAAAGAAAAAUUCAUCUAAAAUUUUAGGUCAUAAAAGCACAAACUGGAAAAAUUCUCAGCUAGGUUUUCAGAUUUAACAAUUAAGAUCUGAAACACAUCUUGAAAUAACUUCAUAACAGUUUAUCCCUUUAAUUGGCUAACGGGGAUUCAUCAAAGAUUAUUGAUAAAGGACUUGUUUUUAAUCUUGUUGCUACUUUAACCGUCCAGACACUGCUUGCUGUCACUACUGAUAGCAAGUGUCUGUUUACCAACUGCAAAAUUUCACCAGUAACGUCAUGACACUCCACUGCCCAAAUACAAUUUUGUUUUUAAAAUCACUAUUGAGUAGAUAUACUGUAGCAACUGGUUACCUCCGCUACUCUGGAACCAUUAAAAUAAGCAGACAUCCAUUCCCCCAGUAACCAGAUGAAACAUCGUUCUGGGAGUCAAUUGAUGUAUUUUUAACCACACACGGCUUUUUAUGCACACACCCCUAUUGGGGUCUCCAAUACAAUACCACAGGGUUUUCAAUCCCAAGAUCCUCUGUGCCUGAGAGAUAACUGCAUGAGAAAAACCUAUAAUUCAAGUAUCUCUCAUGUGCAGAAAAUCGAUACAAAAUAUACAGUACCACAAAAGUGUCUCCACCAUAACUAAGAACCCCGCAAAUGUUAUAUCCCCGGAUAGCCCCGAUCUGAGUGUAUAACAUAUCCAAAGAUCACUCAGAUCGGUUGGGUGAAAUGGGAAUGUCAUCGAGACAAAGUUCUGACUGGCCGGACACGAGGCGCUAGCCCAAAACAGUACCAGGGAAAUAGGAGUCCUGGCCGGUCUCUGUUCGGGGGUUCCUGUGCGAACACCUUGCAAGGGAUUCUCUUUUCAGGGUACAAAUGCUCCCCCUGUUUGGUAGUUCAUUGCUGCCGAACGUCAUUCGCAUAGUUGGUCGGGAAGUAGAAUGGGCAGUGGUCGAAACUUUACUGUGGUUCAUGCAAGUGCGUAGCCGAAAAGAGUUCCAGGCACUCGACGACCAAGUGCCCUCAUUUGGGAAACAAAAUGUCCGCCAUUCUUUUGUCGACCACGUGCAUUCAGUUCUACAAAAUAACCACCCAGGGGAAGCAUUCAUUAAUUACUUCCCUUGCGGUUUCGCACUUAAGUUGCUGGUGUGAACGUUCUAAUGGAGUACAGGGGUGGUCCUCGUUCAGGAGACGAAUGGAGGGAGUUUGUAUAUAAUAACUCCCGAACAGAGAAGGGAAAUAAACACAUGAAAGGGGGCAAAACACCCAAUGAAAACAUCCAUGCAUUUUAUUAGCAUUUUUGUCAUUGGGGAUAUAUCUAAAAACAGCUUUUAAAAGUUGUAUAUCUCCUGUCAGUAGUCUUUGCAAAUCCCCCCUCCUUUCCCAGGCCAGACUUUCUGUGGAUGUCCAAUCACAGUCUUCCUAAUGCAGAUCAAUGAGAAGUCUUUGCAAUUGCCUGCUUCUUGAGUUUAACCAAACCAGUAAGCAACAGGACCAGUUAUCUGAAUGACAGCUAGGGGGUGUAACAAGGUUAAUUUAUAAAAGUGUACAUUUUUAUUGAAUUCUGCACUUUUUGUAAAACAGAAAAAGAGGACACAUUCUUUGCACAAAGCUGGUGUGCUUUAGAUGUGUGGACUGUCAUUUAAAGCCAGUCACUAAGUAGUAUUUAACAGCAUACACUGCAUUCUAUGGAAGAAGGCUUUACCUGGGUAGCUUUGGGUGGGCUGAAACCUUGGAUGUGAGACUCUAUACCCCCAAAUCUCUAUAGGGCGGUUGGAUAUUAGUGUUACUAUUAGUAUUAGUAUUAGGUAUUAGUGUUUUUAAAUUUUUAACUUUACUCAAAACAAGAGACUGAAGAAAGAUCACAAAAAGAAAGAUCACAAAGCACUCCAAAAUGCCUCUAAGGAGGGCCAUUGACUGCCAGGAGGGGUGCUGGGACUCAGAACUUUGCUCUAUUAAUUAGUAAGCAUGGAUUUCAUUGAAUAUCACAAAUCUUCAAAACGUAAGACCAGAUUCUUGCCUGGUGCACACAACUUGACAACAGCUAUCUCCCUAUACAUUCUGCAUGAAAAACAUACAUUAGCUAUAUGACAUUACAUGAAAAAGCUAAAGCGCAUAACAGAGCACAUUAAACAAUAUCAAACUGCAAUAAAAAGGCCAGACACAUGAUAUAAAAAGACAAAAUGAUUCUCUAAGUAAAGUUCACGUGUCAUUUAAAUGGACAAUUCCCAUAGCAGAAAUAAAUCUCAGAGGUACCAUAGAUAUAUAACUGGCAUAGCAGAAAGUCACAGUUUAAUACAUUAUAUACACUCUCACUAUCUACUGCUACAGCCAUCACAUGACGAUGUACAUAUGCGCAAGGUUUUUUGUGGUUGCUAUGGUGCUUCGGUGCUUCACCAGUGAGUUUCUAAUCUGUGACUGGUCGGAAUCUUAGUUAGCAGAUGUUAUUGGCAAUUAGCUGGUAAAAAAUAGCAAGGAGACAUACUGAGACACUAAGGGACAUUGGGAGACAUUAUGGCAGACACUGGGACACUAAGGGACAUUGGGAGACAUUAUGGCAGACACUGAGACACUAAGGGACACUGGGAGACAUUAUGGCAGACACUGAGACACUAAGGGACACUGGGAGACAUUAUGGCAGACACUGAGACUCUAAGGGACACUGGGAGACAUUAUGACAGACACUGAGACACUAAGGGACACUGGGAGACAUUAUGGCAGACACUGAGACACUAAGGGACACUGGGAGACAUUAUGGCAGACACUGAGACACUAAGGGGCACUGGGAGACAUUAUGGCAGACACUGGGACACUAAGGGACACUGGGAGACAUUAUGGCAGACACUGAGACACUAAGGGACACUGGGAGACAUGGGGCAUUGAGACACUGAUACAUAGGAACACUGAGACCUGGAGUAAUCGACACAUGGGGGCACUGAGUCAUGAGGGCACUGGGAGACAUGGGGGCACUGGGAGGAAUCCAUCUAUACAGCAGAAUCAAACUAAGUAGUUUUUUGGUGAUUUUACAGCAUUUUCUCUUAUGUCACUCCUUGUGAUUUACAUAAUGUGAUGUCACCCAUACAUAUUUAAUUGUGCAAAUUAGUAAGGCCAGUAUGUUUUUCCAAGAAAGGUGGCAACCCUAACUACUUUUCACAUACUCUUACUUAAGUAUGGAAACUUAAGUGGGAUGUAUGGGAACAAAACUUGUGUGGACUGGCUGACAAUGAAUAUAGUUAAAGGGACACUAUAGUCACCAGAACAACUACAGCUUAUUGAAUUUGUUCUGGUGAGUAGAAUCAUUACUGUCAGGCUUUUUGCUGUAAACACUGCUUUUCAGAGAAAAUGCAGUGUUUACAUUACAUCCUAGUAACGUCACUGGCCACUCCUUAGAUGACUGUUAGAGAUCCUUCCUGGGUCAUGGUUGCCUAAAAUGCAUCCACACAUUCAGUGUCUCCUCCCUCUGCAUGCAGACACUGAACUUUCCUCAUAGAGAUUCAUUGAUUCAAUCCAUCUCUAUGAGGAGAUGCUGAUUGGCCAGGGCUGUGUUUGAAUCAUGCUGGCUCUGACCCUGAUCUGCCUCUUUGUCAGUCUCAGCCAAUCCUAUGGGGAAGCACUGUGAUUGGAUCAGGUCACCACUUCUAAUGAUGUCAGCAGACUGCUUGUUUUUAUGAGUCUAACAGCAUGCAGAGUUACAGCUUCAGGCUUGAAUAUAGUAAGAUUUUGCUAUAUUUAUGGAUGGAGGCAUGAGGGGCCCAGGGGGCUAGAUGGUGGUGUUAACACUAUAGGGUCAUGAAUUCAUGUUUGUGUUCCUGACCCUAUAGUGAUCCUUUAAGGUAAUGCUGACUUUGGUCUCUCUAACACUGUGAAUUGUUCCCUUUCUUCUACACUCACUACAUGCAGCUUUUCUCUGUCCCAGACCAUAUACCAGGAGCUUCUGCCUGCUAGUAAGAAGGUAAGGAGACAAGUGGAUCAGCGAGUGCUCGGGGACAGUCCUUAGAAAGCGUUGAGCGAGCGCAUCAUUAGAUGCAUUUAUGCCAAGCUCAUGGUGCUGUCUGCAUAGUAUGCCCUUAGUUGGCCAGCUGCAUGAAUGGCAGGCAGGCUGGCCUUCUAAUUCUUUGAGCAGACAUGUCCUCUUUUUGGUCAUGUUCGCCCCUUUUGGCAGGUUACCUGAUUUGUGUCAGUGGCACACCCUUUUACCCCGCCCAUUGACUUCCUGCUUGACUGGACACUGCUGUUAGGGGUUAUGGAUUUACUUGAAAGAUGAAAACAUAAAUUAGAGAGAGAUUAACCUACGGUAUGUGUUUUCUUAUAGCUGCUGUUUUCUUUCUCUCCAGCACCAUCAGAUAUAUGAUGCUUUGGAGUGUUUUACUGUUUUUGGUCGAUAUGAUUCUGUAAUUAGGCCCGUCAUAAUUGUCAGCACCAGGCCCACUGGGCUCUUAAUCUGGACUGCAAGGAACUAAGAUGGAGGCAGCAAGUUGUAGGACAAAGAAGGUUGUUCUACAUUAAAAUUGUAUUCCCGACUCCUGGGCAAUUCCUAUUUGUUAAACAUACUAUUACAAAUCCUGGGAGGUGGCAGUUCCUCUUUAAAUGUGCUGUUCAAUGUUACUGCUGAAAUGAAUUAAAGGCAAACGUCCAUAUGUAUCAAAGCAAAACUUAAUCCUGAAAGAAAUGGGGGUUAUAUUUGUUGGUUGCUCUACAAUUAACCCCUUAAUGCAGAAUUUUGCAGUGAUGCAGUGCUAUGUUUAACACACAUUCUGUGAAACCCAUCAAUGUACUGGCUUGGUUCCAAUGUUCCGUUACAUUAAGACAAAAUGAAAUAUAAAAAUAAAAAAAACUUAGUUGUCCUGACACCCUUCCCACUAUUCUAGAGAUGGAUUUACUCAGCUGGUGUUCAGCUGAUGGUCAGCUGCUUUGGAUUGUCCCUUUGAUCUAUACAGGGACACAUACAUCUUCUCACAUAUCUAUAAAAAGGUUUCUUUAUACUGUUUGCUCUGGGUGAUAUAAAAAUCAGGAGAGUAGAAAGCCCAACUUCUAUAAUUAACUUCUUCAAUUCAAGCUAAAACCCAUCAUGUGAUCAUUUAAACAUAGACAAAUGGAAAAUCUAAAAAUACAGAAAAUAAGUAUGACUAAAAAAAAAAAAAAAGCCUUUCUUAGCAUUUCUGGAAAAGUAAGACGUUUUCUGCUACUGUCCCUGCUAAACCCAUAAUAAGAGGUACAUCUUUCUGCUAGCUGACACUGUCAUGGAUCUAAAUCAUUAACUGUAUAUCGAAAUAUAACAAUAAUAAAAAAAACAAAUGCAAAAAGGUAGGAUUAAGAUCCCAAAGGGUUGAGGUAGCUACCUGGUUUAGGGAUUGUGAAUGAGGCCAAGCUUGGCAAAGAAUAUUCAUGGCACCCAGAUUAUUGUCUAACCCCUGGGCUCUAGAUGGUUGCCUUAUUAAGGUUCAUCUUUAUAUAUCUUUUACUAUUACACAGUUCCAGAAAUAUUAAUCAGCAGGGCUUUUUGGGGUUAUUUGAGAAAAUGAAUUAAUAUUUGGGUCUUCAGCUACUUUGGAAGUGGUAUCAUCUGGAGUUGUGGUAAAAGCUUGUCCUUGCUAGUGAACUUAUAUCACGUUGCACAGAGGACUUUUUUACAUAUAAGACAUUUUUUACAUAUAAGACGUUUUGUAGUUUUAUCUGAUUCCCCAGCCGCCUACAGAAUACGUGAAUUUUUUUUUCUUAAAAAACCUGAAAAGAUUACUUAGUUACAUGUAAAUCAUCAUUGAUGAUAAAUGGUCUCCAGAAAAUUCUUCCUAGCUAUUCACAACAAAUAUCUCCUUUAGCAGGCUUCCUUGAUAUCUAUAGAGACACCUGUGUUAGUGGAGCUGAUGGAAGCUGACUGCUGUACAUAACAACUUGUGCAGCAGGUUCAUCCAUGUAUUUUCUUUAGUGAAACUUCUACUUAGAACUGAACUACAUACAUAUCUCACAAAUGUAUAAUCCCUUGAUCAGUUUAUUCGAUGCUCAGCCUGUGUCCAGAAUGACAGUAAAUGUAGGAACGUCAAAACGUAAAUGGUAACAAACAAUUUUUAAAAAUCUACUUUUUUGUUUUCUUUAAGAUUAUUUUAUUUUACUAUUUAUUUAUUUUUUUGCAUACAUUGAAAGCAUUAUUUAUAUAAUACAUUAAAACGGGUGUUGAUUACAUUCUGAUGCUAAGAACAUGCAAAAGAUAUGUAAAAAUACAUACAGCCCUUACUCCAAAAAUUGGUUGUGUAGUCUCAUAUAGGUGUAUCAUCAUAUAGAUGUGAAUAAAUGGCAGUUGAAAUUUAUAACUCAUCACUUAAUAAUGGGCAUUUUUUUUCCAAGAAGGUAGCAGACCUCACAUUCUUUGAUUUUGUUAGCUCUAAUGUCUACUGUAAACUCUCAUUCAAAAAUCUAUUUAUCUGAAUAAAUAUUUCAUUAAUGUACCUUAUUUAACAUGAUCUAGAUAAUAAUGGUUUGUCCUGCUUUCUUCCCAGUGAACGGAUUGGUCUCUAUCACCAUAGAGAGCAAGAACCGUAUGCAAUUUCUCUUUCAUCUAAAUGAAACAGAAGAACCAGGUUUGAUGAAGUUUAAUGGAAACAAUGCAACAUUUGAAGUUUAUCCCCAGAAGAUGGGACAACAUACCUUGCAAAUUUUUUCCAAGACAUUAGACUCAAAAGAAGCAUAUCACUUAAUUGUGGAUUACAGUGUGUAUUGUAACUAUGUGCCUGCCUCAAUGAAGAUUCCAAAGUGUCUUAGUAACCCAGCUGGACCGAGUUGGGUAUCAGAGAAUGCAGGACUCCUUCAGCCCUCUCAUCCAGAACCCAUUAUAUACACAGAUGAUGGAUGUUGCACAGUCAGAUUUUCUCUAAACGGGAUAUUUAAACUCAUUACCUGUUUAAAAUCUGAUGAAAUUAAAAACCUACCAAAUCAUAUCAUACAAAAAGUGCAAGACCUCAAACUUGAACUUCGCAUUCGACUCCCAAAGUCUGGGUUUUAUGUGCUACAGAUAUUUGUUGAGCCUGUUGGUUUCAUCUGUAACUACCUCCUAAUAUGCUCUAGUCUAAAUGUGAAUUGGCCACCAUUCCCUGCUCUUCUUCAAAAUCCUGUAGGUCCAAAUCCAGAAACAGAAAAGGCUGGACUCCAUAAUCCCUCACACACAGACCCAAUUAUUCACACAGAGAAUGGAUCCUGCACAGUUAGCUUCGAACUAAACAGGAUGCAGACACUCACAUUCAGCCUGAAAUCAGAUAAUGCACAUACUGUACUGAAUCAUGUAAUCCAGAAAACCCAGAAGAACAAAGUUGAGUUCAAUGUUCAUCUCCCACAUUCUGGAUCUUAUGUUCUCCGGAUAUUUAAUGAUUCCACUGGUUACAUCUGCAAUUAUCUUUUGACUUGUUCCAAUGCUAAAGUAAAGUGGCCUCCUUACCCUGCUCUUCUUCAUAACCCAGUUGGUCCAUCCCCAGAAUCAGAGAAUUUUGGACUCCUUCAACCCUCACACCCAGAUCCAGUGAUUAAUAUGGAGGAUGGAUGUUGUACUGUUAGCUUUAUAUUAAACAAGAUGGUAACACUUAUUGCAAGCUUAAAAUGUGAAGAAAUACCAACCUUAUCCAAUCAUAUAUUACAAACCGUACAAAAGGAUAGAGUUGAGUUUUUAAUCCGCCUACCACGGGCUGGUUCUUAUGUGCUCCAAAUUUUUGAAGGCUCCAGCAGAUAUAUCAUGAAUUAUCUCUUGACAUGCACUAAUACCAGUGUGAGCUGCCCUUCAUAUCCAUCAAUGCUUCAGAACCCAGUAGGUCCUAACCCAGAAACAGAGAAAGUCGGGCUACUUCAGCCUUCUCAUCCAGAUCCAAUAAUUAACACCCAGGAUGGUUGCUGCACUGUGACCUUUGCCGUGAAGAGGGAAUUAAUUUUCUUUUCUACUUUACAUUGUGAUGACCCACAAUUGGCAUCAGAAAUGAAGUACCGAUAUGCCUUCCAUGCCAGAAAAGAGGAUAAAGUAGAAUUUAAGGUUCGCCUUCCACAGUCAGGAACUUACGUUCUACGCAUAAACAUUAAAACUAAAAACAGUAACGCAUACACAUCUCAUUGUAACUAUCUUAUCAUCUGCUCAAAUCCCAGUGUUCAUUGGCCAGUUUUUCCUUUAGUAUAUGAUGAUUGGGCCCAGCACUAUCAGUUGGUGGAACCAUUAGAUGGAGUUCUACCAAAGAAUAGUACUGUGUCCUUCAAACUCCAGGUUCCAGAUGUGACUGGGCUCUCCGUGAAGGGGAAAAGUUACUGGCCUUUGACUCUCAGUGAACAAGGUUACUGGGAAGGGUCAUGUAGCACAGAGGACUGCAAGGAACUCUUUGUCACUGCCAGUUGUAAACAAGAGCCGGACACCUGGGUGUAUCUCUUACAAUAUCAGAUACAGUGA